AUGGCCGGGGUGGAGGCGCCGGGGGACCCCGGAGGAGGCGAGGCGGAGGCGGCGUCGGGGCCGGCCGACGAGUCGUCGGACAGCGAAGGCGAGCACGAGGCGCCCCAGAAGCUCAUCCGAAAGGUCUCCACGUCGGGCCAGAUCCGGAGCAAGGUGGGCGGCCGCGCGCGCGGCGGGGGGGGGGAAGGAAAGUGGGGUGGGCGUCGGGGACCAGAUCCGCCCGGGGGUCCGGAGCCCGGACGAGGCCGGGAAAGGAAGCGCUGCUGCUGCCAUCGAGGGUCCCCCUUCGCCGUCUCCAUUCAGAUCAGCCCUUCUCCCCCCCCCCCGCCUGCCUGCCUGCCUUCCUUCCUGGCCGGGGUGGGGCUUGGACCAUCGCAUCCCUUCCCCCUCCUUCCAGCUGCGGCCACAUCUGUCUCUCCCCCCGCCGUGGCGGAGCGACGAUCUUGGCCGCUGCUGCUGCUCGGGAGGAGAAGCGGCAUCGCCGCGCGCAGGGAGCCGCUCCCGGCUUGGGUUUCCUGGUUGCGCUGCCCCGCCGGCCUUGGACAGGGCGAGCUGCCCAGGAACGGGCUCCCCCCUCGCGGGGCGCUGCUCGGAGGAGCCCUGCGCUCCGCCGGAUCCUCCGCCAUCCCCGCCCGCCGCCUCCUCUCCCCUGCGGAGCCGGAAAAGAGCGGAGAAGCUCGCAAGAGUCGCCCGGGGAACCCCGCGCCCCCAGCCCGCUUCUCCUAGGCGCCUGGAUGGCACAGAGUUAAAAACUGGCAGUGAUCUACCCGCUUUUUGGGGGGUUCGGGUGAAAGUUGUUGAGUUUUUUCAGGGAGGGCGUAAAAUGUUGAGGUUUUUUUUAGGGGAGCCACAGUUGUUCAGCUUCUUUGUGGGGAGCCAGUGAUCUACCAGUGAUCUAACGGUAGAUCACGAUCUACCUGUUGGACUAUCCUGAACUACAGGAAUAAAAUAAUUCAGAUUAAAAAAUCCCUCCAGGAACACUUAGCACCUAUCUUGUUUUGUCGUGUCCCGUCCCCCCUCAAAAAAGAAAAAAAGAAUCAGCCCUCGAAGUUCAGGGACAGGAGUUUGCUUUCUACCCAGGUCAGAGCAUCUCUUAAAGCGCAUUAAAACUCUGGAGAAUGAAGUAGCUUGAUAUAUCACACACACAAAUGUUCCUUUGCAAGUGGCCAGACAUGGGGGUGGCUCCUUUAAGGCUAGUGCAGGACUUGUAGCAUGUGAAUUCAACUUUAAGGUGGGGGGUAGUUAGCGGGUGGUGCUGUGGGUUAAACCACAGAGCCUAGGAUUGCCGAUCAGAAGGUCAGUGGUUCGAAUCCCCACGACGGAGUGAGCUCCCAUUGCUCGGUCCCUGCUCCUCUCAACCUAACAGUUCGAAAGUACGUCAAAGUGCAAGUAGAUAAAUAGGUACCGCUCUGGCAGGAAGGUAAACGGUGUUUCCGUGCGCUGCUCUGGUCUGCCAGAAGCAGCUUAGUCAUGCUGGCCACAUGACCCAGAAGCUGUACGCCAGCUCCCUUGGCCAGUAAAGCGAGAUGAGCGCCGCAACCCCAGAGUCGAUCAUGACUGGACCUAACGGUCAGGGGUCCGUUUACCUUUACCAUUACAUUAUGGCACUUACUUUUUCUCCGGUCAAACAGAUAUCUUUAACCAUGUGGGACAAUAUGAAUUCUGCCAAUUGCGUCAAAGUGCAAGUAGAUAAAUAGGUAUCGCUCCAGCGGGAAGGUAAACGUCGUUUCCGUGCGCUGCUCUGGUUCGCCAGAAGUGGCUUAGUCAUGCUGGCCACAUGACCUGGAAGCUGUACGCCAGGUCCCUCGGCCAAUAAAGCGAGAUGAGCGCUGCAACCCCAGAGUCGGUCACGACUGGACCUAAUGGUCAGGGGUACCUUUACCUUUACUUUUACCUUACCUUACUUCUAGUAGCAGGUCAAAUGGCGACAUGGUGGUCUGAGACCUAGCCCAAUGUGAACUCUUAAGACCUCGCUCAACUUUCUUGCGGAGACAUCGCUUGAUGUUGCUUCCACAUCCCGCGUGACGUCCUGCCCUCUGCCACCGAGUCCUUGUCACUGAGCAACGUUCACAGUGACAUUGCUCACCGAUGGGGAGUCCAGUGUGGAAUAUUAAUGCACACAGAGAUGCAUUAACCCCCCAAAAAAGUUGCCAGGGGUCCCAGUUAUUCCCUCGAUAUGCAGCCUGCACAUCAUGAGGCGUUUGGGCAGUGCACUGUAUUCGUCAAUAUACUGAAGGUUGGUUGGGACAAGCAAUUACGCCCCCCCUCCGCAUGUGCACGCACUACAUCAUCAUGUCCCCCAGUGUGUCGACGUCACUCGCGCACAUGGCGGGGCAUGUGACGUAGCACACACACGCUGGUGUUUGUGUGUGAUGAUGCAGUGAUGCACUUUGUGGGUGCCCUGCUCCCCUUAUUCAAAAUGUUGGGGAGCCACGGCACCCAGGACCCCUGGGACCUGGCGCCUAUGCUUAGCUGUACGCAUCUAUGAAUAAAAAAAUUCCUUCCAGUAGCACCUUAGAGACCAACUAAGUUUGUUAUUGGUAUGAGCUUUCGUGUGCACGCACACUUCUUCAGAUACCUUCACACGAGAGCUCAUACCAAUUACAGUGGUGCCUCGCAAGACGAAAUUAAUCCGUUCCGCGAGUCUCUUCAUCUAGGGGUUUUUUCGUCUUGCGAAGCAACCCUAUUAGCGGCUUAGCGGAUUAGCGCUAUUAGCGGUUUAGCGGCUAUUAAAGGCUUAGCGGCUUAGCGGCUAAAGGCUAUUAGCGGCAGCGGCUUAGAAAAGGGGCGAAAAAUCUCAAGACUCGCAAGACAUUUUCAUCUUGCGAAGCAAGCCCAUAGGGAAAUUCGUCCUGCGAAGCGCAUCGAAAAACAGAAAACCCUUUCGUCUAGCGGGUUUUUCGUCUUGCGAGGCAUUCGUCUCGCGGGGCACCACUGUAUAAACUUAGUUGGUCUCUGAGGUGCUGCUGGAAGGAAUUUUUUUAUUUUGUUUCGACUAUGUCAGAUCAACACGGCUACCCACCUGUAACUGCAUCUAUGAAUGUUGCUGCAAUACGGAGAACCAGCAUUGUGUGUGAUAGCGUUACAUUUACAUGAUAGGUGUGGCAAAUUCAGAAACCUUUUUGUGCGUCACAAGUGAAAAUGCAUGAAGAGUGCUUGGCCGUAACAUGAGCUAGUAAUGUCAUUUUGUGUUUUACAUUGAACCUCCCCAACACCGCUGGGUAUAGGGCGGUAUAUAAAUUCAAUCAAUCAAUCAAUCAAUCAAUAAAAAUUGUACAGACAGACCAGUCUGUAUGUAAAUAUCAAGGGACAUAAAUCUGACACCAGAUAUUGCCAUUUCCAGUGGACAAGCAUUUCAAGCUUCCAGGACAUUCUUCCUAGAACAGAGGAACUUUAAAGGGAGAACUGUGAAUUCAUCACUUCUAAGCUUAAUAGAGACAAAUAUCACAGUGCAUCUGCUAAGUGGCUCACCAAGGCUAGGAUGUCUGUGUGAUAAAAGAGCAACUGUGAUUUGUUCUCCUGUCAAUGGCCAUUGUUAGCAACGUAAUUUUCACCAUUUCUACUUUUCUGCAUUUAAUUUCAUUCUUACCUCACUUUUUACAGUUGCACCCCCACCCCAAACCCUGUGCAUAGAUGCAACUGAAUAUUACACUUUGUGCAUCUGAUGAAGUAGACUGUAGUCCAUGGAAGUUUAUGUGGACAUAAUGUUAGCCUGCAAUGUAUCGCCAUACUUUCUGUUUUGGUCGCCCAUGGUGAAAAGUGCCUUUGGACAACCAGCCAGAGAAACCUUCCUAAAAUGCACACACUCUCUCUCUUGAGCAUAAAUGGAGUUUAGAUCAGCAAGUUAUAUAUCAUUUAGAUAUUUGGGUGUUCUUUUCAGUGAAUCCCUUUCAUGGAAAUGGUUUAGUGUGGCUGUGAAAUCGAAGGCACAGAAACCUAUGGCAGUGUUAGAAAUUAGCCAGGAGUGUUUUGCAACUGGCACAGGUCCAAUUGUGACCAUGUUGAGUUCUCUGGAUGCCAGGUUGGCAACUGGGGUAAUAAUAAUAUAAUUAUUAUACAAUUAUAUUUAUUAUUAUUAUAUUUAUUAUUAUUAUUAUUAAGCAAAAUGUCACUUAGAGAACACUUUUAUUGAAGCUUGAAUUUGUUUUAUUCUGAAUUGCUUUAUUUGAUAUUUUAAUGUGUUGUAAACUGUUUUGAGAUUUUUUUUCUUUAAAAUAUAAAGUGCUAAACUGUACAGUGGUACUUCUACUUAUGGAUAUGAUCCAUUCCGGGGUGCCAUUUGCACCCCGAAAAGUCCAUAAGUAGAGCGCUGCUUCUGCGCGUGACGCGAUAGAGUGCUCAUGCGCGAUGUGCACAGUUUGCUCCUGCACAUUCGCGAUGCGGAGAACCCGGAAGUGAACACUUCUGGGUUUGCUGUGUUCGUAACCAGAAAAAAACACAACGGAAAGCAAAUGCAACUCGAGGUAUGACUGUAGUCAUGAUGAUGAUAACGAUAAUAAACAAUAUCAGGGGAAAUGGUGUCUAGACAUUCCACUGUCAGGCAUGUCGGGUUACACCCAGCAUUGUUGGUGCCCAGAACGUGUGAUGUCACAAGGUGGGAGGAGGCCUGCCAAGGCUGUGACUGGCUCUUGCUGCAGCGACGGGUUCCAUUGGGUCUUCCCACUGCUGUCCAAUGGAGCCCGUUGCAGUUGUAGCAGGCCCGUCCAGCCUCCUCCUGCCACAUGGGCUGUGGAAUAUUGAUGGGGCCUGGCCCCCUUACUGAAAAUGGGGGGUGGGGUUGGCCCCCCACAAAUGGCGUUCCUGUCCACUGUGGCAACUGUCACCUAGGUUUAAGGUGCCAUUUGGUGAUUAGAUUAUAUAUACAGUGGUACCUCGGGUUACAUACGCUUCAAGUUACAUAUGCUUCAGGUUACAGACUCCGCUAACCCAGAAAUAGUGCUUCAGGUUAAGAACUUUGCUUCAGGAUGAGAACAGAAUUCGUGCUCUGGUGGCGCAGCGGCAGCGGGAGGCCCCAUUAGCUAAGGUGGUGCUUCAGGUUAAGUACAGUUUCAGGUUAAGAACGGAUCUCCAGAAUGCAUUAAGUACUUAACCCGAGGUACCACUGGAUAUAUAUAUGAGUUUCUAACAUGGCUAUUAAAAAUUGUUACUGUUAUUAAAGAUUUUCUGGGGUUACAAAAGUACACGCAUCUCUAUUUUCAGAUCGUAAAGUCAUUGCUGUAGGGCUAUUGAUGACGUUUGCUUAUAAUAAGGGAGGACAGCUGAUUGAACCUGUCCUAAAGAUUUUCAGUAGCAAAGUGAUCCCUGGAGCGGGAGCCCGGCUUGCGGAGAGUUGCCUGUUCUGGGGGCUGGGGUCGGGGGAAGCUCGGGCUUCCCCCGCCCCAGCCCCGCACCUGGGGGAAAAAAAUAAUUCCCCCCCCUUUAUUCCCCCCCAAAAAACUAGGUGCGCCUUAUGGGACGGUGCGUCCUAUAGGGCGAAAAAUACGGUAUGUGGCUAUCAAUUAAGACAGCAGUAGAAUGUGCACAGUUAAGUUAACGAAGUGCAACUGACCAUUUUAUUAACUGACCAUUCUCUUGUGUUGUGCUAUAUGGGAACUGGUUAAGAAUCAAUUUUGGGAAACAGCUCUUCAGGAUAUUUUAGACAAUUAUUAUUUUCCAGAGCUGGAUGUCGUAUUGGGCAUGGGCAAGAGUAGGGUAGGUUUUCUGGGAAUUGCAACUAAUUAGGAACUCCAGAUUUCCCAUGGGGUAUUCUCUUUUGCAAACAAAACAUUUUAGGGCCAGUUAUUUAAUGAAACCUGUGCCUCUUCCCCUGAAAAAAUGCUUUUAGUGAGCUGUGAUUUCAAGUGAUGCCAACUGAAGUCCCUGGUGGUCGCUUAUAACAAGGUUACUCAUAAAGGCAGAUUCUGUGUUUGUGGCCUGUUAUGUACUGAAGUUCUCACCCUGGGCCAGCAGGGGGAUACUGUAGAUAGUUAUGCAAAUGAAGGAUCGAAAGUGAUGUUCAGUGAUUGGAUAGUUUGUAUGCAAAUGAAGGAUCGAAAGUGACGUUCAGUGAUUGGAUAGUUUUAGAAAGUUGCUACAGUAACGUUGUACUGGAGCUCUAUAUAAGCAGGCUGACUGAACCCUUCAGUUCAGUUCUGUUCUGGCCUCGGAAUAAACAAGAGCUGUUUGAAGAAUCGCUGUGUCGUCUGAUAUGUUCACCCACAACUUAACACGGCCAAUAUCAGCUGGAUUGCGAUAUUCAUUUUCUGUUAAUCUGUCCUUUCUAUAGUGAUACAGAAGAGAGAUUUCUGAAACUUUCGUUGACGUAUGGCAACAGGGAUACCUUGGUAGAAACGGUACUAUUUCUUUUGACACUAAUGGCUUUGUGACACACCUACUUCUGUCCACACGCAGAAUUCAUCUUUACAGAUCCUGGACCUCGCAAUUUCAAAUUAACAGUAGAAGCUGUGGGAAUGUUCUGGGGUGCAGGAGAGGAUAUAUUGACUAAUUAUAUCCUUAUCCAACUUGUGCUAACAAGUUCCCAAAGUAUCAGCAGAGUUUAUAAACAUUCCCCUUUAAGUUCGCAACGGUAACGUGUGCACAGGUUCGCUAGAACCUCUAUAAUAAUUACCCUGGUAAUUUUCCCUUUUGUUCCCUCUUAAAAUACAAGACAUGACACAGUCUUUAUAAAAGUAUAAAAGAGUUUACUCAUGUUCUGUUCACAAUAUGAUCCCAGAAGGCAGACAGCUUAAAAAGGUUACAUACAUUCAGAAUCUAUCUUAUAGCAAGAUAGUCCUUUUAGAUGCUUCCUCAUCGAAGGAAAAUGGCAGAGAGAGAGAGAUGGCUGCCUGCCCUGUGCUUUUAUCAUUUACCUGCACAGGUGAGGCCACACCCACCUCUGGUCACAUGCGGAGGAAGUCCAUCCCCAGGAAGUUUACCUGCUUGCUAGACAGUCAUCCCUCCCCAUGUUCUAACAUGUACACUCUAGGAAUGUUGUCAUUGACUGCUCCUGUGUUUACAUCCCACAGAAGCAAGGUGCACAGGAAUCAGUGUUCUAUUAAAAAUAAAAUAAUUGGAUUUUAUAGAAAUCAUAUCCAUAUCAAAAUGCUCCUAUCAAUGUACUUGAUUUAAACAGGAUUUUUAAUUCUAUUUUUAACAUUCGUGUUCUAUUAAGAGCUCUGUAAAAAUAACCUGGUUUAAAAUAUCUCUGUGCAAUACAAGCAUAUGCAUUAAAGUCUCCACUUGUAUAUUUUUAUGGUCAAAUCCAAGAGUGUCCUUCAAAUUCAUUGAGCCUGCUUUUGCACUGCAAAAGGAUGAGCAAGGAGUAAAAAAUAUGUGACUUGAAAGCAAAAUCCAAAGGGGACCAUGCGGUCCUCACCCUCCUUAACCUCUCUGCUGCCUUUGAUGCACAUGAUCACACUAACAUCCCUUCAUGGCACACUAAGUCUCUGCUGUUCUCAGUCUUCUGAACUAAAUACAUUUGUCUAGUUUUUCCAUAGGGGGAAACUUCUCUCUCAACCUCAUCAAAUCACAUGGUUUUCCACCUGUACACUGAUGAUAACCCACCUCUACCUCUGUACAUGAAAAGUUUCUCUGGGACAUUCCACAUACAGUGGUACCUCGGGUUACAUACGCUUCAGGUUACAUAUGCUUCAGGUUACAUAUGCUUCAGCUUACAGACUCCGCUAACCCAGAAAUAGUGCUUCAGGUUAAGAACUUUGCUUCAGGAUAAGAACAGAAAUCAGGCUCCAGCAGUGCGCCGGCAGCAGGAGGCCCCAUUAGCUAAAGUGGUGCUUCAGGUUAAGAACAGUUUCAGGUUAAGAACGGACCUCCGGAACGAAUUAAGUACUUAACCUGAGGUACCGCUGUACUGUAUUCAACAGCUUGACUCUUAUUUUGCUUGGAUCCUUAAUGGUUGGCCCAAAAUAAAUACGUCCCAAGUAUGACCUACACAUAUUUCCUCCCAAGCCCCCUUCGUACCCUUCCCAAGGCCUGAGACCUUGUCUCUCUCUAACCCCACCUCACCCAACAUUACCCCUCUGCCCAUUGAGGCACUGCUGGCACAGGUGUGCUUCAGCUCUUUCUCCUGGAUGUUGCCAGCCUCCUGCCAGAGGGCUUCUGAGCUGGUCACACAGUUCAGCCCUGGCCAGGAAGCAAGAGAAUGUAGCUAUGGAGGAAUAGAGAUGGGGAGAGCAGGGUGGGCAAAGGCAGGGGGAGAGGCAGACCAAGGUGGGCCAACAGAAAGCGGAUGUGGGAGGAGAAGGCUCAAAGAGAGGAAAGCUGAGAAAGGGACAGGCUGGAGUACAUCAGGGAUGGGGAGCAUCAGAAGAGACCUCAAGCCAAAGGCCCAUCUUAUACAGUGGCCAUCCAGAAGCUCCACAGGUUGUCAGACUCCAGAUUCCAUCAGUUCCAGCCAGUGAAGCCAAUGGUUCCCCAGAUAUGGUUCAGAAUUAUGAGUCUCGGAAGUAAAUGGCAUGAGCACGCACAAAGAGAGCCAGUGUGGUGUAGUGGUUAAGAGCAGUGGACUCGUAAUCUGGUGAACCGGGUUCGCUUCCCAGCUCCUCCACAUGCAGCUGCUGGGUGACCUUGGGCCAGUCACACUUCUCUGAAGUCUCUCAGCCCCACUCACCUCACAGAGUGUUUGUUGUGGGGGAGGAAGGGAAAGGAGAAUGUUAGCCGCUUUGAGACUCCUUCGGGUAGUGAUAAAGCAGGAUAUCAAAUCCAAACUCUUCUUCUUCAAAGUGCAUCUGCUUCUCUAGUGAGGAAUCUUGUUUGUACUUGAUAAGAUGACUCCAUUACAGUAACUUCAGUCUGAAAUACAAAUGUCUUGGGCUGUGGCAGUCCUAUUGAAAUUAAGCACGAGUAACUUGGGCCUAUUAAUUUUGAGAGUGUCUGCUUUGAGUAGGGCUAGCAUUGGUUCCAACCCUUCAUUGCCAGUCAACCGCAUGAUGCAAUAAAAUAGAAGCAAGCGACUCUCCUGCCAACAGAGAGUGACGCUGUGACGCUAAGGGACUGCAGUCAGUGUUUCAGAUGUGCCACUUUGCUAGAGCAGUUCCAGUCAAGGUUUUACGAAACAGUUGCAAGGCCUACAGCAUCCAUUGCUGGCCAAAAGAAAGACAUGUCUCUGAAAGCCUGCCAACCAGCCAGGCUGCCUCCCUUCUUCUCUCCUUUCCUUUCUCAACUUUUGUCUAAUUAUGCUUUUAAUGAGGGCAAGCUGCUACAGGAAAUGUGGCAAAAACAUUUCCUGUGCAUUGGACUCAGCGGAUCAGAGCAAGAUGUCCUGAGUCCCACAGGGCAAGGCCAACCAGGAGUUGCAGAACCACAGAUAGCUGGAAGUGAGCAAUUUCCUCCGACAGAGGUCAGAAGCAAAUUGAGCCUUGUGAAGCCUUUUUCCACUGAAGGCAGGCGCUCGUCCUUUGGUCCAUGUCCUCCAGACGCACUGGUAUGGUGCUGUGGAAGGCAUUGGGUUCCAUCAGCUUAGGCAAGACACCUGUGAGAGUUCAGCGCUGAAGGCCCUGGUUCUACGCGAGGUUCUUCUUUGGGUUUGCUGUCCGCUUGAAGCCCACCGGUUUCUCAAUCUGCAGCAGCAGCCUCACAGCCCUGAAUCUGGUCCACCUCCUUAUCUGGUACUUCUGCAGAGUCAGAUUCCAACUCAGUGCUGGACUCAGGGGUCAUGACGUAGGUAGAAGAAGCAGAAAAGAUGGGGGGAAACAGGAUAUACAAAUAUUUUGUUCUGACAGUUCAAAAUGUGCUGGAAAUGAGUGUAGAAUUUUGUACAUCUGUAAAGGUUUGCAUUGUGAAGGUGCAACAAGAUUCCUGAUAACAGUGGCUCUGUGUGACGUCCAUAUUACAUCCUUUACCUGAUGAGGAUGAAACCAGAAUAGUACCAACACUUCAUUUCAUCGAUAUAACUUUGUCAAAGAGCAAAGCUGGAAUGAGUUACUCGCGAAUACUUUAUUUACUCGUGGUACAUAACUCAAAAGUACUUAUAUCUGGUUAGAAAGCACUCAUUUAGUUUAUUAUCAUCAUUUAUUAAAUUUGUAUCCCGUCCUAUACCUGCAGGUCUCAGGGCGGCCGACAACAUAAUCACAAUAUUAAAAACACAAAAUAUAUAAUAAAAACAAAAAACAAGGGCCACCCAAUAAUCCCCCCCUCCCCAACGCAUUUUAAAAGGGCAUUGGAUGUGAAUCGGCCAAAGGCCUGGUUAAAGAAGGACGUUUUUGCCUGGGGACCCAAAGGUGUACAAUGAAGGUGCCAGGCAGACCUCCCUGGGGAGAGCACCCCAUUGGACUGUUGUGAGUUUACUUUUUCACUGGCGGUUGGCCUGCAGUUACAAGAAACCACUGGAGAGAAGGAUCACUGGAGAAGAGCUCUUUCACCCAAGAUAGUGUCUUAUGUUUGAAUUAAAAACAUUAAGACUCACUUUCACAAUCUAGAAAGUAAACCCAUUUCUUGAUUUAGAAUUUAAUUAAAUGGAGUGGGCUAGUCUUGCAGCUAAAAAUAGUGACCAAAACAUGCACUCACUGUUUUUCUUGGCUGUGGUUGUUUAUAUCGUUAGUUGAAGCACUUCCGCAUAUUAGAAUAUAUUCCUUAGCUUGCAAUUGGGGAUAUAUAUAUAUAUAUAUGUGUGUGUGUGUGUGUGUGUGUGUGUGUGUGUGUGUGUGUGUGUUUUGCAGGUUCACUGUCGGAAGAUAUUAUUUUUAGCUGCUUUGAUACAGUUAAUCAUAGCUGAAAAAUGCCAUAUGGUGGUGCCUUUGCAGAUGGCAUUGUCCAGUAGAAGAGAUCUUAAUAUCACAUUAUUUGACAAAUGUGUGAACAUUUGUUGUGUUCCUUUUUAAAAGAAAAGCAUUUAUCAGUUCUAAAAUCACUGUCAGUGAGAAUAAAAUUCUGAGCACCUCCUAUCUUCUGAACAUGUACAUUGAAGUCUUUUUUAUAUAGAAAAAUGAGGCAAUUUUAAGGAUGUUGUUGGGUUACAAUUACCGUUAUCCCUGACGGUUGGCUAUUGCUGGCUUGGGCUAAUUGGUAUUGCAGUCCCACACCAUCUAGAAGGGCACCACGUUGGCUAUCACUGAUUUCGUUGGAUUUGACCCAUUGCAUUUAAUGAUUUUCUUUUCAGUAUACAACCCGCCUGUAACAACCACCUAAAAUCCCAAUGCAAUAUUAAAAUGAUUUAAGCCAGGGCUCAGCAAACUUUUUCAGCAGGGGGACGGUCCACUGUCCCUCAGACCUUGGGGGGGUGCGGACUAUAUUUUGGGGGGAAAUUAUAUGAACAAAUUCCUAUGCCCCACAAAUAACCCAGAGAUGCAUUUUAAAUAAAAGGACACAUUCUACUCAUGUAAAAAAACACUGAUUCCCGGACCGUCCGCGGGCUGGAUUUAGAAGGUGAUGGGGCCACAUCCGGCCCCCGGGCCUUACUUUGAAUAGCCAUGAUUUAAGCUAUGCAUUAAAAUAAAUAAGAAGGCUUUGGGGAAUAAGAAUGGCUUUGCUUGAACCCAAAGGAAUAGCUCAGAGAGGCGCCAAGUGGGCCUUUCUUGUGACGCCGUUCCAAACUGCAAACCUGAUUCUUUAGGGGAAGAGUAAAGGUAAAGAUAAAGGGACCCCUGACCAUUAGGUCCAGUCGUGGCCGACUCUGGGGUUGCGGCGCUCAUCUCGCUUUAUUGGCCGAGGGAGCCGGCGUACAGCUUCCGGGUCAUGUGGCCAACAUGACUAAGCUGCUUCUGGCGAACCAGAGCAGUGCACGGAAACGCCGUUUACCUUCCCGCCUGAGCGGUACCUAUUUAUCUACUUGCACUUUGAUGUGCUUUCGAACUGCUAGGUUGGCAGGAGCAGGGACCGAGCAACGGGAGCUCACCCCACCGCGGGGAUUCGAACCGCCGUCCUUCUAAUCGGCAAGUCCUAGGCUCUGUGGUUUAACCCACAGCGCCACCCGCAUCCCAGAGGAAGAGUAACCCCAUCCAAAAUCAGAGACAUCUGGCCUCUCUUCCUUGACAACAGUAAUGCAGAAAAUGCAAUUCCAAUGUUUAUUGCAAUCUAUGUGUCAGAAUGUGAGUCUUGCCCGUGUUUUAUGGAGUGAGAGUAGGAUGAAGCUUUUAGCAUGGCAUGGCUGAGCCUUCGUGCUGAACCCUCUGCCUGUGCUUCUCUUCCCAAAACCUUGUUCCACCCCAUCCAUUCCCUGCCUAGAGGGAAUUAAUUUGGUUUCAGAGCUGCUGCAGGAGCAAAACACUUCCUUCGCUCUUUCUUUCUAUUUUGUGCAAUCCUGAGGCUGAGGACAAGACACAAAGUGCUAUCACUGGGAAAAGGGUGGGGUUGUGGGUUGGUGAAGCCAUAUCUGAAUCUGGUCCUAUUUUUCAGUGUCCAAGAAUUGGGUUUGGUGGUUUGCCCCAGCAGUGGCAAUGUGUGAUUUUUAGAACUGCCUAGUAUAUUGGUACUGUGCAGAGCAUUACUUCGUUAUAAGCAGAAGCAAAGCAGCUUAACUGCAGAGAAUUGAGUACAGCGUGUAUCUUAGGCAUGUAUGUCACAAUUCUAUGUAAGCACAUUAAAUAACUGCAGAAUUUGGUCCUGUGCAUAAUUUGGUGUCUUGUAAUACUACAUUCUUUAAAAGGGGGAAAUAUCCUGUCAUUUUGCAUGCAAAUCUAUACUACAAGAUAUUUGGGGUGUAUCUGGUGAACUCUCAGAAGGGAAAGUACCGAUCAUUACAGUUUGGAGCAGCAUAUACAAACACACACGUCAUCCUGUUUUUUAAGAAGCUGGCCUGGUUUAUGCACACCAUUCUUUAUUUCAGUCGAAAGACCCACAGAAAACAUUUUCGAAAGCAAAAUAUAACAGAAAUACAGGGAAAGAGUUUCAAGGCGGUCGCUAUGUUUUAUCCAGAGCAUGUAGAUUUCUGUUUCUUAAUACUUCAAAGAGGAACAGUUUUUAGGAAACUGGCCUGGUUCACAGCAUGGUUUGGUGAUCCUUUGGGAGAAAAGCAAUGACAAACCUAGACAGCAUCUUAAAAAGCAGAGACAUCACCUUGCUAACAAAGGUCCGUAUAGUAAAAGCUAUGGUUUUCCCAGUAGUGAUAUAUGGAAGUGAGAGCUGGACCAUAAAGAAGGCUGAUCGCCAAAGAAUUGAUGCUUUUGAAUGAUGGUGCUGGAGGAGACUCUUGAGAGUCCCAUGGACUGCAGGAAGAUCAAACCUCUCAAUUCUGAAGGAAAUCAGCCCUGAGUGCUCACAGGAAGGACAGAUUCUGAAGCUGAGACUCCAAUAUUUGGCCACCUCAUGAGAAGAGAAGACUCCCUGGAAAAGACCCUGAUGUUGGGAAAGAUGGAGGGCACAAGGAGAAGGGGAUGACAGAGGAGGAGAUGGUUGGAUAGUGUUCUCGAAGCUACCAGCAUGAGUUUGGCCAAACUGCGGGAGGCAGUGGAAGACAAGAGUACCUGGCGUGCUCCGGUCCAUGGGGUCACGAAGAGUCGGACACAACUAAACGACUAAGCAACAACAACAACAACAAGUGAUCCUUGGGCUGGCUUGGUCCCUCUCCCAGCAACCUUUCUUUCACAGCAAACCAUAGUUUGGUUAUGCCCUCCAAAGCAGAAUGGCAAAGCACUGAUUGAUCCUGGUGUGUAAUUCUUGUUUAAGGGGCAAGACCAAACUGUGGUUUCUCACUGUGGAAAAGAUCUUUUGUUAUGAAAGGGAAGGUGUGGGAAGCCAUGAGGGAGCUGAGUGAAGGGGAGAGAGGGUAAGACUUGUGCAGGCACAAGUCAUUCGUAUAAAGCCAAGCCAUGAUUGGGCACUAAGUCCAAACCAAGUCUUUGUCUUCAGUGAGCUCAGUGAUUUGUGUGUGUGUGUUGCUUUCUCGUAUUGAUGCCGUGACUUUUGCAUUACAGAAAGUCACGGGCUUAAAACAAUUCCCCAUGUUAAAUGUGCACUGAAGUGAGAAUUUUGAACAUUUUGUGAUCUUGCUUGCAGCCUAUUCAAUGUGUGUUUAUGUCAAGCAGUGCAGUGACAUUUUCUUGGCAGAGUGUUUGUGGUUACUAGUAACACCCACAGUUCUUGUUGACCCCUUAGAAGAAUACGAACUGAAAUCUUCCUCCUGGAAGAAAAGCUUUCUAAAGUUCACAAGGUACAUUGGAUUGUUUUUAGAAUGCAAUCUUGAUUUUGUUGUUGGCAGAAUCAUGAUUUAAAAGUAUCCAAAUGAUAUAUAUAUAUAUAUAAUUUCAAAGAAAAGAAAAGUUGUGGGAAAGUGGUGGUUACAAAUGAUAACCCCAUUCAUUGAGGGAAGAACAGAAAGGGCCGUGAGCCCUAGAGAGAAGACCGACUGCCAGCAUUCACAAGCAUCAGAACCGUGGGUCGCAAGUUUCCCUGGGUUAUAUUAUUUGUUCAGUUUUUAUCCCACCCUUUUACAAAGGAGCCCCCUUUUCUCUUUAUCUAUGGCACCACACUGGUUUCCUCAUGGACUGUGUCACAUCAACUGUUGCUGAAGAAACUGCAUGUCUGAAUGCUCUUCCAUUUAAAUAACCAUGCAUGGCAGAAAACUGAUACGCCAGGGAGGAGGGAGUUGCUUUUAUACUGGGAGGUUUUUUCCCAUGGGAAUCGUUCAGUCACGCAGUUUCCUCACCUGUAGUCUGGUAUGGUAUAAUACAGGAAAAACAGCCCAUUGUUGCAUUUGUAGAUUGACACUACAUCUCAGUUUCCAAUAUGGCCAGCUGGUUUGCACAGCACAUUAAGUCACACCGUGGCUUUUUUUUUUCAUUUGCAUUUUAUUUAUUUGUUAACAUUCUUAUAUUACAUCGGUAAAUGUUGUCAUAUUACAUUACAGGACUUACUAUAAUAUAAUUUCCAACAUGUAUACAAAAAUUAUAUACAAAUUUUAUAUACCUAGAAAGAAAAUAAAACAAAAAAAAGAACAAAGAGAAAAAAACAAAAACAAUUCCCCCCCAAUCAUAUACAUACCAACACACUAGACUUCCUGUCUUUCCUGUUGUACAUUCCUUUUUUACAAAUGGAUGUACUCUUAUUACUGUGUAUUUCUUUACAUAUUCUCUAAUACAUUCCUAUAUCAAUAUGUGCUCUUAGUCUUAUUUCUCAACUCAGUCUCACUCCAACGUCAAUCAAAUGCUAACAUAGAUAGCAAACCUUUACUGUAUUUUUGAACAUAUGUUUUAUAUCUAUCCCACUUUUCCAUAAAUUUUUGUUUUGAAUUGCCUCUUAGGGUAUUUGUUAACUGCACCAUUUCAGCAAAUUCUUGUAGCUUGUAAUGCCAGUUCAUUAUUGUUGGGGCUUCUUGUUCCUUCCACCCUUUUGCCACCAAAGUCCGAGCUGCGGCUGUUGCAUAUAAGAAUACCUCCCUAAAGGCCUUCGGGAUGUCCCUGCCAACAAUGCUUAACAGAAAUGCCUCUGGUCUUUUAAAAAAAGUUAUUCCAAACAUUUUUUUCAACUCCUCAUAAAUUAAGCCCCAGAACACAUUGAUCUUCCUACAAACCGUGGCUUAGUGAGACUCUGCAAAUAUGUGGGCUACAGGAGAGCAGCUUGCCACACCAUGCUGAGCUAAGCCAAGGCUGGGCUUUCUAAACGGGACUCCUGGUUAAGCUCUCAUUUCAUUAGCCAUGAGUUGUCUUCUUCUUUGGUGAUCCCUCGUAGCUGAGUAAGAUUGUCUUCCAUGAACAUGGUUUUAACAAUGAGUCCGUAAGUGACUGUGGAGGCCAAUUCUGGAACCACACGUCCUUCCACAGUGGGGACAUUGGUUUCCAGGUGGGAGUUGAUCAUGGUGUGGAUUUGCCAAGCGUGCCUUCCUCUUAGCACAUUUCGCUCUUGUGUCCUGAGUGUCUUCAAAGCCCAUGACACCUUUGGUAAAGGCUGUUCUCCAACUGGAGUGCUCGCAGGCAUGUGGUUCCCAAUUGUCGGUGUUUAUACUACAUUUUUAAAAAUUUGCCUUGAGACAGUCUUUAAACCUCUUUUGUUGACCACCAGCAUUACGCUGUCCAUUUUUAAGUUCAGAAUAGAGCUGUAGCCUCCAUUUGCUCUUGGUUGCAGCUCAUGGUUAGUGAAGAGAGGGUUCGACCACAAAUCCCAGUCCAGCCAGCACUCAAAGCCAAAUCUUGACAGCUCAGUGUGGCUCACCAGUGAAGAUAAGCAAGGAAGAGGAAAGCCAUUGCAAACCUCCACAGUCACUUAACGGACUCAUUGUUAAAACCGUGUUCAUGGAAGACAGGUUUUGUGGUUCUGCUAAGCCGUGAGUUGUGUCUGUUUAAACUGCAACACAAAAGGUUUCCUUCCAUGUUCUGAGAUACCUAAGCUGAUAACCCUUGUUUGUUUUAGGGAGGCAGUUCCAGUGGUGGGAGUUUAAAGUGUCUUCUUUAUUUUUCCGCUGUUUCCUUAAUGGAUUGUGAAAACAAACUGCUUCUGUAAACCGAUAAUACUCUUUAAGAGCCAUUUACCCUGAGAUGGAAUGGAAGGGAAACACAAGUCCUAAUUUGGCCAGGUGGUCUUUUUAGUAUCUGAUCUUGUGAAGGGGAGGACUUGAACCAAUGGAUUCAAGUUACAAGAAAGGAGAUUCCAACUUCACAUCAGGAAGAACUUUCUGAGGGUAGGAGCUGUUUGACAGUGGAGCGGACUCCCUGGGAAGGUUGCUGUUGACUCUCCUUCUCCUUCCAGGGAGAAAGGUUGUUUUCUGCUGCUCCAGAGAAGCGGACACGGAGCAAUGGAUCCAAACUAGAAGAAAGAAGAUUCCACCUAAACAUUAGGAAGAACUUCCUGACAGUAAGAGCUGUCUGACAGUGGAAUUUGCUGCCAAGGGGUGUGGUGGAGUCUCCUUCUUUGGAGGUCUUUAAGCAGAGGCUUGACAACCAUAUGUCAGGAGUGCUCUGAUGGUGUUUCCUGCUUGGCAGGGGGUUGGACUCGAUGGCCCUUGUGGUCUAUUCCAACUCUAUGAUUCUAUGAUUCAUUGGAGGUUUCUAAGCAGAGGUUGGAUGACCAUCUGUCAUGGAUGCUUUAGUUGAGAUUCCUGCAUAGCAGGGGGUUGGACUAGGUGACCAUUGACGUUACCAUCCAACUAAGCAAUUCUGUGAUUCUGUAAAGACCAAAUGAUUAGUCUUUUUUUUUUAAAAAGGUAUCUUAGGAUAACCACUUGGAAUAGCCAACUCAAAACAAUCCUUUGUCUGAAGCGCUAUGCACUGCAUGUUUGCAUACAUACAUACUGAGAGCCAAUGUGGUGUAGUGGUUAAGAGCGGUGGACUCGGGAUCUGGUGAACCGGGUUCGUGUCCCUGCUCCUCCACAUGCAGCUGCUGGGUGACCUUGGGCUAGUCACACUUCUCUGAAGUCUCUCAGCCUCACUCACCUCACAGAGUGUUUGUUGUGGGCAGGGGGGAAAGGGAAAGGAGAUUGUUAGCCGCUUUGAGACUCCUUAAAGAUAAAGCUAAAGGGACCCCUGAAUGUUAGGUCCAGUCGCAGACGACUCUGGGGUUGCAGCGCUCAUCUCGCUUUAUUGGCCGAAGGAGCCAGCGUACAGCUUCUGGAUCAUGUGGCCAGCAUGACUAAGCUGCUUCUGGCGAACCAGAGCAGCGCACGGAAACGCCGUUUACCUUCCCCCUGGAGCAGUACCUACUUAUCUACUUGCACUGCAUGCUUUCGAAUUGCUAGGUUGGCAGGAGCAGGGACCGAGCAACGGGAGCUCACCCCAUUGCAGGGAUUCGAACUGCCGACCUUCCGAUCAGCAAGCCCUAGGCUCUGUGGUUUAACCCACAGUGCCACCCGUGUCCCUUAGGGUAGUUAUAAAGCGGGAUAUCAUAUCCAAACUCCUCCUCCUCCUCCUCUUCCUCCUCCUCCUCCUCCUUCUUCCUCUUCCUCUUCCUCUUCCUCCUCCUUCUCUUCUUCUUCUUCUUCAUACCCAUUUAGUUGGAGUAUGCAGUCAAAGAUGGAGGUGGCCUAGACAAAAUCGGAAAGAAGGAUAACAAAAAUAAGUGCCUACUGGUAGUAACACUGGCAUGUUGUGAGGAGAGCAGAGGUGAAAUUUCUAUCUCAUCCUAGUAAUUAGACUCAGCUGCUUACGGUCUGAAAUGUAGUAGGUCCUCCAGAGGAACCCAGUUACUGUCUUUAAAAAAUAUUAUCAUCUGGCCGUGGUCUCUCCCCCCCCCCCCCAAGCAGCCCAGCGCCCAUGUUCCUCACUGGUUUCAGCCUCUGCACCAACCUCAAGAGUUUGAGAGCACUGCAGCAACACAAACUUGAGGUUACCAGUGUAUGGACCACUGCAGUCCAGCUCUCCUGACCCAGAAACGGGUGCAGCGGUCUUGUGGAGUGAAGUUGGCAAAAGGUCCUCCUAGGCAAACUAAGGCCCAGGGGCCGGAUCCGGCCCAAUCGCCUCCUCAAUCCGGCCCGCGGACGAUCCGGGAAUCGGCGUGUUUUUUACAUGAGUAGAAUGUGUUCUUUUAUUUAAAAUGCAUCUCUGGGUUAUUUGUGGGGCAUAGGAAUUCGUUCAUCCCCCCCUUCAAAAAAAAUAAAAAAUAGUCCGGCCCACCACGUGGUCUGAGGGACGGUGGACCGGCCCACAGAUGGAAAAGGUUGCUGACCCCUGGCCACUGAAGACACUUGGCCCUCCGGUGACAACUCAUAGAAGCGCUCUCUCUCUCUCUCUAAAUAUAUAUAUAUUGUUCAGCAGUCAAAUGAAUUCUGUUGCUUUAGAACUCAGAAUUAGCCACUUGAGAAGAACAUAUUAUCUACUUGAAAGAGGAAUAAUUAACUCAUGGCCAGAUUCUCCAUUAUCGGAAUAUAAAAUCAAAUUAAAAGAUAAUGAAGUUUAAAGGUUUUAUUAAGUAUUUUUUUGCUCUGUGUGCUGAAGUACCGAAUUAGAUAAUACUUUGUUCUUAUUUAAUUGGAAGCAUGUACCAUUUAACCUGUCCUGCAUCUCUGUGACGAAAACACCCAAGCGAAUUAAUGUCAAAGUGUUCAAGAGCAGAUUUGACUGGGCACAGCGUCUGGUGGCAAUCUGCUGAUUUUCGCCAGAGAUAUCCCUACCAGAAAAUGGAACUGUGUUCUGUGCAAUUGUUCAUGAAUUUGAAAGCUUAAUUUUUGUGCUCUAUUUCCUUUCCUAUAUACAGCUUUCCCUUGUUUUUGGAAACAUUGCUUCAAAUAAUGUAGCUGUCUGUCUGUAGAGCUUUUCAACACAGUAGUUCACUAAACGUCUUACACAAUGUGCUUUACGAUCGUAAUGUUUCACCAGGAUUUGUGGCCUUAACUCUACUUUCAGAUCCCAAAUGUACACUGAAGCUGUGCUUUGGCUUGCCAGGCUAAUAAUCCUGGAGUGGGGUAGGGAGCAACCUGUCUUUAAUUUAUAGCUUACUCGGCGUAUAUGUAACAUCUAACCAUGGAGAGCAUAUUUGAAACCUCGUGCAUUGCUCUGUAGCCAGAAGGCUCUAGUGAAAAUGCUGAAAAACUCUUAUGAGUUCCGCAAAAAGCAUAAUUAAGACAUAGGUUAAGAACUAUUUGAAUUUCCCAAGGCAAAGAAGUUCAAAAUUGAGCACAUGUUGGUCCCGGGUAACCAAACAGUUUAUGAAAAUAAAAUUAUAUGCUUCUCAAACUUACUUUUUUUAAAAAACAACAAUUAGUAUAUAUGACAUGUGUCUUUUUAACAAAUGUUUUGUCAGACCUUUCUCAGUCUAAAUGAAUCUUGGAAGCAGCGGUUUAUAUGUGCUAUACACUAUGUCAUGUUAAUAUCUCAGCUUAACUUCAGCGUGAUAUGGGAUCUUAAUAGAAGUAGGGUUGUUUAUAGUUUUACUCUCCUUUCCAGCCAAAAUAAGCUCAGAAAGCAGCUGGUGGUUUUUGUAUCACAGUCUAGAUGCUAAUGCCUUCUUGCAAUAUUGUAAGACCUGCAAAAAAAUAAGCUGAUUAAAUAAAAGUGCUAUUAUAUUUCUAUUCAGUAGAAGUAGCAAGGUAUUCCUAUAGUGAUUUUAUAUGGUGUCUAGAUUUUGCUCAGAAUUAAAAGAAUCACUGGCCCAUCCUACUUCUUAAUUGAUUCAUUUUUAAUUGAUUGUGAUCAUUGGUAACAAUGUUGCAGAUAGAUGCACCGUCUCUUCUCUCUGGUCCUUGGAGUCUCCCAGUUAGUUUGGCAAAUACCAUAUAGUGCAUCAUCUUCAUCUGCCAUUCUUCAGUAGUUGGUAAAUCUUGUUUCUUCCAAUUCUUCGCUAGCAAUAUUCUCGCAGCUGUUGUGGUAUGCAGAAAUAAAGCAUCCUUUUUGGGAUUUCACCCCCCACUAUACCAAGUAAAAAGGCUUCUGGUUUCUUAAUAAAUGUGUUUUUCAACACUUUUUUCAAUUCAUUAUAAAUCCUUUCCCAGAAGUCUUUUACCUUGGGGCACGUCCACCACAUGUGGUAAAAGGUUCCUUCUUUUUUCUUUACAUUUCUAGCAUUUAUUAUCAUGAGUAUGAUACAUAUUUGCUAACUUCACUGGUGUUAAAUACCAUCAGGGCUCUUAUAUUCUUGGGCACAUUGAGUUAGGAAUAUAGUGGGUUAAGGAAAUUGCAUAUACAGGAAUCCUCCCAAGUCUUCCUCUGAAGCUGCUGGCCCAUAAACUAGCAUGCAGUUUCUGUUUGCUGACCUUUGUUCCAUCACAGACACCGACUCUGUGUGUAUCAGAACAAGCAGAGACUUGCCCUGUGCUCUGCCUGAUGCAAGCGAACCAGGCCUGAGUCAGAUCAGCCCUUCUGCCAAUUUCACAGCCAAGUUUCUUAGAACCAGAACUUUCUUUUACAACUUUAAGGCCAGGUCUUUUCGUUAGGGGUCUUCAGCCAGCACAAGCUGCAUCCCCUGGAUUUUAUAUAGCAACUUCUGCCAGGAGGGUAAAAUGGGACUUUCGCCUCCUGACUCAAUACUUUUGUGUGUAUGAAUGGGUCAUUUGUAGCCAAUGAAAGAAAAUAUACCUCCUUACUUAAUUAGCGAGGGGACGUAUACGGAGCUCAAAUAUUUUUGCCAGUUCCCCCCCGUUGAGUGCUAACAAACAUAACUUUUUGGUUAUGUGAACCAGGGGUGUGGAAUCUUUUUGGCUCCAUAGACCAGAUCCUCAUCAGGGUUGACUUUCUGGGCCAAAUUUGACAAGUGGGUGCAGCAAGGGUAAACAAUUUUGGGGAGUGAAUAAAGCUGGGCACCAGGAUCUCACCUCUCCCCAAAUGCUUCCAGGGGCCCUAGCCCCUUGACAGGGAUUCGGACAAAAGCAUGGCAAACCCCUGGAUUCCUAUAAUGGAAUUCCCUUGCAGCAGCAGCAGCAUUGGAGGGGCAGGCACAGCCAAUCCUUACCCCUCCACCAACCAAUUUUUAACCAAUGCCUAACCGCCACCUUACAAGUUGUGACGAUUUGCUAUGCAGUAGGCAAAAUCCAAACGGCACCAGCCAAUCAGCCAAAUGGUAAAAUUCCUACUAGGCCCCGGCACCAAAGCAGACGACCCCAUGACUGGCAUAGCAAGGUCAGCACGAACAAACCCUAAAUAAAAGGAGGGUGGGCAGGUAAUCCGAUGUAUGCAGCGAAAAGAGGAAGCUCAAUUCUGCGCACAGGGAAUAAAUAUAGCACCCCAUCAAUCAAAUAACAUUGCAACAAUCACUUCUCCCCAGCAAAAAUUGGAGGUGCCCAAUCAACUUUGUGGCCAUCCAAACUAACUCGCCCAGCAACAGGGGAUGUCAUGGUUGCCCCCACCGCAACACGUGCUCUCCAUGAAGGAGAACCCGCUUUGCCAAGUGGUGCAUGCAGCCAAACGGAGCAAGAUUUAACUUGCUGCUUGUCAGCUGAGGAGCAGGAGGUUGAAUUCUCCUGCUUUGGCUGUGUGCCUCUGUUGCCUGCUGGGAGCAGGCAUACUCAGCCAGCACAGGAUUUAACUCUACCCUCCUGUCCCUGGCCUCAGACCUGUGGGGGGAGCCAGGUACACUUGCCCUGGGCUUUGGAGGGUUAAGCCAGUCAGGGCCCACUGCCAGGGGCCUGCCAGACUCUCGCUGCCAUGCCUAAGGUAUCACACAAGCUCCGCAUGGGCCGACCGGCCCAUCAGAUGACAUGAGUGACAUCAGGUGAUGAGCUGGCGGGCAUGUUUUGGCAAAAAUGGCCUUGUGGGUCAACUUGGGGUUCAGAUUUGAUUAGAUGCUAUAUUUAGUGGGUACUAAGCUAUGGUUUUCCCAGUAGUGAUGUAUGGAAGUGAGAGCUGGACCAUAAAGAAGGCUGAUCACCAAAGAAUUGAUGCUUUUGAAUUAUGGUGCUGGAGGAGACUCUUGAGAGUCCCAUGGAGUGCAAGAAGAUCAAACCUAUCCAUUCUUAAGGAAAUCAGCCCUGAGUGCUCACUGGAAGGACAGAUCGUGAAGCUGAGGCUACAAUACUUUGGCCACCUCAUGAGAAGAGAAGACUCCCUGGAAAAGACCCUGAUGUUGGGAAAGAUGGAGGGCACAAGGAGAAGGGGACGACAGAGGACGAGAUGGCUGGACAGUGUUCUCGAAGCUAUCAGCAUGAGUCUGACCAAACUGCAGGAGGCAGUGGAAGACAGGAGUACCUGGCGUGCUCUGGUCCAUGGGGUCACGAAGAGUCAGACACGACUAAAUGACUAAACAACAACAAAUCCUUCCUUACUCAUGUUUGUGACUUCAGCAGAGUGCCAUCCCUUUGCAGCUUAAAAGGGAAGCUUUGAUAGGCUAGUUUUAGCUUUUUAGCUUAAGUAAUCCAGGAUGCUUUAAGGCAGACAGGAUUUUCCUGGUAUUACCUCCUUUUCUGUCCCUUAAAAUAAUAACUACACACAAACAAUCUGGUAAUUGGUAAAAAUAGCAAUUACUCACUCGGUAUACGUCUUGAACGAUAACAGUUACAGGCAGCUUGGUGCAGGCAGGCUUAAAAUGCUAAUUGAGUUACUAAGACAUACUAAAGCCUAGCUUUAAAAUGGAGUCUGAGCUGGAGCUCAGCGUUACGGAUGUUCUCGCGUUGCAGAUGUAAUGGAAAGGAGAGGAUGUGCCCAGGCAGGGAGGAAUAUAUACAGUUACGCCAUUUUCCUGCCAGGACACGAUAGGGAAGUGAUCUCACAGAGUUCUCUCUAGCAAGUUUACAGGAAAGCUCUGUGAGCCUCAGCCUCUUUGUGUACCUCUCUGGCAAAAAAGGAAUAGCUGCAUGGUAUAUGUAGCCUCAGAGACGCGGGUGGCGCUGUGGGUUAAACCACAGAGCCUUGGGCUUGCCAAUCAGAAGGUCGGCGGUUCGAAUCCCUGCGACAGGGUGAGCUCCUGUUGCUCGGUCCCUGCUCCUGCCAACCUAGCGGUUCGAAAGCACGUCAAAGUGCAAGUAGAUAAAUAAGUACCGCUCCAGCGGGAAGGUAAAUGGCAUUUCCGUGCGCUGCUCUGGUUCGCCAGAAGCGGCUUAGUCAUGCUGGCCACAUGACCCAGAAGCUGUACGCCGGCUCCCUUGGCCAAUAAAGCAAGAUGAGCGCCGCAACCCUAGAGUCGGUCAUGACUGGACCUAAUGGUCAGGGGUCCCUUUACCUUUACCUUAUAUGUAGCCUCAGAAGCUAAGGAGUCACAAAACGAUACCAGGACCCUACAAUUUGCUUUCAGUUUAAAUCAUUAACCCCAAAAAAGGAAAGGCCCAUCUGCUCUGGGGGUUGGAGGUGUUGCUUUGUAACUCAGAACUGGUGUCUGUUUGCUUUUGUCCUCCUCCCUCCUCCCUCCUCCCUCUCUUUUCCUUUUAUGCCCUGCCUUUCAGAUUGUAAGCCUGAGGCCAGGGAGUAUUUUAUUACUGAUCUUCGUAAGCCACUCGAGGAUCAAUUUUUUGACCGAGGAGCUGCGUAAAAAUGCUUAAAAUAAAUAAAUAAGGGAGAAAGGAAUUUUCGUAGGGGAGAACACUCCUAAGUUCGUAUCAAUUAAAAAGCGAUUGGGAAGUGUUACAGCUACACUCUGUUACUGAGACGCAGUAGCAAGGAGAAGAUAGUGCCUUCUUACAAUUUCUGAUAGAAUUGUAAACUGUGUGUGCUCCUUUUGCUGGAAAUUUGUAGAGCAAUCCUAAACGGUAGAUAAAACAUGCUUUAUGAGCCUGCAGAAGCCAAUGUUUUGCAUUAAGGGGGCUCAGAAUCUUGCAGUUCAGAAGGAAGCCAUAAUACGAAGCAGCUAGCUCUGCGCUUUAGAUAAUAGCUGAGAAUUAUUAGCAUAAUAGAGGCAAGUUUGCAGUUAGCUCAUUGCUAAGUGCCAUACAAUAGGUGCAUGUUUUGUGGGAUGAUUUAAAGUGAUGGAUGAGAUUAACCAGGAGAGAGAGGGCUAUUUUAAUAAUCAGAAAAGCAAAUUUAAGUGACUUUAUAGAGCUGGGUUACUUUAGGUUAAGAAUUUUAUAUGUUCAUUUAAGAGACAAUUUGGCACGGUGUCCAAAAAAUUAUAGCAAAGUAAGUUUCUUCGAGUAAUUGCUUGCUUGAGAAAUCAUGUGGAUUUGGUUUAGAUCACAGACUGAUGUUGUUCCUUGUUGAAGUGCAAAGGGGGAGGAUACAGGCUGUGACUCUACUUAGCCUGAACUUGGUUUAGUAGUCAAUAUGCUUGCUUAGCAGGGUGGCGCUGUGGUCUAAACCACUGAGCCUCUUGCGCUUGCCGAUCAGAAGGUUGGCAGUUCGAAUCCCCGCAAUGGAGUGAGCUCCCAUUGUUCUGUCCCAGCUCCUGCCAACCUAGCAAUUCAAAAGCACACCAGUGCAAGUAGAUAAAUAGGUACCGCUCUGGCGGGAAGGUAAACAGUGUUUCCAUGUGCUCUGGUUUUCAUCACGGUGUCCCGUUGCAGCAGAAACGGUUUAGUCCUGCUGGCCACAUGACCUGGAAAGCUGUCUGUGAACAAAUGCCGGCUCCCUCAGCCUGAAAGCGAGAUGUCACCUUUGACUGGACUUAACUGUCCAGGGGUCCUUUACCUUUUUACCUUUUACCGAAAGAGUUAGAUUAUUUGGCACCUCAUUUUGGCAUUUCUACAAGAUUCUUUGAGGAUAAGAUCACUUGCGUCCAUUCUGAGCUGCACUUUACUAACAUAGCUGUCCGGAGUCCAGUUUUUAUUGCACAAAUUGUUUCUUUUUUAUGCCACAUCUUUCCUACUUUUCACAUACUUUCCCUGGUUGGUUCUAGUGAGCUGGUAAUGUGAGUGCAUGGCUUGUUAUGAUAAUCAAGGCCUCCAAGGAUGGGUGGCAUAGUUAAUCUGUUCUGAAGGAGGUGGUUGUUCUCCCCUGGAAAAGAUGUUCCUCUCUUGAUCCUCAAGGUAUUAGAAACCAGAGUCUACAUUUCCAUUCUCUGCUCAAGAAGUUGAGCAGAGAUUGCCAAACAGUUUCUUGUGGGUCUGGAUAAAACGCAUUCUAUUGAUAUGGAUCAGUCCAGCUUUAUCCUGGGGCUGGUCCUGAGUUUGUUAUGGUCCCUCUGGUGCUUGGCCUGUGCUAUGACAGGGACAGGGGGAAGAUGAUUGAUUCCCUUAUGGAUUCCCCUGGAUCUUUCAGUGGCCUUUGAUAUUACUGACCAUGGCACUCUUCUGGAAUUCCUGGAGAGCUGAAGGCUCGGAUGCACUGUGCUCUGUUGGAUGAGUUCCUGCCUUGCCGAGAUGUUCUAGAUAGAAGAUAAUAUUGGGAAGCUUUUCUUCUCUUUUGAUUCCUGAGUUUAUUUGUAACCUGUUUUGAUAACAGUUUCUGAAAAGAGCUCUGUACAUUGUCAAAUGUAUAUCUAUUGUCCUCUGUAGGGCUGCUGAUUGGUGGCCUGUAGGAAACUUUGGCUUCUUCUGUUAGUACAGUGGAAGAGGUUCUGGAGAUCGCUUCAGGUUUUUUCUCCAUGUGCUGCAAUCGUUUGGCUCCCUACCUGCAUGCUGCGUAAGGUGAUGGUGGGGAAGCUGAACUCCAGUCACAGAAGGUGAAUUUCUCUUUCCUACCGCCCUAUUUCAAGCACCUCUUUGCGGAAAGGUGCUUUCUAGCAUCAUUUUCAUUUUAAACGUUGUGUGGGGAGGAUGGGCACAAGUUAAGGUUACCAGAUUUUUUUCAAUGAACCUGGGGACACUUUUCAACUUCAAUGGCUUUUGUAUGGGGACUGAUUUGUGUGGGAUGUGAAACACAAGAGCAGUCAAGUACAACAUUCCUAGAGUGAACAUGUUUACACAUGGGGAGGAAUGUUUGUUCAGCCAGCAGGUAAACUUCCUGUUUCCUUCUGGGCUGGGACAGACUUCCUCUGCAUGUGACUAGAGGUGGGCGUGGCCUCACCUGUGCAGGUAGCGAUAAAAGCACAGGACAUGGCAGCCAUCUCUCUCUCUUUUGACUACAUGCAUCGAAGAAGCAACAUCUGCUAAGCCAAAGAUGCUCUCUUGGCUUCUAGCCAAGAGAGGACAAAGGGACUGUCUUGUUAUGAGAUAGUUUCUAGGUAUAUGUUACUUUUCUAAGCUAAGUCUGCCUUCUGGGAUCCGAUUGUGAACUGAAUGAUGUGUGAGUAAAACUUUUUAUACUUUUAUAGAAGACUGUCUCGUGUCUUAUCUUUUAUGAGGGAAUAAGGGGGAAAUACCAGAACAGUUAUUAUAGAGGCUUUAGCGAGCCUGAGCAAACGCAUCUGCUGCAAGUUUAAAAAGGGGAAUGUUACUCUGCUAAAUUGUGAACUUGUUAACACAAGUUGGAAAGGCUAUAAUCAAACAAUAUAUCCUCUCCUGCAUCCCUGAACAUUCCCACAAUUUGUAAAUCCGGGGACUGUCCCCGGGAAACGGGGACGUCUGGUAACCUUAACUUAAGUCUUUCCCCCUGUCUACUAUUCCCUGAUCCAAAUCCCCCUAGAAUCCCACCCCCAAUGGCUUUUCUGCUUGGAACAUGCAGCAAUAACGCUGCUAGCACAUUGGCAAAAGCUAAGCAGGGUCCGGUAUGGUUUCAAAUUGGAUGGGAGACUGCGUGUUGAGAUCCCCUCAUUGUGGGGUAUUGGACUAGAGGACGCUCAGGGUCCCAUCCAACUCUAUGAUCCUGUGAAUUUUCAGAGGACUACCUGGGAGAUGAAUGAUGUGCCAUAAUUUGCAGCAUUUGCCAGACUCCCCAUAACAUAGAAUUCUCUGGGUGGCUUACAUCGCUGGUAUAAAGGGAUAUAAAUACAUUUGUAGUGUAUGUACAUUAUUUCUUCCUCAUUCUUUUCUCCCCUGCACAUUCCCAUCUUUCUACUUCUCUUUACAAAAUGCAAAGUAGAGCAAAUGUUGCAUUUUAAACUUGUGCUUCCUUAUUGAGAAGUUGAAAACAACACUUGUUUAUUUAGCUGGAUGCCAUUUCGUAUUGCUGGGACAUUCCAAGUGCUCUUUAUGGAACAACUUGUAUUGAUACGGACUUUCUGGUGUUUCAGACAACCCAGAUGGUCUAGCCCAUUUUCAAUUAGACUAAAUUAAUUGUUGAUACCAGAAAUGAGUAAAGAGUCACAGCAGCAUUGCUAUAAAUAUAGCAGACCUGUGUCUUAACAUCCCAAAGGUCGGUACUAAGGCAGCUGCAUUCAGAUCUCUACCUGUAAGUAUAUUAUAAUUUCGGAGGCUGAUUUUCGCCCUGACAAAUGUAGUUGUAUAUCACAAUGAUAUUCUUGUGCACUUUGAAAUUGACCCAGCAAAAUAUAUUAAAUUGCUGCAUUUUGUAUUGAAGAACAAGCAUUUUGAACUGCAUUAACACUAACUUUAGCAGUUCUUUGUAUUGAAUUAUCUUACGAAAAGUAAAAGGUAGUGAUGUUGCAAUCCUUUUUUUGUUGUGGUUCUAUAGAACUGUGAGUGUUAUUUUGUAUAGAAUGGAUGGGGGAGGCUAGACAUCCAAUUAUUGCAUCUAACAAAAUUUAAGGGAAGCUUAAGGGUGCGAGUUUAAUGUAGGAGAGGCUGAGGCAGUGCCAACAGGAACUGAGCAGGAGGAACAAACUCAUGUAUUGCAGGUUUUUGAUGGGAUAUUUACUGAGGCUAUUUGCAGACGCCAUCAGACAGAGGCAUUGGUUGACACAUUGGUGACCCCAACAUUAUUAUCACUUAGAUGGUUGGAGUGAGACUGACUCCAAACCGGAUUUCUGCCUCUAGUUACUAGUAGUUCAGUAGUGCAAACCACAGAGUUUAGUGGCCAUUAGUGUCAAAUUAUGAGAAUGCUUCCUUAAAGAAUAAGAUAAUGAGGUUAGCUGUUCGUGAAUGUAUAGCGUGGAGGUUAUCAGUGAAGAAACUGCAAGUCAGGGGCUUAAUUGCCAUUUGCACAGAAAGUUGAGUGUGAAAAUAACAGGGUGUCAUUGGAGAGUUUGACUAACUGUUACAGCUGACAGGAUACAAUUACUUUGCAGCUCUUUUCUAACAAUAAAAAAAAUGUGUCACUUCAAGUGAUUUUCUUUUCAGUAUUGUAUAUUCAUAUUCUGCACUUGUCUGGAGGGGAAGAUCUUAAUCACAGGUUAAAAAUCUGCUAUUUUUCUCCCCUUCUUUACAGUAGAGUUUCAAAAUCAGCUUUUUUUGUGUGUGAAUUGCAUGCAGACCCUCAAGCUAGAGGAGAGCUUGUAGGUGUUCGAGAUCCUGGCAGGGAAGGAGCUUAAUGCUUUAUUAAAGAAAAGUACAGUGGUACCUUGGGUUACAGACGCUUCAGGUUACAGACGCUUCAGGUUACAGAUUCUGCUAACCCAGAAAUAGUACCUCAGGUUAAGAACUUUGCUUCAGGGUGAGAACAGAAAUCACCCGGCGGCAGCAGGAGGCCCCAUUAGCUAAAGUGGUACCUCAGGUUAAGAACAGUUUCAGGUUAAGAAUGGACCUCCAGAAUGAAUUAAGUUCUUAACCUGAGGUACCACUGUAUAGACUUACAGCAGAAGCAGCCUGCCCACUCCCCUUGCUCCGACAAACUAGGGACGGACACAACAGUAAGGACCUCAGCAAGGAGAUGUCUUGUCCGCAUCCAGCCCAAAGUGUGUGCAUUCUGUGUACAGUGAAGCAGUAUACGUCACAUUGUCCAAAGAGAUGUGCACACAGGUGGCCAGUCCCCAAAACAUUACCAAUGGUUCCCCCUUUCUGGGCUCACAGCCCGGAAUUUCCAGACUCACAAGCGAACAGUACUUUCAAAGCAAAUCAAUUAGUGUACAUCCAAGCAAGUAUACCAGCAUAUAUGAGCUCAUUGCUACAGCAACUACCAAUUAAUUUUGGGGUUAUCUUGACGUCCAUCAUGGCGUAAGCCGUGCUUCUUGAACAGUUCACCUUUGGUUCUACACAGCUAUCACUCUCCUCUUUUUAAAAAAAGAAAAUUCUAUAUAAUCAGACAUUUUAGAAAGUGGAAGUCGAAAGUAAUUUGUAACCAUUUUAAAUAUCAAUAGUAAAACUCAAAUCUGUCGAAUUGAGUAUAGUUUUUACAUAAUUGCCUUCAUCUUUCUGCAGUACAGAAAAUGCCACCCAUUCUAUCUUCUGUCGUAGAAUUAAGUAGAUCUGCUUCUGAUGAUCUGAUCUCGGAAGUUUAAAAGCUGCUGAUGGAGGUAGCAAGAUUUACAAUUGAACACACUAUUGGAUUAUCUAAAAACCAGAGAAUAUGGAGCCUAUAUAAUCCCGAUUGCACUGUGGAAUACAUAAACUGGUAGCCGCUUCAGAUUUAUAUAGCUUUCCCCCCUUUCUUCACUGCAUAGUUAGUACUGAUCUGUUUUGUAGCCUGUUUGAUGGCUUCUCUUUCUUUCUUUCUUUCUUUCUUUCUUUCUUUCUUUCUUUCUUUCUUUUUCUUUUAUGUAUAUCAUUGAUUUCUAGGCUGCUCAUUCUAAUUGCAAAGCUGUGAAAAAGGAACCCAUUAAGGAGCAAUUCCUAGGUUUAAUACUUCUUGGAUGUCCGUGUUAGAAAUACUGAGCUAUGUGGACAAAUAAUAAUAAUAAUAAUUUAUUAUUUGUACCCCGCCCAUCUGGCUGGGUUUCCCCAGUCACUCUGAGCGGCUUCCACAGAGACCAAAAAUACACUAAAAUGUCACACAUUAAAAACUUCCCCGAACAGGGCUGCCUUAAGAUGUCUUCUGAAUGUCAGGUAGUUGUUUAUCGCUUUGACAUCUGAUGAGAGGGCGUCCCACAGGGCGGGUGCCACUACCGAGAAGGCCCUCUGCCUGGUUCCCUGUAGCUUUGCUUCUCGCAAUGAGGGAACCGCCAGAAGGCCCCCCCCCCGAUUGGUGCGAUUGGGUGUUCGGCAGCUCCUUGUCUUGUUCUUGUGUUUAAGAGACUGACCUAUGAACAGCAAAUCACUAAGGGAGCCAUCCUAUGCACAACAAGCUGGUGUAAAGCAAGCAGGCGUUAGCUGAGUCGAGUGGAGUGCAAGCUUGGAGCCUUUCUGAAUAGAUCUGAGGACGAGGUUAAUUGCUAAAUCCUGGGGGGCAAAACUAAUCCAUUCCACUCCAUUUCUGGCCAUUUGCACUCCAUUUGCACAAUGCAAAUGCCUGGUUCUUGCUUUCUUCCAGCCUUUAGUAAGACUCCCUCUUUGCCUUCGCUUUCCCCUUGCCGGUAAGCCAAUAAGGAACAUUGCUGGGAAGGCACCCGACUGUGAUUUUAAGAAAAGAGGGCAGGGUUUUCUGUUUUUCAGCUGCACUGAUGGGUUCUGGAAAACCCGGCAUAUAUAAAAGGAGGCUGCUGGAAAGCGGUGCUCUGGUUGGCCUAUUCGGCGUCCCAGAGGAUUGCUUGAGUCACAGAAGAAAGGGGAGACCACAAACAUUGCUUGCUAUUCCAGAGGGAGAUGCCUAGUUCCGCUUGAAGGCGCUGCUGUCGCAUCAUCUGCUUAUUUUAAGCUACAGUGAAGGAACGCUGCAGGCUCUCCAAAUAACCUGGAUAGGUAAUAUUAAUGCCUAAUUACCUCCCUUUCCCCCCUAUUUCCAUUUGCUUAGUUUUCCUCCAAUCUGGCUAUUGUGAGAUAAGAAUCCUUCUGCUUUGCAUGUAAUAUUUUCCCCUUCCUAGUCCGCUUGCAACCCCAUAGCAAGCAGGGUCUUUAAAACUCUGCCUUAUAAUUCCUUAUUAGGCGACUUUGCUGCUUUCCCAGUAACUAAGUAGAUGGCAUGCAUGAAUAAGCUUGUCAACACUGAUAACUUUCAAGAUUUAAAGCUACUCUUGUUUCUAAUUCAUUUUAUAUUGGCCAUGUUAUUGCAGUCGUACCUUGGAUUUCGAACAGUUUAGUUCCUGGAUAUUUUGGCUCCAAAACGCCGCAAGCUCGGAAGUGACUGUUCCGGUUUAUGAACUAUUUUUGGAAGCCAAACGUCCGCAGGGGCUUCCACGGCUUCGGAUUGGCUGCAGGAGCUUCCUGCAGCCAAACAGAAGCCGCGCUUUGGUUUUCGAACAUUUUGAAAGUCGAACGGACUUCUGGAAUGGAUUCUGUUCGACUUCCAAGGUAUGACUGUAUUUUAAAACCUGUGCUUAUUUACAAAUAAAAAUAUUAGAAUUGUCGUAGCAGAGUGUGUUUUUGCUAGGCAUAGAGAGCGUGUGCAGGAAUUUUGGUCCAGGCUAAGUUUUCCCAGGCAAAGCAAAGGGUGUCUAAGGCUCUGAGCCUAUGCAGUCCUCUCUAUUUGCGUGUCUCCAGUAAAGAUCCCAAGGAUUGUAUUGCUACUUGCUUCCCUCAACACUCAACACUCAAGUAGAUGUGAAUGCAUGCAUUCCUGCAAGGGCAAAUCUGCUGAUCAACAACACUAGGCUUCCUUGUCUGGUACAGCACUGCGCUGUUCUGUGUCAGCGCUAAUUUGUUUAAAGGAUGAGGUGUGGCUUUAUAGGGUGAAUUUGAAAAUGUCAGUCUCUUCUAGAACAAACAUCCAAUUCGGGAUCCACCGCCUCUCCCUGCUGAGCGGUGGCAAGACCCAAGGCAUUCCUGGCACUCACCCUGGGUCUGUGUUUCUUUGGAGAACUGAGUCAUGGCAGAGGCUGUCGUAGCUUUCAAAAAUACAGUUUAUUCACCUAUUUGCACCUUCCGUCUUCAUGGAGAGAGUCCAGAUCUUACAGUGUGGCCAUUCCAAGAGGGAUGUGUUCCCCCACAGCAGUGCAGCCACAGAGUCCGAGGCAUCUCUUCCAGCCAGCCUUCAGCCAGCCUGCCCAAGAUGGAUCCCAGUCUCUCUUCCUCCUCUUUCUGCCCAGAACACUCUGAUACAAAACUCCCUUUUCUUGUCACCUCACACCCUGGCAACCUUCCGAACCCCCAGUCUCUCUGGGGGCAAGGGGGGGGAAGGACAGUUCUCUUGCGUUGCCAAUGGCCCUCAGUUGCCCUCUAUUGUUUCUUAAUGGCCCUAGCUAGGCCAGGUGUUUUGCACAGGCUAGCCCAGGAAUUCCUCUGCAGCUGGUAUUUCUGCCUUGACAUCCCAAAUAAUCAAAAUCCUACAAUUUAUUACUUCCUAGGUUCUUUUUGGGGGGUCCCCGAAAUAUAUAACAAUUAUCAAAGGCAACUGUUGGCACUUUGGAUUUCACUGGCAUUUCAAGCUGAAGAGUAUUUUGGGAAAACUUGCUAUGUUACCGUAUACAUGAAAACAUUAAACUAUGCAUAGAAUUAAAAAGUAAAACUAGUUUGUCAUAGACAUACUCUUCAUUUGACGUAAGUGCUAACUGUAGUAAACUAAAAGGUGAAGGUUGAUUUCCAUCCUAUGUGAUAUUCUGUAACCAUCUGUUUCUAAAAACCGUCUUGUAUCCUUUCCCAUGUGUUUCUUUUUGCAUUUUCUAACAAAUAUUCUUUAUUUGCUACAUUGAGAAGUCUUGGGAAUUCUAUGUGCUUUGUUUAGGGAGUGCUCUGAGUCUUUUCCCCUCAAAAGGGCCUUCUGUGUUGCAACAUGAAUGGGAGCUGAUACGGAGAACCCCAGAGACUUUGGGAUCUUCUGGAGAGAUACAUUAGAUCACUCUUUUCUCAUUGCUAAGGCUGGAAUCAGCUCUCAUAGCCUGAAUCAGCCUGCUACACCACGUCUGUGGGGCACAGGUGAAAUCCCCCUUACAUUCUUCCAAUUGUUUUGGAUCCAGUGUGCAUUUUAUUCAGCCUCAUGGAAGUUGUUGUGAAACUUUUUGUUGGGGUAGAAUGAGAGGGGAGGUCUAUUUUAAAGCCCCAUAUGGCCUAGGACCCUCGUACCUACGGGACCGCCCACAGAGGAACUUACGAUCUUCAGACAAAAACAUCUUGGAGGUCCCAGGCCACAGAGAGGUUAGGCUGGCCGCAACCAGAGCCAGGGCUUUUUCAGCCGUGGCCCCGAUCUGGUGGAACGCUCUGCCACAAGAGACUAGGGCCCUGCGGGACUUGACAUCUUUCCGCAGGGCCUGCAAGACAGAGCUGUUCCACCAACUUCAGAUAUGAAAUCAGCACAUCGAAAUUAGGUUAGAACAAUUGCAGGUGUCAAUGCAACAAAAAAUUUGUUCCCCAGUGUUAUGUGGGGUGGGGCUUACCUACCCCCCCUCCAUGUUUUAUUCAAGUUGGCUCCCCAUCUGACGCUACACAUUUUAUUCAAGUCUGGACCAGCAAAUCAAAGACUUGCAGUGCAUACGAACAAUCAUGGGCGUUUCAUCCAUUAAGUCCCCAAGUCGACUGGGAGACAAGGGGUGUUCUUGGCAUGCCAAGUCCAGCAGGCCCCUGGCAGAGCCCCCCAUGCCGGCUACAAGGCCCAGGGCAAGCGUACCUGGCUUCCUUCUCUCCGAACAGGUCUGCUGCCUGUCAUUUUGUCAUCACGCUGGGGUUGAUGAACUGCAGCGUGACGAAAGCCUUACUAUUUUAUGCAUAUAUGAAGAAAUAACAAAUAUGUAGGCAUUUUAAGAGUUGUUGUUGUUUAGUCGUUUAGUCGUGUCCGACUCUUCGUGACCCCCUGGACCAGAGCACGCCAGGCACUCCUGUCUUCCACUGCCUCCCGUAGUGGCAGGAGCUGGGGCAGAGCGAUGGGGGACGUGGGAUUGGUGCCGCGAGCCAGAGAUGCUGCGCAGCAUGUUAUUGGUGUCUGCAGCAAGGGGUGGUGUUGAUUUAUUAAUUUUUAGUCUCCCAAAAUGGGAGGCGUCUUAUACAUGGGGGCGUGUACGGUAUAUCAUAUUUAACUGGCAUAAUGGUCAGUAUGUUCUGACGGAACGGUGUAAAUUACAGCCAGUGAAUCACACCAUGUUUCCCAACAUUUCCUUGGUCAAAGAUUAGGUUUGAUCAUGAUAAGAUGAAAGAGGAGACUUUGUGUCAUAUUUCUUCGUCUUUUCUUCUGGGACCAAUUCCAUGUGGGCUUCACAAGUUUAUCCACUAUGGAGUAGAAGUGGAUUUAUUUAUCCGUAAGUGUGCAGCUUAUGCAACCACUUGUGAAUCUACGCCUGCUGUUGUUUUUUAGAGUGAAGCGUCUGUUUCAGAAUAAGCCAUAAGGUUACAGUGAUCACUGUGACAUACUGGAUCGGCUUGAGAACUAUUAAUUCAUAUAACCAUACUGCCACCUUGUGGUAAUUGGGUAGAAUUCAGUCUUUCUAAUUGCCGUAUUUUUUGCUCUAUAAGACUCACUUUUUCCCUCCUAAAAAGUAAGGGGAAAUGUGUGUGCGUCUUAUGGAGCGAAUGCAGGCUUUGCAGCUAUCCCAGAAGCCAGAACAGCAACAGGGAUUGCUGCUUUCACUGCGCAGCGAUCCCUCUUGCUGUUCUGGCUUCUGAGAUUCAGAAUAUUGUUUUUCUUGUUUUCCGCCUCCAAAAACUAGGUGCGUCUUGUGGUCUGGUGCGUCUUAUAGAGCGAAAAAUACGGUAAGUCAUACUGAUAAGAUUUUAGUUCAGAUCAAUGAGUAAAAGGCAGUGCUUUUUAAAAAAAAUAGGUUUAGGGUUACUCUCAUUUUCCUGCUCAUAUUGAAAUACUGCCCCUCAAUGAGGCCAAACGUAGAUUCACAAAAUGUUUAGGGGUAUGCGUACACCUGCGUCCCCCCAGAAAAAAGCACUGGUAAAAGGUAAAGGUAAAGGACCCCGGAAAAGUUAGGUCCAGGUUUCAGUUUUUAUAAAUAAUAUACAGUGGUGCCCCGCAAGACGAAUGCCUCGCAAGACGGAAAACCCGCUAGACGAAAGGGUUUUCCGUUUUGGAGGUGCUUCGCAAAACGAAUUUCCUAUGGGCUUGCUUCGCAAGACGAAAAUGUCUUGCGAGUUCCUGCGUGGUUUUUUUCCUUUCCCCCCCCCUUUUCCCCAAGCCGCUAAGCCGCUUAUCAGCUGAUCCGUUAAGCCACUAAGCCGCUUAUCAGCUGAUCCGCUAAACCGCUUAUCAGCUGAUCCGCUAAGCCCGCUAAGCCGCUAAUAGCGCUAAUCCGCUAAACCGCUAAUGGGCUUGCUUCGCAAGACGAAAAAACUGCAAGACGAAGAGACUCGCGGAACGGAUUCUUUUCGUCUUGCGAGGCACCACUGUAAUUAUUUUGCAAUAUAUGUAACAAUUUUGGCACAUGUGUAAUUUUGCAUUUUCCUUUCUUUUUCUUCCCCCCUCAAGACCAGUAUAAAGGAAGGAUUACUUCUGAAGCAAACCAGCUCUUUUCAGCGAUGGAAAAAACGUUACUUUAAGCUUCGGGGCCGUACCCUUUACUAUGCGAAGGAUUCAAAGGUAAAGAUUCAUUCUGGUAGAAAUCAAUAUGCCGUCUCUAUAAUACUAACUGCGUUUGGGUCUCUCUCUCUCUCUCUCUGCCUAUUAUGAAAACAGUUUUAAAGGUAGCUCCCCCUGCUUUUGUAAAAAUUAGUUGUGUUGCCUGCAUAGGUUCCUUGUAUUUUUCUAGCACAUUUAAAAAAUAAAUUAGUAGUGGGUUUGAUUUCUGCUUUCUGGGAUGAAAAUGUUAGGUCAGGGGCAGGAACGUCUUGUUUGCAGGCCUAGCGAGCGUUGACUGAUUCCCUGGCUUUUACUUUAAAAAACCCCCUGAAAAGAUAACGGGCAAGUAUCAUUCCUGUGUAUGUAGAAAAUGAAACGCAUCCUCUGUGUUCUUUUCACAGUCUUUAAUCUUCGAUGAAGUUGACUUGUCCGAUGCCAGUGUGGCUGAAUCAAGCACAAAAAAUGUCAACAACAGCUUUACGGUAUGCUUCCAAUAUUCUUGAUGUUCUAACAAGUUAUAACAUGCUUUUGAGUUUUUCGUUUUGCCUUUUAAAAACUUGUGACAGUGGAAUUUCUCCUAGUGUUCUUAAGAAGGGUGUGUUUAUUGAAACAUUUCUUUCAUCUGACGAGAGCAUGUAACCUAUAAACCAUCAAUUAUUCUAUAGCAUGGACAAAGAGACACACUUAAGGAAUUAGGAAGGGAAGGGAUGAUUUUACAGGAGGGACGUACAUAUUGACACCUGUCCGCUCACAGAACAAACAGUUAGUUAAGUAAUGUCCUAGUCAUCAGAACAGUUAUUUUAUUUCCAGCAGAGAGAUUCAGGAACAAGCUAUUAGAUGUCUCCUGCUCUUUGAGGUCUUGUUUGUUUCUGUGGCUGUCCCACCAUGUGACCGGCCUAACGCAUGGCAAGGCCACACUCUGGGCAGAAAGAGGUGAUCUGAAAGCAGGGGGUAUUGACAUCAGUUCCUUGUUGUGGCCAGAUCACUUCCUGUUGAGAUUUAAACUUUCAGGGCCUUUCCCCCCUCUACAGAGGAUGGGGAUCUCUUAGGAUGGUCCACCCUUCGAGGCUGGUGGAGUUCCCAGAUGGCUUUAGGAGAUUUUCUAGCUGAUAUGACUGGUGCCCCUGUAGAAGCCCUGGUCGACAUCUAUUAUUUUAUUAUUAUUAUUAUUAUUAAUAAUAAUAUUUAUAUUUAUACCCCACCCAUCUGGCUGGGUUUCUCCAGCCAGCUUUCAACAGAACUUUAAAAACAGAAUAAAACUUCAAACAUUAAAAGCUUCCUAAACAGGGUUGCUUUCAGAUGUCUUCUAAAAGUCGGGUAGUUGUUUAUUUCUUUGACAUCUCAUGGGAGGGCGUUCCACAGGGCGGGUGCUGCUACUGAGAAGGCCCUCUGUCUGGUUCCCUGUAACCUCACUUCUCACAGUGAGGGAACCACCAGAAGGCCCUCACCGCUGGACCUCAGCGUCUGGGCAGAUCGAUGGGGGUGGAGACGCCCCUUCAGGUAUACUGGACCGAGGCCGUUUAGGGCUUUAAAGGUAAGCACCAACACUGAAUUGGGAGCCAAUGUAGGUCUUUCAGGACCUUCUGAAACAUUUGAAUGGCUUGGACCAUUGGCAUAAUCAUUCGUGAGCACCUUCUCCUUCUUUGUGGAGCCUGUUUGGCUCCCUGGUAUACUCCAGAACUUAAGGUGGGGAAACAAGCUGGGAGACGGCUCAAACGUAAGUGGAGAAAAAUGCAAAUUGAGGGCUCACCAUCGAGUCUACCUUGUGGCAGUGAAGGCAGCAAAGAAGGCAUACUCAGCUGCCUCCGUUGCAUCCUCAGUUUGUCGUCUGGCAGAGCUCUUCCAGGUAGUGGAAGCCUUUUGCAGUCUGGCCCAGAGGAGGUGGGGAAACCAGCGGUAGCUCACUGUGACUUGUUUGCAAAGCAUUUUGAGGACAGAAUCGCUUGCAUCCACCCAGCUCUUGACUCGGCUGUUACAGCAGAUGAAUCUCAAGGGAUGUCUAGAGCACAGUCUAGUCCCAUUAUAUUGGAUGAGUUUCAGUUGUUAAGACUCGAGAAUGUGUCCCUCUUGGCUGAUAAAAACCACCAGAGAGGGGACAGCUGGCUGGGCCAGGGAGCUCUUUAUGAGAGGCAGUGGUAAAACGACUCCUCAAGAAACACUCCCUGUUAGAUGUUACAGGUUUCCAGACUAGCUGGUAAAUGCUUAGCUUAUUUCAAGUUAGUUCACUUCAGUUUCUUAGUUGCAUAGAUGUUAGAGCUUAUUCCCGUAUUUUUCACCUCCUAAGACGCACCUGACCAUAAGACGCACCUAGUUUUUAGAGGAGGAAAACAAGAAAAAAAUAUUUUGAAUGAAACAGUGGAUGUAUGAUUUUUGUGGUUCAUGCUGUGGCCACAGACACGUGAUCUGAUGGUGAAUUUGGGGUGACCCAAUGCAAAAAUCCUGAGGAUCCAUGUGGAUCCGUGCUUUGUAACCACAUUUUUGCACCAUUGCAGCCCCAGGAAACAGUGGAUGUGUGAUUUUUUUGGUGCAGGCUGUAGCCAUGGACAUGCUAUGUGAUCUGAUGGUGAAUUUGGGGUGACCCAAUGUAAAAAUCCUGAGAAUCCAUGGGCUUUUACCUCCCCCUCUCCCAGGCAGCCUCUGCUAGUGUCCCUUAUCUCUCUUCCGAUCCCACCGAUCAGCUGCUUCCUUUCAACACUCCCUUCCCUCUUGUUUGCCUUAGUGUCUUUUCCUUAGCUGGAGCAGUUUUUUGCUCCUCCUUUUCUUCUAAUUUCUCUCCUUAUUGCUUUAGUCUUCCUGUUUUCCCCCUUUGCAAGUUUGCAGUCUUUACCUCCCCCCUCCCAGGCAGCCUCCUUUAUCUCUAGCGUCCCUUAUCUCUCUCCCCGAUCGGCAAAUGAUCAGCGGCUUUGUUUCAACACCCACUUCCCUCUUUCACAAAAAAAAGCAUGAUCUGCUUUUUGCCCCUGGGCAAUACAGCUCCAGGGACCACACAUUUGCUCCAUAAGACGCACAGACAUUUCCCCUUACUUUUUAGGAAGAAAAAAGUGUGUCUUAUGGAGCGAAAAAUACGGUACUUUGGUUCUUAAACAAGGUGGUACUUUCUGUCAGAUUUCCAGCCUUUUGACAAUCCCACUCCUGAUGUUUUUCCAAAUAGUACAACAGAUCCAGGGGAUCACCACGCCCCUCCUAACUGGUUUAGGAUUCUUCUCUUUCUAGAAGAUCUCUCCCCUCUCGACUGACAUGCGACCCAAGUCCUCCUCACAGCUUCUACUUCUCCUGCUCAAAUCCAGCCCUCCAGUUAACACCUGUCUGAAUACACAACACACUGUCUUCUGAUCUGAGCUCAGAAACUCCUUUCUCUAGCUGUAGAUAUUUUUCUUAGAGUGGACGUUGCACAUGGAUCAGAACCAGCCAGUUGCUCAUCUCCCUUUCCUGAGCAAGGUUCUAGAGCAGGUGGUUAUGGACCAGAUCCAGGCACUUUUGGAGGAAACUGGUUUUCUAGAUCCAUUUCAAUCAGGUUUAAGGCCCGGUUUAGGCUUGGUCAUCCUGUGAUAACCUUUGUCGGGACAGAGACAGGGGAAACAUGUCCUUGUUAAUUUUCCUCGACCUCUCAGCGGCUUCUGAUACCAUCAAGCAUGUAUUGCAUUGUGGGGAGGAUUCUGAAGUCUUUUUAAUAUGUUGCUAACAAUUAUUGUGUGGUUAAAAACUGUAAUUUUUAAGCCACCUCGAGGUUUUGGAACUUGGAAAAACGGGAUUUAGAUCAUGGGAAUCAAUCAAUAAAUUGGGUUCCUGUGUGUGAGUUGUGCUACUCCCUGUGCAUUUUUGUGGGGUAGAUAUGUUUGAAAAGGUCAGGAGGUGGAGAAGAGGUUCUUCAGUUCCAGCGGCAGCUUGUAUAUAUAGAACGGCUUGCAAGGGUCUCCCUCUUCCUUGUGACUCACGGAUUGUGCUGCUUGUGGUUAGUGAGCGUGUUAGAGACCGAAAAGAGCAGUUUGGCAAAGAGCAUCUCGCAUGGAAGAAACAAAUGGCAGAGACUGCUGGGUAAGUCAGAGAGGAGGAAGUCAGAGGAUUUUGUGUGUUGCUAUUAGUGGCAUUAUAAGACAAAAAAAUUCAUCAUUAUGUGGAAUAUGAACUCUGAAACUUGUAGAUAUUAAUUUAUUGUGGCCUAACAUAAUAGCCUAUCAGAGAGCACGACAAUGGGAAAAUAAUAACGACUCUGACAAGUAAAGAAAAUCUUCUGAAUGCCUGCUGCUUAAAGGUUUAUGUUGUUUGGCUUUUUAAGUUAAGGGUACCAAUAUAAACCACAGUUAUUGUCUUCACUCACUGCUUUCCCUACGCUUUAUGCACACAUAUCUUAUUUUGAUUGCAAAGUCAUAUAAAUGCAGCAUCAUACCAAACAUUGGAAUAUAAAAUAUGUUAAAUAUCCUUACAACCUAGGCUUGCUGUUCUCAGAAGGGCAAUGAAUUUGUAGUAUCUGAAUUUCCUACUAGAAAUAAACAAGAAUCUCUCUCUCUCUCUCUCUCUCUCGUGAAUUACACAGGAAAACAUUUACAACUGAUAACAAUUUUUUUGUCUUUGGAAUUUAUUAAGAUGAUCAGUAUUUUACAAGAAUUAUGAGAUCUUGCUUUUUCUGUGUUCUUUGUUACCUUGUCCUCCUUAUAGCAAUUCGGAGUCAUCAUAUUAAGUGAUCUUUCCGCCCCCCCCCAGGUAAUCACACCAUUCAGGAGAUUAAUAUUGUGUGCAGAAAACAGAAAAGAGAUGGAGGAUUGGAUCAGCUCUCUGAAGUCCGUACAGUCCCGGGAACAUUAUGAGGUAAGAGGAAUGCUGCCCAUCUUGCGCUUUUUAAAACUGAAAUAUUGCCAGUUUUUCAAGAUGCAGUAAACGGGGAAGAAAAGGUGUAUGUCCCUGAUGCGGUGUGAAAAAUCCAUGAAACUAAAAUAGAGAUUUGGUUAAGCCUGAUAAAGCCAUAUAGUUCAUGUUACUUUUGUUUAAAGAGCCUGGGGAGUAUUCUUUUUGGAAGGUGAGUUUUUGAAAUGUGAGGUGGUUUUAGCUGCUGCUGUAGUGAUGUCCUGUUGCUGCAAAUCUCUCUUAACUUCUCCUUCAUUAGGCUGCCCAGUUUAAUAUGGAACAUUUCUCAGGGAUGCAUAACUGGUACGCCUGUUCCCACGCUCGACCCACCUUCUGCAACGUCUGCAGAGAGAGCCUUUCUGGAGUUACUUCUCAUGGCCUGUCCUGUGAAGGUAAAGGCGGCGGCAGCCCCCACCCCCCAUUUUGUAUUAUCACAUAAUUAAGUGGUGACACACAGUAGAAGAACGUAUAUCAUAUUAAGCUAAGUAAAGGUAAAGGUAAAGGGACCCCUGACCAUUAGGUCCAGUUGUGGCCGACUCUGGGGUUGCAGCGCUCAUCUCGCUUUAUUGGCCGAGGGAGCCGGUCUACAGCUUCCAGGUCAUGUGGCCAGCAUGACUAAGCCGCUUCUGGCGAACCAGAGCAGCGCAUGGAAAUGCCGUUUAUCUUCCCGCCGGAGCGGUACCUAUUUAUCUGCUUGCAUUUUGACGUGCUUUCGAACUGCUAGGUUGGCAGGAGCAGGGACCAAGCAAUAGGAGCUCACCCCAUCGCAGGGAUUCGAACCGUUGACCUUCUGAUCAGCAAGUCCUAGGCUCUGUGGUUUAACCCACAGCGCCACCCGCGUCCCUAUCAAGCUAAGUAAUAAUUUGCUGUUGAGCUUCAGUGAACAUCGUAAAAUCAUUUAGUCUGACCCCCUGCAAUGUCUUUUGUCUUUAAAAUAUAGGGGUUCCUGAAAAGAACCUUUCAGGAUUCUUGUUACCUUUGUUUUCUUCAUUGUUAACUUGGUCACGUUGGCCCUCCCUUCCAAAUGCCUUCUUUUUGGAAAUUCAUUUGCUAGGAAAAUAACAAGGCAGUUUUGUGUCUAGAUAUUGUAUUGUUUAACUCUUGUGUUGGUGAUAUAGAGCUGAACUUUUAGCCACAUCCGUCAUGCCACGUUGUCAUCUAGCAGCAGCAGUGCGUUGCAUUUCGUUGUUUGUAGAUCGACCCAAAUGUGUGAGUUGCUACUCACAUGUAGGAAUUCUGCACAUGAGCAGGAGCUUGCAAAGUUGGGUUUUUGUGAAGACAGCUGUUUGCAACAAACACUGGGAAAUAAGGAUGCAAGACACAAGGCUGAGGAAGCUGGGUCAAAUUUGUUAAUUUAAUGGACCAGAUCCACCGUAGAGAACCACGGUGUGAGAUAUUAACUGAUCGUAACCAGCCGUGGGCAGCCACCCGAUUCCACAUACCCCUUUCCUCAGGCCCUCCUGUUUCAGGUGACUAGAGAGUCCUUCCUGCUUCAUCCCCUCCCAGGGCCCCACAACUCUGGUUGAUCUAACAGCUUGGCUUCAAAGCUGCCCCCUACAUUGCCCUACACAGCCCUGAAGGCAAGUCUCUGGACUGCACUCAUCACACUGAAAGGUGCUCACCAAACCUUAAUCACCAGAUUUUCCUGAAGGACCUCCUACCCCCUCCUACGUGCCACAAGGGUCCUGCAUUUGAGGUAGAAAAAAGAGUGGAACACUGUACGUCCCUGUUUAAUAAUAUAUUUUAAUAAUAAUUUUAUUAUUUAUACCCCGCCCAUCUGGCUGGUUUCCCCAGCCACUCUGGGCGGCUUACAACACAUCUAAAAACAUAAUGAAGACAUCAAUCCUCAAAACCUUCCCUAAACAGGAUUGCCUUCAGAUGUCUCCUAAAAGUCAGAUAGUUGUUUAUUUCCUUGACAUCUGAAGGGAGGGCGUUCCACAGGGAGGGUGCCACUACCGAGAAGGCCCUCUUGCAAUAUGAAUUUUUAUUACCAUCCAAAAUGAGAGUUUGUUUCCUAGUAUCUUUAAUCUACUUCUGGGGGUGGGUGUGUUUAAACCCUGCUGUGCAUAUUUGUAUUCUUAGAAACAAAAUAACAGGUUUUGUGUAAUCCUACAAGACAGCUAUUACGCUGUCUGACAAGUUAAACUGCAAGUCCCAGGACGUGGGUCUUGUCAGAUUAGCGCUUUUGCUUUUUUUGGAAUCAACCAAGGCAUUUGGAGAGAGCAGCUGUUCUUGGAGAGCUACCAACGCAAAGUUUCUGGGAUGGUGAGAAGCUUGCAGGCAAUAUUCUUUAAUUAUAAUAAACAGUAGCUAUACUGCUGCAAGGGGUUACAUCCAUUAUCUCUGCAGAUCCCAUAAGCCAUGGGUUUCCUUAGGUGGCUUUCACAAACCACGGUCCAUAAGCCUCAGCUUUCCAUCUGUGAAGUGGGAACCACUUCCUUACAAACUGGAAUAAAGGUUGGGAUACAUUUUAGGUGCUGACAACAUUAAGUAGAUGGGCAGCCUGAUCCUGUUCAGGAGAUUCCUUGCUUCCCAUGCAAAGCAGGAACUUUCUGUCCUUCUGACUGUCAGUCUCUUCUAGUUACACCCUUUUGCCAGUGCCUAUGCAUUGCAGUACUGCGGCAGGAGAAGAGACAGGCUUUUCCAUAUCCUAGGGGGAUCCAUGGACAGCCUCGUGCCUGUGUGGUGUAGUGGUUAAGAGCGGUAGUCUCGUAAUCUGGUGAACCGGGUUCGCAUCCCCGCUCCUCCACAUGCAGCUGCUGGGUGGCCUUGGGCUAGUCACACUUCUCUGAAGUCUCUAAGCCCCACUCACCUCACAGAGUGUUUGUUGUGGGGGAGGAAGGGAAAGGAGAAUGUUAGCCGCUUUGAGACUCCUUAGGGUAGUGAUAAAGCGGGAUAUCAAAUCCAAACUCUUCUUCUUCUUCUCUGACACUGCUCUCAGAUCGCACUCAGCCUGGACACUGAGGUCCAGCGCCAAGGGUCUUCUGGAGGUUCCCUCACUGUGAGAAGCCAAGUUACAGGGAACCAGGCAAAGGGCCUUCUCAGUAGUGGCGCCCGCCCUCUGGAAUGCCCUCCCAUCAGAUAUCAAGGAAAGAAACCAACUAUCUGACUUUUAGAAGACAUCUGAAGGCAGCCCUGUUUAAGAGAGUUUUUAAUGUUUGACGUUUUACUAUGUUUUUAUGUGUACUGUAGGUCGCCCAGGGUGGCUGGGGAAACCCAGCCAGAUGGGCAGGGUAUGUAUGUAUGUAUGUAUGUAUGUAUAAAUACAACAACAAUAACCGUAGUGUGGUGUAGUGGUUAAGAGCGGUAGACUCGUAAUCUGGGGAACCGGUUUGCUUCCCUGCUCCUCCACAUGCAGCUGCUGGGUGACCUUGGGCUAGUCACACUUCUCUGAAAUAUCUCAGCCCCACUCACCUCACAGGGUGUUUGUUGUAGGGGAUGAAGGGAAAGGAGAUUGUUAGCCGCUUUGAGACUCCUUCGGGUAGUGAUAAAGCGGGAUAUAAAAUCCAAACUCUUCUUCUUCUUCUUCUUCUUCUUCUUCUUCUUCUUCUUCUUCUCCACAUUAGCCCUUGUGCUGUGAAGCAGGUAAUUCCCACAGUGGACUCCUGCAAGCAAGCAAGGCGCCACUUUCUCUUCAAUGCUUACUGUGGUGUCUAACCACCCAUGGGGAUGCAGGUGGUGCUGUGGUCUAAACCACUGAGCCUCUUGGGCUUGCCGAUCAGAAGGUUAGUGGUUCGAAUCCCCAUGAUGGGGUGAGCUCUGUCCCAGCUCCUGCCAACCUAGCAGUUCAAAAGCUGCCAGGUAGAUAAAUGCAAGUGCAAGUAGAUAAAUAGGUACCACUGCGGCGGGAAGGUAAACAACGUUUCCAUGCGCUCUGGCUUCCAUCAUGGUGUUCCGUUGCAGCGGUUUAGUCAUGCUGGCCACAUGACCUGGUGUCUGCGGACAAACACCGGCUCCCUCAGGCUGAAAAGCGAGAUGAGCGCCGCAACCCCAUAGUGGCCUUUGACUGGACUUCACCAUCCAGGGGUCCUUUACCUUUACCUUACCUUUAACCACCUAUCUACCAAGAUACCACAGAUGUCUGCUGGUAGUGGACUUGGACUGCCUUGACUGCUAUGUAUAUAAACUGAUAUGAGGCAGGCGGCUUUGCUGUGUCAUCUUAUACACCUGCAGAACACUUUUUUGUUUUGUUUUGAUAAGCCUGCCCAGCUGUACAGUUUAUAUUUGAUAGUUUUUAAAUUGUUUUGUGGAUUUUAGCUCUGUUUUAUGUACAGUUUUAUUUGCAUACUGCUUAGAGAGCCUUUUGAUUAAGUGGCCUAUAAAUCUAACUAACUAACUAACUAACUAACUAACUAACUAACUAAAUUACCCUGCAGGGUGAGUCAGUAGUUUGGUAGAGUUGGAAAAAUUGUGAAAUGAACACUCUUCCAGCGCACUGCUGGGAAGGAUUCAAACUAAACAGUUACCUUUUGAACAAUUUACAUUUUUAACACUACCUAUUGCGGCUGGCGCUGUGGGUUAAACCACAGAGCCUAGGGCUUGCCGAUCAGAAGGUCGGCGGUUCGAAUCCCUGCGACGGGGUGAGCUCCCGUUGCUCUGUCCCUGCUCCUGCCAACCUAGCAGUUCGAAAGCACGCCAGUGCAAGUAGAUAAAUAGGUACCAUUGCGGUGGGAAGGUAAAUGGCGUUUCCGUGCGCUGCUCUGGUUCGCCAGAAGUGGCUUAGUCAUGCUGGCCACAUGACCCGGAAGCUGUACGCUGGCUCCCUCGGCCAAUAAAGCGAAAUGAGCACCGCAACCCCAGAGUCGGUCACGACUGGACCUAAUGGUCAGAGGUCCCUUUACCUUUACUUAUUUGUGUAAUGAAGUGUUUGAUUAAGCUUCUGAAAGAUGAUGUGAAUCAUUCAAAGAUUAUGUGUGUCUUUUCAUCCAGUGUGCAAGUUUAAGGCUCAUAAGAGAUGUGCAGUCAGAGCAAUAAACAGUUGCAAAUGGACUACUUUGACUUCAGUUGGAAAAGAUAUUAUUGAGGAUGAAGAUGGUGUAAGUAUUUCUCAGAAAUGCAGGCGGAAACCUGCACAUGCUUCGGUUUUAUGUAGAAAAAUGAAACAUUUGCUAAUAGGUAGGACGAUGCUAAUUUUAAGUGAUUGUGGAUCCUGUCUACAUUAGGGGGGGGGAUAUUUUUAGCACAUUUAUUUAUUUAUUUUUAAAAUAAUAUUUAUUAAAGGUUUAAAGAUUACAGAAAGAAAAAAAGAAAGAAAAAAUAAACAAUGCAAAUCAACACUAUACAUAAAAAAAGAAAAAACAAAGACACAAUACAUCAAAACAAAGGCAAAAGCAAAAACAAUUAAAAACACAUCCAAUAUUUCCAUAUCUUUGUCUUUCAUUAACUUGUUUCAUCGACCUCCUCACACCUCCCUUUUUUGUGUUCUAGUUAUUAAUUGUUUCAGCAAAUCCUUUCCAUCUUUCACUAUUUUCUAUCAUAUAAUUAUCAUAAUUUAUUUUAACCUUAUCUUACCAUUAAUACCCUAAAACUUAUUUGUACUUAACUCCUUAUAACAUUUCUACUAAAGCCGUGUAAUUUCAUUCCAACAUUUUUCUAACACUCAUUAAUUUUACAAUGUUUCUAUAAAUAAUUUUUUAAAACUUUUUUCCAAUCUUCUUCCACCGUCUCUUCUCCCUGGUCUCGGAUUCUGCCAGUCCUUUCUAUCAAUCCAUAUGGUCCAUCAACCUGGUGAUCUUCUGUCCGAGGCUCUUAACUCUUUUCCAUGUCCCUUCUGCAGAUCUUCUUCAUAUUUAUACAUACACUUUACUUUAUCUUCUGCUGAUCUUAUUCUUAAUUUCCUUCCUUUAACACUGAGGAGUAGAUCUCAGGGAAGCUCCAACCUAACAAUGUCUUUAUUCCUUCUCGACUGGUCAGCCCAUUCUCCAUAGUCAAAACUAGAGUCCAAAAGAUAUUUCAGGACGUGUUUCAAUUGGCUUUCUCUAAAUUCAAACAUAGAAGGCCACAGCUUAUAUUCAUCAAAUUGUCUCUGUAAGACUGAGGCUCUCUCCACUUGUAUUACUUGAGAUUCUAUUUUUAGCACAUUUAAUCUCCUGGAGUGAAGCCUUAUUAUACAAAGAAACUCAUAACACCCAAAGUAAUCUCACCUGUGGUCCACUAGAGGAAAGCCAGCCCCUUGCUUUGGGUAUUGCGAUAUAGCUGCUGCCUCUGGGGUUCUGUUGCGUGUCGAGGUCCCCAGGGCCACCCCAAUAACUCACACAUCACACCAAUAUUUUUGUUUAAGGUUUUUGGCAUAAUUUUGGCCACAACUUUAUUAAAAUACAAACAUGUGAGUGGUUGCUUAGGCAUUGGUUGUGACUAGCUGCCCCCACUGUGGGGGACAGUCUGACAUUCUGCACGCCUGCGAAAGUCAGAAAAGGGGAAUACACUUGGGGGUAGCGACGGAGCAGGGAACCUGCCCUCAGCCCUCCCCAAAUGCAACCAGGGGCUCUUGCGUGGCCCUAGCCCCUUGACAGGAUUCAGAUAAAAGCAAUAGUGAGCCCCUGUAUUCCUUUAACGGAAUCCCUCGCAGCAGCAGCAUUAGAGGGGCAGGCACAGCCAAUCCAUGCCCCUCAACCAACCAAACCAAAAACCAAUGCCUAACCGCAACCUUACAACCUUACCUUGUGACGAUUUGCUACGCAGUAGGCAAAAACCAAAUGGCCCCAGCCAAUCAGCCAGAUGGACAAAAUUCCUACCGGGCCCCUGCCCCAAGAGCAGACAACCCCAUGACAGGCAUAGCAAGGUCAAAGCGACCAACCCUAAUUCUUAGGGAGGGGGGGACGGGCAAUCCGAUGCACGGGCGAAAAGAGGAAGCCCUAGCCUCGUGCAAGGAGUUUUAGCAUUUCUGGCUGUCAGUCAACAAAUGGCAACAUUAACUGCUUCCCAACGGCAAGGGAAGCCCAAUCGCAUCAGUGGCCAACGGUCAAUUAGCCCGCCCCACAACUUUGGAGUGUCCUGGCGGCCCCCACUGCAACACGUGCUCUCCAUGAAGGAGAACACGCUUUGCUCUCCUCACUUCCCAACACAGUGGGCUGCUUGCCAAGGGGGAUUGGGGAAGCAAGGGGUGCUGCGCCAAGGUCCCUGCACCUCAGCGCUUCCUGCAGCGACCUGUUCUGUUGGCGUGCUUGACACAAGUUAAUCUACACUGGCAGCGAAGUGUAGUUGAGGGCGGGGGGCGGUAUUGAUAAUGGCAGUUGUCCAAAAGGGUUGACGCAGCUGUGCCAAAUUCUCCCCUCCCAGCAACAGCACCCUGACCCUAAAAAGCCAGUUCUGAAACUCGGGGGUGUGUGUGCGUCCCCUGUGAAACAGGGAUUUCAUUAGGCGACUGGAAGGGGAACCUUCUGUACCACGGCAUAUACGUACUCAGAUCUCUUUGGUUCAGAACCUCAGGGGUUGUAUCCAGCAUUAAGUCUUCUUCAGAGUAAACCCAUUGAAAAUAAUGGCUAACUUAGAUCCAUUAAUUUCUGUGGCUAUUUUGAGUGCAACUUCGUUUGAUAUGACCGUAAUAGUUUUCAAAAUGGGUUGUGUGGGUGGGGAAGCAGUGAAUAUGGUACAGUCAAACCUCAGUUCCUGAAAGCCUUCAUUUUGGAACGUUUCGACUCCCAAACGCCGAAAACCCGGAAGUAAGUGUUCCGGUUUUCGAACAUUUUUCGGAAGCCGAACGCGGCUUCUGCUUGAGUACAGAAAGCUCCUGCAGCCGCUCAGACGCCAUGUCUUGGUUGUCGAACAUUUUGAAAGUCAAACGGGCUUCUGGAAUGGAUUACAUUCAACAACCAAGGUUUGACUGUAGUGAAUUUGGAAGAAAAGUGACAUGCUUAUUUCCCUGUCUCCGUUGCCCCCAUUUUGACCUUUGAAACACUCCGCUGCAGGUAGCUAUGCCUCACCAGUGGUUAGAAGGAAAUCUUCCUGUCAGUGCCAAAUGUGCAGUUUGUGACAAGACCUGUGGCAGCGUCCUGCGACUGCAAGAUUGGAAGUGCCUUUGGUGUAAAACGAUGGUGAGUUCAGAUUGUACAAGUCUCUUUCCCUCAAAACAGUCUCCUAGAAUGUUCUCAUAAUUUUUGGUUUGCGUUUGUCUGUUUCGAGAGACAAUGGAGUUCGCCUCCGGAGGGUGAAGCCAAAUCACUGCGUUCUCAGUAUCGAAGUGGCUUCCCCUGGGCGCAAGCGUGUGCAGUGUGUCUGGAGACCCUGGGCUGCCCAGGCGACAAGACCCCCCCCCCCUUUCAGCCUUGCUGAUGGGGUCCAAAGGAAACCAGAGCAAGACGUUUGACACCAACUUGGCUGCUGGAAGGAGGCGUACAAGGCUCCAUCCAACCCUAGGGACUCCUGACUCAUAUUGACAAAUAAUUUUUACUAUAAAAAAUGAAACUCUGAAUAUUUUUAAAAUAUCAGAAUAAGCUGUUAUUUAGAAAGUGUACGUCAAACUGCGCAAUUUGUGACACAGAAAGGUCAACAUAUUCCAUUAGCCAUUUGUUUUUUCUUUGUAGUUUCUGUGCAGUCCUGUGAUUUUGAUUUAUUCUUUUGACCUCACUUUUCUGCCCCCAUGGAUAGACAAAGCAGUAUACAUGUUUAAUGAAAGAUGUUAAGAUAUAAAUACAAACCAUCAUCAUAGAAGAAGAAGAAGAAGAAGAAGAGUUUGCAUUUGAUAUCCUGCUUUAUCACUACCCGAAGGAGUCUCAAAGUGGCUGCAUAUAAAACACCUAAAGCCAAAAACAUUCUACAGCGGUAUUCCCCAACUUGGUGCCCUCCAGGGAUCAAGUUGGGAAAGCCCGCUUUAGGCAUUCUACUAAGGAACUUGUCCCGCCCUCACUCAUCUGCUUCCAGAGAAGAGUCUUCACUAUCUGAAUGUGGGUAGAGCAUUGGGGCGGCUUUUGGCUCAGUUCUCUACCGACCACAGUGGAAGCCACAGAUCUGCAAAGUUUAGCUUGUUCCACUGCAUCCAUUUUCUCAGUGCCCAACCCUCUCCCUAGGAUCUGAUGGAAGCGAGUAAGAGCCAGCGUCAUCCGUGUAGCCAUGCUGCUUCAGCCGAAACCUCCAGAUAACUUAUCUGAGCAGCUUCAUGGAGAUGUUAAGAAACAUGUCACGCAGGAUAGAGUUCUGUGGAACCCCCUGGGCCAAUACACUUAUGUAUGCACAAGGAUUAGGUGGUGGAACACUCGCGUUUUGCAUUCCUUCCUAAAAUUGACUUUAGAAAGUCCUUGUGGUACUUCUUGCCUUCUUCCCGGAACAUAAAAACUGUAGGAAUGGCUUGGCAUACCUCAGGAAAGAACAUCAAGUGUUUCCAUGGAAGGUCUCACUUUGAUGCCAACCUUCACUCUUUUCUAUGAAUUAGCUAAGCAGGGAGAGUGGAAAGGGUCAUUCCUUGGCAUCUCCAAUUAGGGUGGGAAAGACUCCUGGAAAGCCACUUACAUUAUAUGUAGACAGUCCUGAGCCAGAUUUACCCAAUGGUUUGAAUAGGUAGAAGAAGAAGAAGAAGAAGAAGAGGAAGAAGAAGAAGAAGAAAAAGAAGAAGAAGAAGAAUUUACUGCUUACAAUAUUUUUCGCUCUAUAAGACGCACCAGACCACAAGACGCACCUAGUUUUUGGAGGAGGGAAACAAGAAAAAAAAUAUUCUGAAUCUCAGAAGCCAGAACAGCAAGAGGGAUCGUUGCACAGUGAAAGCAGCAAUCCCUCUUGCUGUUCUGGCUUCUGGGAUAGCUGCACAGCCUGCAUUCGCUCCAUAAGACACACACACAUUUCCCCUUACUUUUUAGGAGGGAAAAAGUGAGUCUUAUAGAGCAAAAAAUACGAUAUAUGUAAGCCCAGCCACUCUGGGCAGCUUCCAACAAAUCAAAACAUUAAACCCAGUAAAACAUCAAACAUUAAAAACUUCCUCAUUUCACCUGUAUUAUUUGAUAUUUUACAACUUGCCCUUUUCUUGCUUUUAAAAUGCAUGCGUUAUUUGUAGUCUCGCCUCCAGGCCGGCAUGUAAGUGACAGCGCUCUUCUCAAGGGCUCCCUAAUUAGACCUCUGAAAUGUUCCCAGAGGGUCCUCUGUGCAGGGGCAGAACCCGUCUGUGAUGAUGCUCAGACGGCCACUCCAGACCAGCAGUGACUAGUUAGCAAUCUGUUUUUGCACUGAGUUUUCAUGAUGCUCCGACUGGACUGCUAUACAUACAUGGAAGGCUUGAUGGGCCAGAAAUUAUCCAGGCCUGGUGUGGCUUUGUCACUUGGGAAUAGAGCACACCUUUAUUUUUAUAUCUUUCCUUGAAAAAUGAGUGUUUCUGUUACAAUACUCAGGAGUAUGCUUGCUGCCAUAACGUUAAGGCUGCAUGUACUAUAUUGACGGACCAUUGCUUGUUCAUUUUUUCCCCUCCAGGUGCACACGGCAUGCAGAGAUUUGUUUCCUCGCAAGUGUCCACUUGGCCAGUGCAAAGUAUCCAUUAUUCCACCUACAGCACUGAACAGCAUAGACUCUGAUGGUAUGCAGGUCCUUUAAUAUAUUUCUUCGUGACACGCUUUGCAAAUAAGAUUGAGUGUAAAGGCUUCGCACAAGGCAGUUGUGCUGAUUGGGACUGGAGAGAGGAGGCUGCUGCCUAUUGCAAUUUUAUAAGGUCUACGAAUAGGACCAGGGACUCUUCUCCUUGUGUUAGCUCAGCACAAGUACAGAAUAUUAAAAUGAUGCUGAGGUUGUUCUCCGUCAACAGACAUGCAUACAGCUUUGCUUUCUCACCCAGCCACCAUGGAAUUCCCUGGCAAAACUGGGCAGUUCUUGAGAUCUCUUUCCAAUUAUGCGCUCAGGUCCAUUAUUAUUAUUAUUAUUAUUAUUAUUAUUAUUAUUAUUAUUUAUAUGUACCCCGCCCAUCUGGCUGGGUUUCCCCAGCCACUCUGGGCGACUUCCAACAAAGAUUUAAAAAUACAUUAAAAUGUCACACAUUAAAAACUUCCCUAAACAGGGCUGCCUUCAGAUGUCUUCUAAAUGUCAGGUAGUUGUUUAUCUCUUUGACAUCUGAUGGGAGGGCGUUCCACAGGGCAGGCGCCACUACCGAGAAGGCCCUCUGCCUGGUUCCCUGUAGCUUUACUUCUCACAGUGAAGGAACCGCUAGAAGGCCCUCGGUGCUGGACCUCAGUGUCUGGGCAGAACGAUGGGGGUGGAGACUCUCCUUCAGGUAUACUGGGCAGAGGCUGUUUAGAGCUUUAAAGGUCAGCACCAACACUUUGAAUUGUGCUCGGAAACGUACUAGGAACCAAUGUAGGUCUUUCAGGACCGGUGUUUAUGGUCUCGGCAGCCGCUCCCAGUCACCAGUCUAGCUGCCGCAUUCUGGUCCAUAGUCAGAAAGGGAAAAGAAGAGAAAAAGGACAGUGAGUUGGAUCCAGUGAUUCAACUGGUAUGUUUCUACUCACAGAAAGGGCACUCCGUGCUAAGGAAGCGGGAGAAUUUUUGCUGGUUUCCUCUGCCCACCCCCUUCUGCUCCAGAGAGCAGCUUGGGAAGACCAAAAGAUACAGACUUAAGAAGGUGAUGCUGACUAUCUAGCCAGGACCAUGAGGUGGGGCGAUUGUCUCAGGUGGCAGAUCUGCUCACCACCUGCCCACAGAGCCGCCCACUGCUGCCACUGCCAGCUGCCUCUUUUUACUCCCUGUGACCGUAAUAAAUCAAUUCAUUCAUUUAUUCAGUCCCUGGGCUGCCUCACGAGGUGUGCAUUUGUAAUACUUAUUGACACGAAGGGUAAUCAUGGCUCGUGUUCUUUUAUUUAGGAGGAGUUUUAAGCUGAGAAAAACUGGCGGGCUUUCAGUUCAAGCAACAAAUCUAAAUAUUUGCUAAAAUUUUCAAACCUCCCAUUCAUAGAGUGGGGAGGUGAUUUUUCACGGAGUCUGCCUGUUUCAUUUUCAUUCCCUCAGUCUGUUCUGGAGGACUGGAGGUUGAAGGGUAUAAGAAGAUGGCACAGGGGGAAAGAGGAAUCUGUGAAAAUCAUUUCUCUUCCUCUCUAUUUAGUGGGCACAUCAUUCUGCAAUUGGAAGAGCCUACUCCCUUUAUUAACCACUUACAAACUCAACGCUACAGUACAAUAAAAGCAACACAACCCUGCCCACAGACAUGUAGUCUAAGCGACCUCCAAGUUUACUUGGGAAUAAACGCAAUAGCGUUUAAUUCUGAGUAGACGGUGCUUUUAGUGGGUUAGCUGAAUCUUGAAGAAUAAGUGGGGGGUGGCUGUCAUUGGACUUUGUGUAGUACAUUGCAAAUAUAUGCAUCACCUAUUACGUUUUGAAGGCUUCACAAUGCAGAUGUUUCCAGCAGAUGUUCACUUUCUGUUUGUAAUUACAAUUUGAAAUUGAUAGCUAAAUUAGCAGAAAUAUCACCAUUAUUAUAUUGUAAGAAAAUGACUCCCAUCGUUAGGGCUGCCGGCCUAUUGGCACAUUUCAGAACAUGCACAAAUACCAAGCGGAAUUAUAUAUAAUUCCUUACCCUUUUAGUGUCAUAAUUUUUUGGGGGGGGGGGUAUAAUAGGAUUCACGAGCACUUGGGAUCUCAUAGGUCCAUUAUACACUUGGAUUUAGUCAUUCUUUCUUUAAAUGGAUUUUGGAAUUUAGUCAUGAACAGCUGAGCGUGUUGUAUGUCCAUUGGGACCUGAAUGUGAUUUUCAUGGCAAUAAUGUCCAUUAGCAUGAUUUAACAAGAGCUUUUUGCUCAGGUUGCUGGAGCUAUUUAGAUAAUCACAAUCUUUGGGAGCUUUAAUGAAGGUUAACAAAGGCUGUUUUCCCCAUCUCUGGCUGCUUUUUGGUGCCAAAAACGGCUAUUUAGUAGUUGCCAGAGGCUGGCAUGGCUAUACUUGUUUCCCAACAUCCUUUGCUUUUUACUGGAAAGAAACCAGAAAUAAAAAUCUCCCUCUGCCCCCCCCAUUGGUGAGUUUUCAUCAUGACCCAGAUGACUUCUGGAUUUAAAUACAACAAAAGGAGUUCUUUUAAAAUAUCAACAAUGCCUUUCUAGUCUUAAUCUAAUGUGCACCAGAUACAAUCUCGCUUAAAAUGUAUAAGAAGUGCAGUGUAAACGAUGGAAGUCAAUCAAUGAAGUUUUAUUAGUAUUUUCAUAUUGAGAUAUUUGUAGAAUAAAUUUGGGAGAAAUUCUUCCAACUUUUCUUCUUCUUUUUCUCUCUUUUUUUUCUUUCUUUUCUUCUUUUUUCUUUUUUGUUCCUUUUUUCAUGUAUAUGUGCUUAUUUGAAAUAUGUAUGUAUGUAUUUGCAAUAUUUUGCUUAUAUUUUGUAACAAUUAUGUUAAAUAAACAAUUUUUUUUAAAAAAAUGAUGUGCACCACCACCCAGUUCAACAAAAGAGGUCCAAAAUCAGUUGUCUAGAGGCAUCUCUGGCACAGUGAGAGUGCAGGAAGUGUCUCUCCUGACUUCUCUAUGCUUCUGCCACUGUCUGAACCCACAGCAAAUCUGCAGGCUCUUCUUCGAUACAAGAGCUAACAGAACAAAAGGUUGCUGCUCUUGCCUCUCAGAUGCUCUGCAGUAGAGUAAUUUACUUCUGUCUCACUUGGGGCUUUCACUUGUGCACUUACCCUGAACACUUUAAUCAGCUAAUUCCCAACCCUCCUAUUGUCUUUAAUUAGUAUGGGGACAAUUAGACCUUUUCAAAGUCAGAGCUAAGUGAGAAUUGGCUUUUUAGAGUGGAUAUUUGUUUGUUUGUUUUGUCCGCUAAAGCAGUAACUGGUGAUCCUGUUGGAAGAAUAGGAGCCACUUGGUUCCUUCAACCAUAUUUACAUCAUUUUAUUCCUUCCUUUGUUUACAGGAUUCUGGAAAGCCACCUGUCCACCAUCUUGUGCCAGUCCUCUGUUGGUUUUUGUCAAUUCAAAGAGCGGCGACAAUCAGGGUGUAAAAUUUCUCCGACGAUUCAAGCAGUCACUAAAUCCAGCUCAGGUGUUUGAUCUAAUGAAUGGAGGGCCUCAUUUAGGGUAAGGAGUUUUGCUUUCUACCCACUGUUAGUCCUGGACAGGGUCAUUGCAAAAUUGGUACAUUUAAAUCGAACUUUAUUCUGCUAGAGUUCACCAUAUCAGAUUGCUGUAUUAUUGGAGAAUUACAAAGCAUCCAGUAGUUUCUUCUUCUGAGAAACAUGCAGGUUGCCUAGAGAAGUUACCAGACAAGAAUCAUAGAAUCAUAGAAUAGAAUCAUAGAGUUGGAAGAGACGACAAGGGCCAUCGAGUCCAACCCCCUGCCAAGCAGGAAGCACCAUCAGAGCACUCCUGACAUAUGGUUGUCAAGCCUCUGCUUAAAGACCUCCAAAGAAGGAGACUCCACCACACUCCUUGGCAGCAAAUUCCACUGUCAAACAGCUCUUACUGUCAGGAAGUUCUUCCUAAUGUUUAGGUGGAAUCUUCUUUCUUGUAGUUUGGAUCCAUUGCUCCGUGUCCGCUUCUCUGGAGCAGCAGAAAACAACCUUCCUCCUUCCUCUAUGUGACAUCCUUUUAUAUAUUUGAACAUGGCUAUCAUAUCACCCCUUAACCUCCUCUUCUCCAGGCUAAACAUGCCCAGCUCCCUUAGCCGUUCCUCAUAAGGCAUUGUUUCCAGGCCUUUGACCAUUUUGGUUGCCCUCCUCUGGACACGUUCCAGUUUGUCAGUGUCCUUCUUGAACUGUGGUGCCCAGAACUGGACACAGUACUCCAGGUGAGGUCUGACCAGAGCAGAAUACAGUGGCACUAUUACUUCCCUUGAUCUAGAUGCUAUACUCCUAUUGAUGCAGCCCAGAAUUGCAUUGGCUUUUUUAGCUGCCGCAUCACAGAACUUUCUCCAAGGAACAGACUCUCCUUCCUUGGAAGUUUUUAAGCAGAACUUGGAUGGCCACCUGUCAUUGGUGUUUGAGGCUUUAGCUCCCUGUUACAAGUUUGGCUUUGGUUUGCUAAAUUACUUUUGGGGAGCUGUCCGAGCCAUUUAGGUAGAUAGCCACUGGCACCCAAUGACCCUUGCAAAUUUUAAGCAGGGGUGGGUGGGAAUACAACCGGUUUCACUUGCAAAGAAAAGAAGCAGAGAGGCCCUGUGCAUAUAUCACAUCAGCUCAUUGUAUUUCCAUCCCAUGUCCAUGCACCGCUUCCUCAGUCCCUUCUGCCUCUUGCUGAUGACCUCAUGCUAUCUAAUCACAUGUGCGCCAUACCUGUUAGGGGUCACCUGUUUCAUUCUUCUAAAAUGUCUAUUGAGCUGCUAUUCAACUGGCAAACUAAUAUUCUGUGUUCUUGUGCAGAGAAUUAUUAUUAUUAUUUGUUGAAUUUAUAUACCACCCUAUACCCAGGGACACGGGUGGUGCUGUGGGUUAAACCACAGAGCCUAGAACUUGCCAAUCAGAAGGUCGGCGGUUCGAAUCCCCGCAACGGGGUGAGCUCCCGUUGCUCGGUCCCAGCUCCUGCCCACCUAGCAGUUUGAAAGCACCUCAAAGUGCAAGUAGAUAAAUAGGUACCGCUCCAGCGGAAAGGUAAAUGCCAUUUCCGUGCACUGCUCUGGUUCGCCAGAAGCGGCUUAGUCAUGCUGGCCACAUGACCCGGAAGCGGCACGCCGGCUACCUCGGCCACUAAAGCAAGAUGAGCGCCACAACCCCAGAGUCGGUCACGACUGGACCUAAUGGUCAGGGGCCCUUUACCUUUACCUUUCAUACCCGGGGGUCUCAGGGCAGUUCACAGAAGGGAGUGGCCCCUCCAAUAAUUCACCAGUGCCUUUAAGGGCUUCCUAGAGUUUAAUCACCUCUGAAGGGGACUGGUUAUUCUGGCUUGUGGAUAAUUCUGCAGAGAACAGAGUGCCCCCUCCAAAGAUACAGAAUGUGACCAGUUAGCCAGCUAAAUAGCACUUCAACAGAUGCUGUUUUCUGGAAGAUAGCUGGUAUCAGCAAAUCUGUGGGUGGUAAAGGUAAAGGGACCCCUGACCAUUAGGUCCAGUCACAGACGACUCUGGGCUUGUGGCGCUCAUCUCGCUUUAUUGGCCAAGGGAACCCGCGUACAGCUUCUGGGUCAUGUGGCCAGCAUGACUAAGCCGCUUCUGGCAAACCAGAGCAGCACACGGAAACGCCGUUUACCUUCCCACCAGAGUGGUACCUAUUGAUCUACUUGCACUUUGACGUGCUUUCGAACUGCUGGGUUGGCAGGGAGCUCACCCCAUCGCGGGGAUUCGAACCGCCGACCUUCUGAUCGGCAAGCCCUAGGCUCUGGGGUUUAACCCACAGUGCCACCCGCGUCCCUUCCUAUGGAUGGUACCCAUCCUUAAUCCUACCCUGAAUACACCCAGUGACGAUAAUGGGCAUGACUAACUUGGGGUCGUUAAGAAUAUGAGAGAACCAAGGCAGUCAAAAUCUCCUUGUUUGCAUGGGGGUUGCAUUCUGGGUCAUUGUUCGUGUCAGCAGUUGUGCGUAAACCCGUUCUGCCACCGCUCUGUUCCGCCCCCUUCCGGGGCGAAAAAAGGGGUGGUGUUGGUGGGCAAAACAAUCACUGCCUGUACUGAGGAUCCAGCAAUAGAGCAGAAUAGCACGUUUACCCUGUUUGCAACGACGCACUUCAGGUCCAGUAUACCUGAAGGAGCGUCUCCACCCCCAUUGUUCUGCCCGGACACUGAGGUCCAGCGCUGAGGGCUUUCUGGUGGGUCCCUCACUGUGAGAAGCCAAGUUACAGGGAACCAGGCAGAGGGCCUUCUCGGUAGUGGCGCUUAACCUGUGGAAUGCCCUCCCAGCAGAUGUCAAGGCAAUAAGCAACUAUUUUACUUUUAAAAGAGAACUGAAGGAGGCCCUGUUUAGGGAAGUUUUUAAUGUUUGAUGCUGUAUUGUUUUUAACAUUUGGUUGGAAGCUGCUCAGAGUGGCCGAGGAAACCCAGCCAGAUGGGUGGGGUAUAAAUAAUAAAUUAUUGUUAUUAUUAUUAUUAAAGUCCAUGCUUUCUUCACAUGAAGAGGGAUUGCCACAGGAGGAAUCCUAUUUUGAGGGGUUUGGCCUUGGAGCAGACCUCACUUUCAUUGCAAUAAUGCCACCACCAUAUUUGGUUAGUACUUGUAGACCAAAAACUGUUGGUUUGGAUCUGUUAUUUAGCAGUUUCUGCUAAAUGCCAGAACUUUGAAAAAGGGAAAGCAAUCAGGUUUUGCCACCUGAAUUAUUUUUUUAAAGCAACAAGUUAUUUCCCAUAAAAUUUCCAGAAGGAUAGACAUGAUUGCAGGAAAAUCAAUUGAAGACAAACAGAUUUGUAAUGGCAGCUUUUGUGGGCUUGAGUCCACGAAAACUUGUGCUAAUAACAAAUACUUAGUCAUUGGCGCUCUUGGUUGUUCCCCUCUUCUGAAAAUCUGCAUAAUUUACUGUCAACAGCUAACACUGUCAUUGUUGUGAAUGUUUAUAUUGUACCUCCUUGUGGAUUUGAACACGGACAAUGCAUUCUCUUUCAGUCUACGAUUAUUUCAGAAGUUUGACAAUUUCCGAAUCCUAGUGUGUGGAGGAGAUGGAAGCGUUGGCUGGGUAUUGUCUGAAAUUGAUAAACUCAACUUACACAAACAGGCGAGUAUCAGUUUCUUCUUAUUGAGGAGGAAAGAAAGAGUGAGGUGGGUUUUUAAGAAACUAGGAAAUAGAACAAAAGUGAAGAAAAACAAAACCCCACAAAUAUAGGUCUGUAAGUUGACUUUAAACAGAAUAUUUCUUAUUUCGUUUAGUGUCAUUUGGGAGUGUUACCCCUGGGUACAGGAAAUGACCUUGCCCGUGUCCUUGGCUGGGGUGGGUCUUGUGAUGACGACACACAGCUUCCUCAAAUUUUGGAGAAGUUGGAACGAGCUAGCACCAAAAUGUUAGACAGGUAAGUAAGCAUCUCUUUCCUCUCCCCUACCCCAAUUAAUGUUAUUCAUAAGCAGUGCCGGAUUUACAUAUAAACUAAACAAGCUAUAGCUUAGGGCCCCACUCUCUUCCCCAAAAAAAUUAAAGGGAAAAAAACCUGGAUGUACAUUUCCAAAAUAAAAAUAAAAAUAAAACCUACAGUGUUUUGUGUUGUGUUGGCUCCUAUGAUGUAAUAGCUAUGAUGUAAUAGGCUCCUGCUAGCCCGCUCCCUAAAAUAUCAGUGGUUUGCUCAUUUCUGUAUAUAGAGUGCCUACAUUCUGCAUGUGCAAAUGGCUUUAGAUACCUAUUAAAGGUAAAGGUACCCCUGCCCGUACGGGCCAGUCUUGACAGACUCUGGGGUUGUGCGCUCAUCUCACUCUAGAGGCCCGGAGCCAGCGCUGUCCGCAGACACUUCCGGGUCACGUGGCCAGCAUGAUGAAGCUGCUCUGGCGAACCGGUACCAGAGCAGCACACGGAAACGCCGUUUACCUUCCCGCUAUAAAGAGGUACCUAUUUAUCUACUUGCACUUAAGGGUGCUUUCGAACUGCUAGGUGGGCAGGAGCUGGGACCGAACGACGGGAGCUCACCCCACCGCGGGGAUUCGAACCGCCGACCAUGCGAUCGGCAAAUCCUAGGCACUGAGGUUUUACCCACAGCGCCACCCGCGUCCCUUUAGAUACCUAUUAGGUCCAUAAAUUACCAUACAGUGGUACCUCGGGUUACAUACGCUUCAGGUUACAUACACUUCAGGUUACAGACUCCGCUAACACAGAAAUAUUGCUUCAGGUUAAGAACUUUGCUUCAGGAUGAGAACAGAAAUCGUGCUCCGGCGACGCUGCGGCAGCAGGAGGCCCCAUUAGCUAAAGUGGUGCCUCAGGUGAAGAACAGUUUCAGGUUAAGAACGGACCUCCGGAAUGAAUUAAGUACUUAACCCGAGGUACCACUGUAUAGCAUAUAUUCAACACAAAAAACAGCAACAAUUUGCUGUUGACGAAGGACAGCUGGACAUAUAAAGGGCCCCAUUACCUUCAGUAGCUUAGGGCCUCAUCAAACCUAAAUCCGGCCCUGUUCAUAAGGGUUGAAUUACCUUUGAGUGACUAUUUCUUCUUCUUCCAAUGCGAAUACAAAUUGAUUUUGCUGGGUGAAUUUGGUCCUUUGCAUGUUGUUUGAUCACCUGGAUAUAUGGCACUUUUUUCAGGUGGAGCAUAAUGUCUUACGAAUUGAAACUGCCAUCAAAGCAGUCUAUUCUUCCUGUUACGCCAGAAGAGGAGUCUGAGGAAUGUCAGGUGAAUAUAGGUUUUGGGAUGUGAUUAAAUUGUAGAGCUGGAAAAAAUGAAAUAUAAUUAACAAAGCAAUCCUAGGCAUGUCUACUCAGAAGUAAAAUCCCAUUGCGUUCACCAGGGCUUAAUUUCAGAUAAGUCUGCAAAGGAUUGCUUAAAAAAAACUAGGCUCGUAUGUAGCAGCUUAUUUCAAUAGAGUUUUGUUUAAAAAAUACAUUGGUGUAACAUGGAUAGUCAUUGUUAGCAACUAUGAGAGAUGUUUCUUACCGAUAGUUGGGAAUCCACAUGCACUAAUUAAUUGAAAUUUUAGGCUGUCCUUCAUUGAAGGAGUACAUAUGACUUUCCUCUCCUGCAUUUACCAUCCCAGUAACCGUGUGAAGUAGAGUCAGGGACUGGCAGGUUGCUGGCGAGUACACAUCGGUGGCAGGGGGGCUGGAGGCUGGCUCAGCAGAGGGGGGCAGUGAUUUGCAUGUCGAGGUCCCCAAACCACCCCCAAAUGAAUUCACACUACACACAGGAAUUUUUGUUUAAGGUUUUUGGCAUAAUUUUGGCCACAACUUUAUUAAAAUACAAAAUGUGAGUGGUUGCUUAGGCAUUGGUUGCGACUAUCUGUCCCCGCCCAGGGACAGAACUGACACCCGCAAACCUGCGAAGUCAGUAAGGGAAAACAUUUUGGGGGAGAGAAUAGAGCUGGGUGCCAGACCCUCACCUCUCCCCAAAUGCUUCCAGGGGCUCUUGCGUGGCCCAAGCCCCUUGACAGGGGUGCGGACAAGAGCAUGGCAAACCCCUGGAUUCCUUUAACGGAAUACCCUUGCAGCAGCAGCAUUGGAGGGGCAGGCACUGCCAAUCCUUACCCUUCCACCAACCAAUUUUCUAAAACCAAUGCCUAACCGCAACCUUACAAGUUGUGUCGAUUUGCUACGCAGUAGGCAAAAAACCAAAUGGCACCAGCCAAUCAGCCAAAUGGACAAAAUUCCUACCAGGCCCCUGCCCCAAAAGCAGACGACCCCAUGACAGGCAUAGCAAGGUCAAACGCAAAAGCCCUAAAAUUAGGGAGGGUGGGAGGGUGAUCAGAUGUGCGCAGCGAAAAGAGAAACUCAACGCUGCACACAGAGAAGAUAUAACCUAAGGCUGUCGAUCAAUAAUUGGCAACAUCAAACUCCACCCAACAACCAGAGGAGCCCAAUCACAACAGUGACCAUCCAAACUAACUCGCCCAGCAACCGAGGGGUGUCUUGUGAACCCCACCACAACCCGUGCUCUCCAUGAAGGAGAACACGCUUUGUGGGGACCUGUGCCAGCCAGGAGGCAAGAGUCAGACGCAGGGGAAGCUUCAGAGCUGGAAGAUGGAGCACAGGAGGAAGAGGGGAAAGAAGCAGGUCAGGCAGGUGAAGGGCUGAGUGCUCCCUCGCCCUUUCCUCCAUCACCAUCUCCCUGAACCAGGAAAGAAUUGAAACGGGAAGAACAGAUGCAGCUUCCACACAGGCUUAGUCUUUGACUGCAUGCAUGCAGCCUGUCAGGAGAAGAUACAUAACCUGGUGGAGGCGGAGUGGUCCCCUGUUGCACCAGCCGCUCCUGUGUGUGGUAUUUGGAGCCAUGGAAACUCCUGUGUCAGCUUUGACAAUAAAGAGCAAACUAUCUGCCCUGUGCCUCCCUUGACCAAGAGGUUAGUCUGGGGCACGUUUAAUGGGUGUGCACCAAUUUGAACCAAGGUAGUCCCUUCGUCUAACCACUACCUAUACAAUGCCUGCUUUACAUUUGUUGCAAAAACAAAAGCUGCUUAUUUGAAGUGUCUGUCAGUUCAUUUUGAGAAAGUCUACAAUACAACCACGUAUUAGAAUCGGACUGUAAUCUGAAGACUUCCCAUAAUCCUCAAUUGCUCAGUAGUUUGACUGAUUAAAUCAUUACAAACAAACAAACAAACAAACAAACAAACAAACGGAUGUAUACAUACAGGCAGGUAUUAAGUGUUCGGAAUUAAACUCUCUCUCUCUCUCUGAAUAUCUCUUUCAUUUUUUAUUUACACGGCUCUAUGGGGUUUCAUCUAUGAAUCUAUGGAAUAGUCUUAGGUGAUCAUACUAUAAUCAUAAAAUUGAUGUAUUACAUUGUUCUGUAUAUUAAUAGAACAGUAUUAAAAUAAUAAGUGCUAAUACCUCAAACUGAGAUUAGCUUUUCUCAGCAUGGUAGAAACUUCAUCAGACAGGCAGGAACGCUUGGUGGUGAUAGAAUCAUCAGAGGGUGUGACAUUGAAUUCCUCCUUUGCCUAUGCCUCACUAGAUUGUGGCUUUCAUAUUUUUUCCAACCGAUCUAUUAUAAUUUUCCCUAGUUCACCAUUUUAUGUUGGAGUUAAGACUGAGAGCGUUCUUAGGCUAAGAAAAUCAAUAACCGCAGAUACAUCUAGCAUUACUGUAUAGAAGGCAUCUUUGGUGGAUGCAGAAAGGGAUCCUGCCUGUGUGAUAUUUGUUUUUUUACUUCAACACAAUCACAGGUAGAACGUGAAUAAUUAUUUCUUAAUUUUUAGAUGUCUAUGUAUGAAGAUUCAGUUGCUGCUCACCUGGCUAAGAUCCUGGAUUCUGAUCAGCACUCUGUUGUCAUAUCAUCGGCCAAGUAAGUUAAAAAAAAAAGUGCACGUCACAAUAUAGCGUAGAGCAGUUUUGUGUUACAUCUUUUUUAAUACGCAUGCAAGCAUGAACGUUUACUUGCACACUCAAAUUUGGACUCUUGCCCGAUUCAGAUGUUACAUGCAAGGGUGCUGCAGGCGCGAGAGCAAAGUUAUGUCUCAGUGACGCUUCAGGGUGGAUGUGGAACUGUGAUUUCUGCUUGUGGCAGAGUGCUUGUACAACAAUGCUUCACAACAAGCUGUGAUGAACCUCGGCUGACAAAAGAAUGUCAGGCUCAUUAGAACUGUGGGUUAAACCACAGAGUCUAGGACUUGCUGAUCAGAAGGUCGGCAGUUCGAAUCCCCGCGACGGGGUGAGCUCCCGUUGCUCGGUCCCUGCUCCUGCCAACCUAGCAGUUCAAAAGCACGUCAAAGUGCAAGUAGAUAAAUAGGUACCACUCCGGCGGGAAGGUAAACAGCGUUUCUGUGCGCUGCUCUGGUUCGCCAGAAGUGGCUUAGUCAUGCUGGCCACAUGACCCAGGAGCUGUACACCGGCUCCCUUGGCCAGUAAAGCGAGAUGAUCACCACAACCCCAGAGUCGGUCACGACUGGACCUUAUGGUCAGGGGUCCCUUUACCUUUACCUAUAUGCCCCAAAGAGGAUUCCUUAGGCCUCAGUUGUGUACAGUUGUGGUUCCAGCAUCACCUACCGAUCUUGAGUUUUACCUUUUCUGUAUUCUCUUACACACACACACACACACACACACACACACACACACUGCCUCUAAUUCUCAUGCUGCCACUGUGCAGGGAGAAGGGGCAUUUGAGAAGGUGGCAGUGUCUGGAGUCUUCCCUUUGCUCAUUCUUGUGUGGUGUCCUUGUGAAGACAAAGGAACCCCUUCAUUCUUCUCCCUGGCUCCCCACCACAAUGGGUCCGGCCGCAAGAAAUAUGGCAAGAAGAUAAGGGAGCAUGAACCCAGAUGCGCAUGGGCUGUGAAAUCUAGGGGCCGUUGCUUGUGUGAUAGAAAAUGCAUGGCUGCUAGGCUCUAAAUGGAUGUUCAUUGGGAACAGUGAAACUAUAUUACUGCCUCAAACAGAAUUGAUAUUCCAACAUCACCACUUCCCUUUCUCUUUACCUUGGCGUUUCUGUCUCUUUCAUAAAAGGAUAUUGUGUGAAACUGUAAAAGGCUUUGUGGCUAAAAUAGGAAAGAGCUGUGACAGACCCAUGGAGAACACAGAAGCUGGUGCUAUGGCCAUUAAAGUAAGAAUUAAGCUUUCCUUCCUUAAAAAAACCCUCACUUCAAAUGUAUCCGUGUUAGAAAUUUCCCAGUGUUAAGAGUUGCUUCUUUGUAUAAAUUCUCAAAACGAUUUUAGUAAAACACUUUUUAGUAAACUCUUGUGUGAAGUCAAGAAUUGGUUAAAUCUGUAUUGUAUUUUAAAUUGGUUUUACUUUUGGUUUCCCUAAGUUUCCUUGUGAAGUUCAUUCAGAAGGCAGAGUAAACAUUUCUGUCCCAAGUUCUAAAAUAGCUUUAAUGAAUACCGAUGUUGUACAGUUUAUUAUGUCUGUGCCCUGACUUUGGCCUCCUAGAAUGAAACAACAACAACAACAUCUUGAGAUCCAUAUUCUUCAUGACAGAAGAUUUAUGAAGGGAAAGAGAGCAGGAAAUAUCAAAGCUCCUAGUAGGCAGCCUUUUGGAUGCCUUAGCAAAGUCCCCUUAUGGAGGGACCAGUUGUGUGGGGCAGGACAAGCCAUGCCACCUAAGGGGACAUUUGGUUACUCUUUGGGCAGUGACAGAGAAGCGGAAACGUUAAUCUGCUGGAUGGGGGAGCCUGAAGACCAACCGGCUGUGUAGUCUUAGACCUAGGCUUCUCUCUUAACAGAAGCCCUGCUUGCUCCCAAUGGAGGUGGCCGCCGUGAUUCAUUCAGACCUAAGUAAUGAGUGCCACACCAAUUUUCCAGUGCUCGUCUCUAAUAAAACCGGUGUGGCGGUCAAGAUAGGGCAGGGCGGGGACACUGUUACAGGCCUGCAGACAUGAAGACCCAAAUCUCACUCGUGUGAGGAGGUUUCGUAACAGGAGAACCUUCCUUUAAACCAGGGGUGGCCUUUUCGAGCCUAAAGGAUGCAUUGACCGUUGGGUCAGCUCUACAAGGGCCUUACGCCAGCACUCAUACCACAACAGAUGUACGCACACAGAGAGACGCACACAGAAACACACGCACAGCAUAAACAGUGUCCACACAUACAGGGUGCCACAUGCACGCGCACACACUUCCCAGUCCUACCCACACUGAGUGACUAUGGUUUUAGGAGUGGCUCUCGCAUAAGUGUAUUUUCACCCCCCCUGACUCUAGAUAGUUGGGUUCCUGGAGGGUUUCAGCAGUGGCUCCUGCAGCCACCAUUGACGGCUGGUCAGUGUUCUCUGAGAAGCUCUGAUGCUUCACCAUUGGUCACGAAACAUCUUGGAGUUGGAGCCCACUUUCUGGAGUGCUCCAACCAAUUCAAAAUGGCGGUGGCUCGCUCGGUGAUGCUGCAGAAGCCAAUGACGUUGCUUCCAAAAAACAUUGCUUUGAGGUUUCCCAUCCAAAGAAGAUUGGCAAGUUAGACUAAUGGACUAUACUGAAAUGGCAAAGUUGAUGAUAAAAUUAAGAGGAAGAGACGGCAAUGAAUUUAAGGAAUAGUGGAAGGUGUUUAUUGCAUAUAUACAGAAGCAAUGUACACAGGUUAAUACAUUAGCAGGGUUUUAAGUUUACUUGUGAUUUUACAAUGAAUGGCUAAUAGGUGAUUUAAAUAUGUUAUAAAUUUAACAACGGACAUGCAACAUGUUGACAAAUAAUGGAACCAGGGAAGGGAUUAGAGGGAAGUCAAUUUGUUUUGUUUUGUUUUUGUAUUGUUGUUGUUUUCUUAUUUUUCUUACUUUUGGAAAAUCAAUAAAAUACUAUUAAAACAAAACAAAAAACAUUGCUUUAAAAAUGAGAAAACUGUAGUAGAAUCGUUGGCAUUUGUCAGGGAGCUGGUGGGCUGCUUUAUUGUCAAAACAAUUGCUUAGUGUUUAUUUAGCCUUACGUACGAAUGCGCAUUUCUUUUUGUGUAUAUUUCUUUCCGUUUGUCUGUGACGUCGUUAGUGUUCAGAGCUGAACGAGAAGCUCAACCUGUUGCUUCAGGCCCUUCACUCUGAAGCCCAGGUUGCCCCUGUGUUGCCGCGAAGCGCUUCCCCCAUUGCAGAGGAAGCAGCCGAAGAGUCAUCAAGCGAAGAGUCUCUGUCCGAUGCCAAGGAGCCGCUGACAGAGAGCAACAGAACAUCUGUCCCACACCAGAUCUUCAAGCCCCGAGAACAGCUCAUGCUCAGAGCAAAUAGUCUGAAGAAGGCUCUGAGGCAAAUUAUUGAGCAAGCAGAGAAAGGUGUGCUUCUGGAAGACAAUCUUGCUUAUUAACUUUACUUGUGACACUUUCUGGUUCAUUUUUUUUAAAAAAUCCCACUUACUACAACACUAACUACUUGUACAGUGGUACCUCAGAUUACAUACGCUUCAGGUUACAGACGCUUCAGGUUACAGACUCCGCUAACCCAGAAAUAGUGCUUUAGGUUAAGAACUUUGCUUCAGGAUAAGAACAGAAAUUGUGCUCCGGCGGCAUGGCAGCAGCAGGAGGCCCCAUUAGCUAAAGUGGUGCUUCAGGUUAAGAACAAUUUCAGGUUAAGAACGGACCUCCGGAACGAAUUAAGUACUUAACCUGAGGUACCACUGUAUGUUUGAUUUUUUGUUGUGGCACUUAUAACAUGAAUAAAGUAUCAAACAGAAUGAGGAGGGAGUACUCAGGUCUCAGGUAGAUGGCAAACUACUAUUUAGUCGCAAAUGCCUCUUUGGGAAAGGUGUUUGUGAGGGUGGUGUCAGUCCAGAUGCAGAAACUUUGGGGGGGAACUAUAGCAGAUGCCUUCUGAAAAUUUAAUAGUGCUUUGCUUAUCUCUCUUUUACUGAGAGGGAGUACAAUAAUACAGUGGUACCUUGGGAUGCAAAUGGGAUCCAUUCCGGAGCCCUGUUCGCAGCCUGAACAGAAUGUAAGACACAGUGGCGCAUCUGCAUGUGCGCGGGUUGCGUUUUGCCGCUUCCGCGCAUGCACGUGACGUAAUUUUGAGCGUCUGCGCAUGCGCGAGAGGUGAAACCCGGAAGUAACGUCCUCUGUUACUUCCGGGUUGCUGUGGAGCGCAACCCAAACAUGCUCAACCUGAAGCACAUUCAACCAGAGGUAUGACUGUAAUAGUAAAUGCACAUGAAAAGAAUGCACAAAUUUCCCAUAGUGUUUUCCAGUAAAAACCAAAUGUGUAAAUCCACCUUAACAUUCAGGAGAUAUUAUUGGGAGUCUAGCAGUACAUUUCCUUUAUAUUUUUUACUUGCAUACUUAACUCUUAUUUAGUGAGACACGAUAGAUUUCAGAAAUUUGAAUAAUAACAUGGACAAGUACUUGCCUUCUCUUGUAGUUGUAGAUGAACAGAAUGCCCAUUCAGAAGUGCAAAUAAAUCAGUCGUUGGUGAAGUAUAGUAAGGAAUUGGAUGAAUCCAAAGAAGAAGAUACAAAGGAAUCUGAAGCUCACCCAGGUCAGUAGCCAAAAAAGUAGCCAUUGCUUAAGGAUUCUAAAUAAGUCUGCAAUGAGUCUUUUUCAGUAAGGCUUACACAGGGAGUGAAGCUCAUACUUCCAUACUUAUGUUCAAGCUCUGUUUGUUAUUUCUAUGUGGAGUUCCCACUCCUCUUUUAUCUUAGCCCAAGUAUGUGCAUGAAUAUUCUUGAUGGAAGCUCCAAGACUCUAGGGCCUCGUAUAGAAGAUGUCCUUUGCUCAGGCUCUUUCCAUCUCAUUCAUCAGCUGGAACCUUCAGUGGGAUAAACCAAUUGCUAUUCACCCCUUUGCUUUCCUUCCCACCUUUCCCCCACUGCCCAUUUAUUUAAACCUCAACAAACAAUACACAGGGCAGUGAUAUAAAAGCCAAAUGCAAAGGCACGCAAAAAUAUACCACCAAGGGCGACUGCUCCACAAUAAACAAGCAAACUAAUAAAUCGCAGGCGGAGCCUUUUUUGAAUAAAGAAAACAUACACGUAUGGCUUAUUUAUUCGUUUUAUAGGUAAAAAACUCGAUUUAUUUCUACUUAGGGAUAUGUAUAUAUAUUUCUGUCUCUCUGAAUAGUUAAAACUGCCCCCAAAUCUCCAGUUGGACGCAGAAGUCGCAUUCCUUCACAUGCAAGUUCUUUUUCAGCAACAACCUGCACAGCCAGCAAAGAAAACCUUCCAGUGCUGAACACAAGGAUAAUUUGCCCAGGUAAUAAGGAUUUUAAAAUUCUCUAGUCCAUUGCCUCGAGUUUCCAAAUAUAUACUAGUGCAGUUUUUCUAAGGACCUGUCAAAAGAAGCUUGGUUGUUAACAUCUUUCUCCCAUUUUCAAAAGAGCUUACACAUUGCUCAGGGACGCGGGUGGCGCUGUCGGUUAAACCACAGAGCCUAGGACUUGCCGAUCAGGUUGGCGGUUCGAAUCCCCGCGACGGGGUGAGCUCCCGUUGCUCGGUCCCUGCUCCUGCCAACCUAGCAGUUCGAAAGCCCGUCAAGUGCAAGUAGAUAAAUAGGUACCUCUCCGGCGGGAAGGUAAAUGGCAUUUCUGUGCGCUGCUCUGGUUCGCCAGAAGCAGCUUAGUCAUGCUGGCCACAUGACCCGGAAGCUGUCUGUGGACAAACGCCGGCUCCCUCGGCCAAUAAAGCAAGAUGAGCGCCGCAACCCCAGAGUCGGUCACGACUGGACCUAAUGGUCAGGGGUCCCUUUACCUUUGCACAUUGCUCAAGCCUGAGACUUCAAGCUAUGACUUUGAGAUAUGGAGUUCACCUGGAGUCUUAAAAUAAUAGAAUCAAAGAAUGGUAGAGUUGGAAGGGACCCAAAGGCCAUUUAGUCCAACCUCCUGCAGAAAGGAAACUCUGAAAUGAUGGCCCAGAGAGGUUGGGGAUGGAAAAAUAGCGGGGGGUUUGUAUAGUUUUGCUGCUUCCCAUCUUCCACAGAUCCCAUUUCUCCCCAAGUCCUUUUAUUUCCAAUGUUUCCCGUAGAAAAAUGAACACCCUGAAAAACAUUCAAAACCAAAACAACCUCCGCUUUUUAUUUUAUUUUAUUUCCGCUUUUAGAAUGAGUGAAAUGCUUUUCAGGGUAAGGUUUUAGCUACCCACUUCUCGUCCUCCCUCAAAAUGAUUUCUAACAGCUAAGAUAAAACUACAGUAUUGGCUAAUUGUAACAUGCAUUUCCCUGUUUUCCCAUCAGGUCUAAGAGCCGGUCUGGCGGCUUCUAUCGCAGGGAGUUCUAUUAUCAGCAAAAUGUUACUAGCCAACAUUGAUCCAUUUGGUGCUACGCCAUUUAUUGAUCCUGAUCCAGAAUCACUGUAAGAAGGAAAAAAUGUUUUGCUUAAUCCUUAUAGUUUUCUGUUUCACAUUUACUUGGCAAUCCUAUUUCUCUCUCUACACCAAAUUAAUAUCCAGAAAGUCAUGCCGCAAACGAAGGAAAGUUUGAGUGGUUUUAAUGGAUUCAAAAGUCCAGAACUCUUAAGUGAGAAAUUCUUUCUUAAAAAUAAAAACAGCAGACCUACACAAUUGUAGUUCCCAAAUGAGGUCAUUAGGUAGUCAGCUGUUCUAUCCAGUGUGGUGUAUUGGUUAAGAGCAGUAGACUCGUAAUCUGGUGAACCGGGUUCGCUUCCCUGCUCCUCCACAUGCAGCUGCUGGGUGACCUUGGGCCAGUCACACUUCUCUGAAGUCUCUCAGCCCCACUCACCUCACAGAGUGUUUGUUGUGGGGGAGGAAGGGAAAGGAGAAUGUUAGCCGCGUUGAGACUCCUUCGGGUAGUGAUAAAGCGGGAUAUCAAAUCCAGACUCUUCUUCUUCUUCUUCACAUUGUCCUAGGAAGACCUGAUAAGUGAUGUGCUACAUCACUUGAGUUUUGGACUUGAGUUAGAACUUCAGCUGCAGCUACCUUGUUCCUCCUUCACACACCUUCCUCCGAAAACAGUUUUAAGAGCAAGGGGGGAGACAGGAUUAACAAGAGCAGUAGGUCUCCUCAAGCUGUGCAGCCAUCCACGCUCUGUUUUUCUCCUCUCCCCUCAAGAAAGGAAUGGAAGGGGUUGGGCGUGGAGGGACAAAAAAAAAAGAGAAUCUUCACAUCUGUUCCGUGAGCAGUUGUGUAAAUCAAAACACCUUCCCGGUGGACUGCCCCAACUCUGCAUCACCUCUGUCAUCGUGGGGGAUUGCAGUGGGCAGGGGGUUCAUUGACAAUCAGGUUCACCACCUUAUGCAAGAAGAUGUAUUUUCCAGUGGCAGAAACCCAAGGUAUUCUUCCCAAAAGAUGAAGAAGGAGGAAUGGCCAAAUAUUUAUGUAACACACAAUUCUGUUGCUGUCUCAUGGUGUGUGUAUGUUUGUGUGUGUGUGUGUGUGUGUGAGAGAGAGAGAGAGAGAGAGAGAGAGAGAGAGAGAGAAAUGUGGGAAAUUAGUGUAGAAUCGGUUGAAAAAUUAUAAAUGUGUCAUUGUAUACUUGUACAUACAGUUGUUGCAAUCGACCAUCACUAUGAUAAGGUUAUAAUGCAGUUGCACAUUUGUCUACAGGGAAGGAUAUUCAGAGAAGUGCGUCAUGAACAAUUAUUUUGGCAUUGGAUUAGAUGCAAAGAUUUCAUUAGAAUUUAAUAAUAAACGAGAAGAACACCCUGAAAAAUGCAGGUAAUUGAGUCAGAACCAAGACUUUAAAUAGAAAUAUUUUCUGCAAACAUGUAUUUUUUUAAAAAAUGCUUCUUAGCAGUGGUUAGUGUGUGAACUAUACGCCUGGGCAUGAUCAUUUUUCCUUUUCCUUUUAGAAGCAGGACAAAGAACAUGAUGUGGUAUGGUGUACUUGGUACUAAAGAAUUACUGCAACGGACCUACAAGAACUUAGAACAAAAAGUUCAGCUUGAGGUAAUAUUUAUAUAUCCCUAAGUGUAUCCCUGUCAGAGUUGGGCUGCAGGAACAGAAGGCUCCCUCCCCUUCCCCAAUCCCUACAGGCCAGUCCCUUCAUACUUACUUGUUUUAUUUAUUUAUCCAUUUCAUUAAAAAAAUUACAUGUCUUGAUUGGAAAAAAAGCACUCACAGCAAUUUUUAAAAAAGAUUAAAUCGUAAAUUCAGGGAAAAUUCACAAUACAUAAAGAAGUUAAAAUACUAAAACAGAUUAAAAUUCACAUCAGCGUUUCUAAGUGUUUGAAACAAAAUAAAAAAAUUCCUUCCAGUAGCACCUUAAGAGACCAACUAAGUUUGUUAUUGGUAUGAGCUUUCGUGUGCAUGCACACUUCUUCAGAUACACAGAAACACAAGUCACCAGACCCUUAUAUAUAGUGAGAGGGUGGGGAGGGAUAUUAUUCAGAAGGGUGGUGGGAAUGGGUGAUAGACUUAAUGGGUAUGGUAAACCUGUUGACGACUGUUAACGACUGCAAUUGGUCUUACAGGAAAAAGCAAGGGGUGAGAUGGCUAAAAAUAGCUUUAUCAUGUAUAAUGAGAUAAGAAUCCAAUGUCUCUAUUCAGACCAGGUCUCUCCAUGGUUUUAAGUUUGGUAAAAAAGGUAAAGGGACCCCUGACCAUUUGGUCCAGUCGUGACCAACUCUGGGGUUGCAGCGCUCAUCUUGCUUUAUUGGCCGAGGGAGCCGGCGUACAGCUUCCGGGUCGUGUGGCCAGCAUGACCGCGAACCAGAGCAGUGCGCGGAAAUGGCAUUUACCUUCCCGCCGGAGCGGUACCUAUUUAUCAACUUGCACUUUGAGGUGCUUUCAAACUGCUAGGUGGGCAGGAGCAGGGACCGAGCAAUGGGAGCUCACCCCGUUGCGGGGAUUCGAACCGCCGACCUUCUGAUCGGCAAGUCCUAGGCUCUGUGGUUUAACCCACAGGGCCACCUGCGUCCUUUUUAAGUUUGGUAAUAAGUUGCAAUUCAGCAACUUCUCUUUCCAGUCUAUUUCUGAAAUUCUUUUGUAAUAAGACAUCUACUUUGAGAUCUUGUGUAGAAUGUCCUGGAAGACUGAAGUGCUCUCCUACUGGUUUCUAAGUGUAUGGGUAGCCUUGCCGACCCAGCCACCCAAAAUAGUACAGGGAGGGUGCCUGCUUUAUUCCAACAGUCAGGGAGUUCCAAUGUGCAGCCGCUGCCACAGUAAACGGUUUAAUGGGUAUAGAAAAUCUGUGCUACAUAAACUCAAUGACCUUUAGGUCCAAUAUGUGAUUAAAGGAUACAGCAAAUUAUUUCAGGGAUCAUUUAUACAGUUGUUGUUUUUAUGCAUUUCAGUGUGAUGGACAAUACAUCCCCCUCCCCAGUCUUCAAGGCAUAGCUGUUUUGAAUAUCCCAAGCUACGCUGGCGGGACUAAUUUCUGGGGCGGAACCAAGGAGGAUGAUGUAAGCAGGGUGAAGGGGGUUGUUUCUAAAAGUGUUUUUGCCGCCAAUGUCCUGUGAAGCAGGAUUUCUGCUGGUUCUAUUGACAGUAUGUUCAGGUUUGACAUCUCCAGAAAAGCAAUGACAAACCUAGACAGCAUCUUAAAAAGCAGAGACAUCACCUUGCCAACAAAGGUCCGUAUAGUUAAAGCUAUGGUUUUCCCAGUAGUGAUGUAUGGAAGUGAGAGAUGGACCAUAAAGAAGGCUGAUCAUUGAAGAAUGGAUGCUUUUGAAUUAUGGUGCUGGAGGAGAUUCUUGAGAGUCCCAUGGACUGCAAGAAGAUCAAACCGAUCCAUUCUUAAGGAAAUCAGCCUUGAGUGCUCACUGGAAGGACAGAUCGUGAAGCUGAGGCUCCAAGACUUUGGGCACCUCGUGAGAAGAGAAGACUCCCUGGAAAAGACCCUGAUGUUGGGAAAGAUGGAGGGCACAAGGAGAAGGGGACGACAGAGGACGAGAUGGUUGGACAGUGUUCUUGAAGCUACCAGCAUGAGUUUGACCAAACUGCGAGAGGCAGUGGAAGACAGGAGUGCCUGGCGUGCUCUGGUCCAGGGGGUCACAAAGAGUCGGACACGACUAAACGACUAAACAACAACAACUCUUAAAAUGCCUACAUAUUUGUUAUUUCUUCAUAUAUGCAUAAAAUAGUAAGGCUUUCGUCACGCUGCAGUUCAUCAACCCCAGCGUGAUGACAGAAUGACAGGCAGCAGACCUGUUAGGAGAGAAGGAAGCCGGGUACGCUUGCCCUGGGCCUUGAUGCUGGCAUGGGGGGGGGGGGGCUCUGCAGGGGCCUGCUGGACUUGGCAUGCCAAGAACACCCCUUGUCUCCCAGUCGACUUGGGGACUUAAUGGAUGAAACGCCCAUGUUUGUUUGUAUGCACUGCAAGUCUUUGAUUUGCGUUGCUGGUCCAGACUUGAAUAAAAUGUGUAGCGUCAGACGGGGGGCCAACUUGAAUAAAACAUGGGGGGGAGGGGAGCAGGUAAGCCCCACCCCACAUAACACUGGGGAACAAAUUUUUUGUUGCAUUGACACCUGCAAUUGUUCUAACCUAAUUUCGAUGUGCUGAUUUCAUAUCUGAAGUUGGAUUUGUUCUGUAAGCUCUAGGUUUGUUUUUUUUUGCAAUUCAUGUUUUUCACUUUUCACCAUAAUCUUUGUUUUUCACAACGCAAGAAUUCAAUAUUUUAUUAAACACAUAGCCAAAGUGGUACAAUAUGAGUAUAAAUGUAUAUACUAUACUCAUAGUGUAUAUAGCACUAUGAGUAUAGUAUAUAGCAUUGAACAUGACAUGUAUAGCAUUGAAGAUGACAUGUAUAUCUAUGUACAGUUGGAGGUAUGCAAAAAAAUGUAUUCACUUGGGAUACACAGUAUACUGGGGAACCAAUUUUUUCCCCAUUUUCUUUUGCAUGAGAUUUUUCAACUGUUCUAAUCAAUCAUAUGACAUGGUGCCCACGCACAAUCAACUUUGGGGAGGCCCAGCCCCCUCAAACCUUAUACUAUGGGAUCGAAGACCCCUUGGCCCCUGGGAGUUGGCUCCUAUGGGGUCAGUUCAGAUUAGGCGUUGACAUUGUGGUGCAUCUGAUGAGCAAGACUCCCGCCCAGGGACCCAGAGAAGCUCUGCAUUGGCCUGGCAGGCAGCCUAGGUGAGCAGCUUAAUGAUGGUGAAGUGCUCCCUGCCUCGUUUAAAAGAGGGUAUGGCUUGGGGAAAGCUGUGGGGGGAUAGGCAAAGGAGCAGGCGAGGUGUAAAGAAAGCAGGGAGGGUUGGUCAGGUGUAAAGGGAGGAGGGCUGGGCCAGGUUGGUGGGUAGGCCGGGUUGGUAAACAGGAGCGUGGCAGUCCCUAAGCGCCUAAUAUAAACGCUGUCAGAACUUUUGCUGUUUUAAAAUUGGAAAAGUUACAAAAUAUAUAACAGUAGGGUUCUUUCAGCCACAGGAAAACUGGGUGAAGGGGCUGCCCCAACUGUUGAUGGUCAGGAAUCAUGGAACUGUAGGGUUGGAAGGGACUAUGAUGGUCCAACCCCCUGGAAUGGCAGGGGGCAAUGGCUGUAUAGUGCCCCAAGGAAUGGGGGGUGGGGUUGCCCCCAACAGAGUGCACCUGAAUUGUGUCCCAAAUGCUUAACCUCUUCAUUGAGGUUUGGGGGAUGCUGAUUUAUAUGCUGGAGUGCAUGGUCGCACCAGUUCUCGAUGAGUUACAGAGCAUAACAGACAAAAGAGCAGAUGUAAGUUGCUGGUAGGCUUCCAUCAAAAGUGUAAGCGCAGACUUGUGUUUCCUUUCUGUCCACCAGAUAUUUGGGGCACCAUCAUUUGAUGAUAAGAUUUUGGAGGUUGUUGCAGUAUUUGGCAGCAUGCAGAUGGCCGUUUCUCGUGUUAUCAAGCUACAGCACCACAGGAUAGCCCAGGUAUGUGUGUCUUACCGGGAGAGAAGAAACAUAGCCCGCGAAUGUGCUCAAGCGCACACGAAUCAAGCGUUGACUUUUCAUUUCCAUUUUAAGCGUGUUGAGCACCAUAAAUGCCAAAAUGCAGUAGCUUUUUGCCCAUGAGUUGUACCUGGAUGCACAGAAGCCACAGCUGUUAAUGACCACACUUCUUUUUGGGAAUCAUCAUGAACAUCUCAGAGUGGUUUGAUAUUCUGGGGGUGUUAUGUACUGAAGUUCUCACUCUGGGCCAGCAGGGGGGAUACUGUAGGAUAGUUCAGGUCCACAUAUGCAAAUAAGGGAUCGAAAGUGACGUUCAGUGAUUGGAUAGUUACAGAAAGUGGUUACUGUUGUGUUCUAGUGGAGCUCUAUAUAAGCAGGCUGGCUGAACCCUUCAGUUCAGUUCUGUUCUGGCCUGUGAAUAAACAAGAGCUGUUUGAAGAAUCGCUGUGUCGUCUGAUAUGUUCACCCACAACAUAACAGGGGGUUCCAGGAGCUUACCCAGGGUUCAGUGUCCUUGGAAGGAAGGACAGUGGAGAUUAUGGUGUAUUUAUGAUAAAUGGUUUAUUUACAUGGUUUGAUCUAGGUUGGUGUCCUCACACCAGCAUUCCCUGUCCAGGCAGCGCAUUCUCUGAGCAGCACUGGUCGCUGAUUUUACGUGCGCCUUAGCAGUUUCCUCUACCCUCCCUUCAAUGACAUUUCCCGUAGUUCUAUGGUAUAUGAAAAUGGGGGGGGGGGGAGAGGAGUCUGCAGGUUGACAUUUUCAUGAAAUCACCCUUUAUUAAAAUCCAUUUACUCUCUUCCAGUGCCGGUCGGUAAAGAUCACCAUACUAGGAGAGGAAGGAGUCCCUGUUCAGGUGGAUGGAGAGGCAUGGAUCCAACCUCCAGGAAUUAUUAAAAUUGUGCAUAAAAACAGAGCACAGAUGCUAACCCGAGACAGGGUAGGUGAUAGAAAGGAUAUUAUAAUGGUAUAGGGUUGCUCGUGCGUAAGUUGCCGCCUCUCCUGGCUAUGUUGCCUUGUUAAACCUUUCUGUCUGGACAGCCCUUCAAUUCGUGGCUGCCUCAGUCGCUAGCAGAAUCCGUCAGUGGGCGUUUCUUAAACCUUUUCCAACAUAAAAGUUGUUUGACACCCAGUCUCCUCCUACUUUCUCUGCGUGGAAGUCUUCUGCGCAGGGAGGGCGUGGGUAGCGGGGGACCAGUGCUCUCCCCGCUGGUGUCCGGUGAAGAGUCUGGGAGCCCUCUCGCCGAUUCCCCCAUCUGCCCCUCCUUAUUCCUGGUGUUGCACUGAAUUGCUUCCCCAUCUGCUGAGCUGCCUCUCUCCCUGCUGGGCCCUUCUCCAGCAUCAUUGGAGAGCCUUCCCUCCACCUCUAGCUCCGAUGUCAGUUCCCUGACAGAUAAUUUGUCUAAUAUAUAAUGGGUUGCCUUCAAGUCCCACCUAGGGUAGACUCACUGAAAGGAAUAAACUUGUUAGUUAUGUCUAUUACCUUCAAUGGGACUAUGCUGAGGAUUAUUAUUUAUUAUUAUUAUUAGAAUUUAUAUACCGCCCUAUACCCGGGGGUCUCAUUGAAUACCACUUACUGUCUCCUGUAUAAAUCCCUUUGUGAGGAAUUUGAUUUUUCUGUGCAUUAAGAAACAUAAGUAACAUGCAACAAUAAGGUUAGUGUAAGUAUGUGCUUCAAAUACCUUAAUCUUUUUAAUGGGGAAAAGGUAAACAUCCAGCCAGCCUCACGUGUACAUUCACAUGUGUGUAUUUACACACGUGCCGUAUUUACUAUACAGCAGUACUCUGCAGUAUUUUGUGUUUGUCUUUGGUUUUUUCACCAGGGAUUGUAUGCUCCCACCCCCUAAAUGCAGCCACAAAUAUUAAGCUUAUUUUUGGCAUUAGUUUUCAUUGUAAAAAUUAAUAGUGAAGUAUGGUAUGAAUUAUUGUGUAUAACGAUCCUACAUGGAAGUAUUGGUAUUAAUGUCAAACAACUUCCUCGAUUCUGAACAGGCCUUUGAGAGUACGCUGAAAUCCUGGGAAGACAAACAGAAGUGUGAUUCCUGCAAACCGAUCCUGAGAUCCCCUUUGUACCCUCAACAGGCUGUGGAACUGGCCACUGAAGAGGAGACUUUGCAGAUCCAGUCGUCUUCUCAGGCCGCAGAGGAACUGAUUAGCAGGUACCUUCGCCUUGCUUUCUUCACGAGGCCUUAAACUUGACAAGAUCCAGGUCUGACAAUGUCUUUGCAUCUAAUGUGCCGUAACUUAGGCCAAAUAUUGUGCUGAAAUAUCAUGUCAGUGGACAGAUUCUGAAAAUUUUGCUUACCCAGUUAGUCCCUCUGUCAUGUUUUUGUGCCUUAUGUGGCUUCCCUGGAACGGAACCUCUGCCCUAGUUGCGAGUGACCUGUAUCUCUUUUCUUCCUGUUUGGGCAGCUGUUUAUCGACGCAGAAUGCUUUUCUCAUUUCCUUUCUCUUUUUCCACCCACAACAUUUGUUGCAGAAUCUGUGAAGCUGCAAAGAUACACAGCUUGUUGGAACAAGAACUGGCUCACGCAGUAAAUGCAUGCUCUCAUGCGUUAAACAAAGCCAGUCCAAGUUUUUCGGAGGUAAAGGAAAUCUAUGGUGCUAGUUGAAUAUGAUUAUUUUGUUAUUUAUUUCAUUUGUCGUUUGCUUCCUAUGAGGUAUUUUGAAGUUACAGUGGUACCUCAGGUUAUAUACGCUUCAGGUUACAUAUGCUUCAUGUUACAGACUCCGCUAACCCAGAAAUAGUACCUUGGGUUAAGAAAUUUGCUUCAGGAUGAGAACAGAAAUUGUGCUCUGGCGGUGCAGUGGCAGCGGGAGGCCCCAUUAGCUAAAGUGGUGCUUCAGGUUAAGAACAGUUUCAUGUUAAGAACGGACCUCCGGAACGAAUUAAGUACUUAACCCGAGGUACCACUGUAUUUACAACACAGUCAAUGCAUAUAUGAAAAACAUCCCUAUAUAAAAACAGUUUUAAAACAAAAACCAUCCAUUACCAAAACAAUUAAGACAAUGAUUACAUACAGAACAAGGUGUACAUAUAUAUAUAAUCCAUUUCAAAUCCAAUAGCAACAGCUCCACUUAGAAGGCUUGUGAAGGAAAGUCUUCAGCAAUUGCCUCAAAAGAAGAUGGCACUUGUCUGAUAUAUCGCAAAAGGGAGUUCCAAAAGUUAGGUGUCAUCAUCCCUAAGGCCCAGUUACAACAUGGUACAGAAUGGACCUGCAGACUGCCCUCUCCUCAACAUACUUGUCCCAGAUCUCCUCAUGACCAUCUCAUGUACAUGCUAAAUGGCAAUGGGGGCAGGAUGGGACCCUGUGGCAUUCCACAGCACAACUGCGAGGGAGCUGAGAAAUCACCACCCAGUGCUAUUCUCUGAAACCAACCCUGGAGAUAGGAUAGAAAAUACCGAAUUUUUUGCUCUAUAAGACUCACUUUUUCCCUCAUAAAAAGUAAGGGGAAAUGUGUGUGCGUCUUAUGGAGUGAAUGCAGGCUGCGCAGCUAUCCCAGAAGCCAGAACAGCAAGAGGGAUUGCUGCUUUCACUGCGCAGCGAUCCCUCUUGCUGUUCUGGCUUCUGAGAUUCAGAAUAUUUUUUUCUUGUUUUCCUCCUCCAAAAACUAGGUGCGUCUUGUGGUCUGGUGCAUCUUAUAGAGUGAAAAAUACGGUACAUUUUAAUGUAUUUUUAAUCUUUGUUGGAAGCCGCCCAGAGUGGCUGGGGAAACCCAGCCAGAUGGGCGGGGUACAAAUAUAUUAUUAUUAUUAUUAUUAUUAUUAUUAUUAUUAUUAUUAAAAACCGUGUCCCCAAUACCCAUCACUCUGUUCAGGAGGAUACUAUGGUUGACGGUACUGAAAGCUACCAACAAGUCAAGUAAGAAUAACAGGGUCAUUGAAUUGCAGAGUUCUCCCUGCAAUGCAGGAAUCUCAGUUAAAGCAUCCAUGACAGAUAGACAUCCAACCUCUUAUUAUGUCAUCACCAGUUUAGACAUUGUUUUUCUUUUGGGUGAAGACAGGGUCAAAGUAGGGGUUGAGUAGUUCCCCCUUCUCUCUGACACCCAAGAGCAUUUCUCUGUCUUCUCCACGUAGAGGACCAACCACUUGCUUCGGACAUAGCCGAGGGAAACCGCCCGCAUUAUUUUUAACCUCUCUUGCACUGAUGGCAUCACACUUCCCCAUUCUUCUGUAAUAAAGGCCAUCCAUCAGGGCGACCAAGGAAGAUUCAGUCCCCCAAGCAGCCCUGAGCCUCGACUGGAAAGGUAGCCUGUUUCAUCCAAGAAUAUCUGCAAAUUUCGCACAACCGUUCUCCAAAAUGGGGGUGUUUGCAACUGGGCAAGAGAUGUCACGAACUAGUGGGCCUCCUUUAGGCUUUUUCCGGAAUCACUGAAUCACCACCUCUUUCAGGAUAGCUUGGAAUAUUCCCUCCUGCCAAUUGAUGUGUAUUGAUCACACUGUAGACAUAUCAGGUCCUGCCUCCCUCCCCAUGCAAGGUUUAAUAAGCCUCGAGGGGGCAAUGGUCAAGGGAGGACAUGGUUGGCUGCAUCCUUGCAAGCCAUUCAGGUUUUUUUUUAAUGGGGGGAAAGCAACAACACCCGCACAGGGGAACGUUUUAAACCAGGCACCCCCAACCUCCAGCCCUCCAGAUGUUUUUGGACUACAGUUCCCAUUAUCCCUGACCACUGGUCCUGUUGGCUAGGGAUCAUGGCAGUUGUAGGCCAAAACAUCUGGAGGGCCGCAGGUUGGGGAUGCCUGUUUUAAACCAAAUGCAUCUUUAUGAUGGCUGAUCAGUCUGAAAUGAAGCCUUGUUAUGUAUAAUGUUUUAAAUACUCUCUAUCUGCACGCUGCACCUCAAGUUUGAUUAGAAUUCCGGCUGUGGAGGAAUGAUCCUGUCACUUAUCAUUUCCGGGUACAGUGGUACCUCAGGUUACAUACGCUUCAUGUUACAGACUCCGCUAACCCAGAAAUAGUGCUUCAGGUUAAGAACUUUGCUUCAGGAUGAGAACAGCAGGCAGCAGCAGGAGGCCCCAUUAGCUGAAGUGGUGCUUCAGGUCAAGAACAGUUUCAGGUUAAGAACGGACCUCCGGAACGAAUUAAGUACUUAACCCGAGGUACCACUGUAUUGAGAAUGGAUUACUGAGGCCGUUGACUUUAGGACUGUGUCAGGCAGCUGACAAGGGGAAAAAGGUUCCCCGUGAUCUUUCUUUCUCAGUGCCGCAAGUAGAGAACAAGGACGUUUGCAGAGCAAGUAGCACAAUAUGACGCCAGCAGGUGAUCCCAAAACAGGCACUGCAUGAACCUCCCUAGUCCUGGAGGAGAUUUCCUUCCUGACCCUUAAUACAGCAUUUAAAAAGGUAAAGGUACCCCUGACCGUUAGGUCCAGUCACGAACCACUCUGGGGUGGUGGUCUCAUCUCGCUUUACUGGCUGAAGGAGCCGGUAUACAGCUUCCAGGUCAUGUGGCCAGCAUGACUGAGCCACUUCUGGUGAACCAGAGCAGCGCACGGAAACACCGUUCACCUUCCCGCCAGAGUGGUACCUAUUUAUCUACUUGCACUUUGAUGUGUUUUCAAACUGCUAGGUUGGCAGGAGCUGGGACCAAGCAACGGGAGCUCACCCCGUCGUGGGGUUUCGAACUGCCGACCUUCUUACAUUAUAGUGGUACCUUGGAUUACAAACAUUUCAGGUUGCAAACACCUCGGGUUACAAACACUUCGGGUUACAGACUCCGCUAACCCGGAAGUAGUGCCUUGGGUUAAGAACUUUACCUCAGGAUGAGAACAGAAAUUGUGUGCCGGCAGCCCGGUGGCAGUGGGAGCCCCCUUUAGCUAAAGUGGUACCUCAGGUUAAAAACGGUUUCUGGUUAAGAAUGGACCUCCGGAACAAAUUAAGUUCUUAACCCGAGGUACCACUGUAUUUCAGCACAGCCUUUCAACAAACGUGGUCAAAAGAGUUCAGGACCCUGUUAAGAUUUGGAAAGGAAAAGCCAGCUGCGUUUAUUUGAUUUUUCAACUAUUAUAAACUGUUUACGAGUAAAUGUGCUCCUUGGUUUUCUUCCCACAGAGCCUUACCAGAAACACUGCCCUGGAAGUCGCUGUCAACAUGAAGGUUCUGCAUGAUGAAACCAAAUCCUUGCUAGUAGGAAGAGCUCCUUUGGUAAGUGAACUUUUUCUCCCUGUUCAAAUUCAGGCACUGGACAGAGACUUUUCUAAUUUUUUAAGGAACCUCUUGGUUUGUGUGAUUAAUUCUAAUUGAUUUUAGCCAUUGCCUGCUUUUUGAAAGUUUUAUGUACGUUGCUUAGAAAUUCCUGUGAUUGAGUGGUGUAUUAAUAGCUCAAAUAAAUAGAUAAUAAAUACAUAAAUAAACUUGGAGGACUGGGCACUUUUGGAGCAGAACUUCAGUAUAUAUUUUUUUGUGUUAUCUCAGCCCCUCAUUUCUUCAUCUGUGUGGUGGCUAUAGUUGCUCCUGACAACACAUGUAAUCAGUAGUUUACAGCACAUGUACCCAGCAUUGGUUGGGAAUAAUAAGAAAUGGAAAAUCAGUGCAAUUUUGAAAGGUGCAGUCUCCAUGUUAUUCAAAAUGGCAUCCAAUUGCAAUUUAAAAAAUAAAAAUGGUAGUACAUACGGCACGUCUAUUUAAUUGUAAAAGUUGGGAAAUUACCGUAUUUUUCGCUCUAUAGGACGCACCUUUCCCCCCUCCAAAAAUUAAGGGGAAAUGUGUGUGCGUCCUAUGUAGUGAAUGCAGGCUCCUUGGUGUCAGCGAUAGCAACGCGAAGCCUCCGAAGCGCAGAGGGAGCGCUCCCUCCACGCUACGCGUUGCUUUCGCUGAAGCCUGGAGCGCACCGACCCCUCUCACUCUCCAGGCUUCAGGGAUAGCUGCCUGAAGCCUUUGGAGCGCAGCGGGAACUCGCGCUGCGCUCCGAAGGCUUCGGGUUCCUUUUGCUGAAGCCUGGAGAGCGAGAGUGGUUGGUUUCAGGUUCCAGAGAGAGCAAGACUCUCCUGGCUUCAGCAGAGAGGGAGAGCUGCGCAGCGCCCCUUCAGCGAAGCGGGAGCAGAAAUGGAAGGGGCUCCGUUUCUCCUGCCGCUUCGCUGAAGGGGCGCUGUGCAGAGAGGGGGAGAAAUUUUUUUUCUUGUUCCCCCCCUCUAAAACAAGGCGCGUCCUAUGGUCGGGUGCGUCCUAUAGAGCGAAAAAUAUGGUAGAUGCUCCCCUUUAAAGGACACAGGCCCCGUAACAUUUUGUGAUUUGUUUCUGCAGCAGUUAGAAUCCCCUCAUGAAGAACUGCUCUCAACAGCUGUGCACAAUUUAGAGAGUGAAUUAAGGAAGGUGGCUGAGAUUCCCUGGCUCUUGUAUGUUCUGCAAUUAAAUGACGAUGAGGUGGGUGAAAUUCACACUUGCAAGCCUGCUUUCAUUUCAUUUCAUUUUUAAAAUAUAUGUAUAUAUCUUUAUUAAUUUAAAAUAAAUACAGUUAUGAAAAACAGACUUACAUACAAGUAAACAAACAUAGAAUCAAACAAAUAACAGAAGAAUCAAACAAACCACCACACUAUAAGAUAUAAGAAGAUUAAUAUAAUUAUCUUCAUAUAUACUCCUGGUAUUGAACACAAUUAUAAAACUUAUAGAGAAUAAAUUUAACACUGACUUCCAAUUAAUCUCACUUAACUUUGUCUAUCCAUUACUUUAUACCGCACAGUUACAUAUUUCUUAUAUAAUUUCUUUUUACUUCCCUACAAACUUACAUUUAUACAAUACAGGGAUCAGUCUAAUUCUGCCAAGAUGUUUCCUUUUAUUCCAUAGUUUUAUAAAUAUUCUUUAAAUAUUCUUUUCAUUAAAUCAGUAAAUUGAAUCAUGCUGGCAUCCAAAAACUCCGUUGUGCAUUAUAUCCAUCUUUGCUAUUGCUUUUUUUUGGUCAAGUACAGUGGUACCUCCGGUUGUGAACGGCAUCCGUUCUGGAGCUCCAGCCGCAUCCUGAGGAAUUUGCAACCGGAGGUGCCACUUCUGCGCAUGCGGUGCGUAGCGUGCUUCUGCGCAUGCGCACACGGCGAAACCUGGAAAAUUACUUCCGGGUUUGCCGCGUUCGCAUCCUGAAAGAUAUGCAACCAGAGGUGUGCGUAUCUAGAGGUACGAUACUAUACGAUAAUCUUUAUUGUCAUUGUCCCAUACAGAACAACAAAAUUGAAAAUCUACAUCAGACAUUUGGAAACCAACAAGUCUGCUAUCCCAGCCUGAUUAGCCCCCUAAAAACUCUGAUACCCCAUAAUUAAAUACAAUAUGCUCCCAUAGAGACUACCUUACACUGCAUUUAAAACCAAAAUCGCAUUUGAAUAGAAUUUCUCAAGCGGCUAGUCCUAGUCUUUAUAACCCUGCACCUUCUUCCAGAAGGCAGAAGCUGAAAGAGAUCAUUUCCAGGGUGCGCACUAUCCUGCACUAUCUCUGCAGCUUUCUUAUGGCACCUGGAAGCGUAGAUUUGAUCCAAGGUGGGAAGAGUGCACCCAGUUAUUCUCUCCGCAGUUUUCACAACCCUGGAUAACAUUGUUUUUCCCCUGACUGUGCAGCUCCCAAACCACACACACAGACCAUAAGUUAAUACACUCUCAACAGUAGAAUGGUAAAAUGCCAUCAACAGGUACUUUGAGAGAUUAUUUUUCUGGAGGAUUCUCAGGAAAUAUACCACUGUAAAGUAUCUACAUUUGCUCCCAGUGCAUUUCUGAGCACAAUUUAAAGUGUUGGUGCUGACCUUUAAAGCCCUAAAUGGCCUCAGCCCAGAAUAUCUGCCUGUUCAGCCUGGACACUGAGACGUCUUCUGGUGGUUCCCUCCCUAUGAAAAGUGAGGUUACAGGGAACCAGGCAGAGGGCCUUCUUGGCAGUGGCGCCUGCCCUGUGGAACGCCCUCCCAUCAGAUGUCAAGGAGAUAAAGAACUGCACAACUUUUAGAAGACAUCUGAAGGCAGCCCUGUUUAGGGAUGCUUUUAAUGUCUGAGGUUUUAUUGUGUUUUAAAUGUUUUGUUGGGAGCCGCCCAGAGUGGCUGGGGAAACUCAGUCAGAUGGGCGGGGUACAAAUAAUGAAAUCUUAAUCAUUCUUGUUAUUGGGAAGGGUUUGUACCAACACCUGACCAAUGAGGAAUUUGUCAGCAAAUGGCAGAAAACCAUGGCUAAAAAAGCCACCUCUAUUGGUCUGUCACCCCCCAACUGUAUUACCUGGGUUAUGAAGGUGCCCAAAAUAUGUUAAAGCAAGGAUUAUGGGAUAAUGCACACAGUGACUUGCGAUCUCGAUCACACGCAGUCUGUAGUCCGCUGGCAGUAGGAGUACAAUAUGGGUAUGUCUUUAAGUUAACAUCUUACAUUUAAAAACCUGACAGUACCAAACUAUCAAAGGCUUUUCACCAAAGCCAGACUAAACGUCUUUCCUUCUGCAGUGUUGGAUGUCAGGUUGAGAGGAGUUCCCUACCAGGACAGACUUUGCUCGUGUGCUCAAGACAUCGAUUCCAUAAAACAUAUUUUGUUGCAUUGUGCAAAAUAUGAGCAAGCCAGGGCUGAACUGAUACUACCCUUGCUGGUACCUUUCCUGGGAAAAUCAGAGGCUCACUAUGUCAGGUUCCUAUUGGAAGACCGGACAAAUGCUAGAACAUUAGCAGUGGCAAAGUUUUUGUCGGUGGUUGCAAGAACCAAUGAUCCCUAUAUUCUGAACAAAUCCUUGUUUAACCUGGAGGUAGGCUGUAUGAAUUGUGUAUUGCUUUGUAAUGAUUUGUUGGGUCUCUGGACUGUAAUAAAGAUUGAUGAUGAUGUUAUUGCUUACACCUACAAUAAAGCAGCCACAAAUGGGAAGCCUUGAAAAUAUUUUUCCUUCUUCCAGCUGUCUCUCCCCUGCCCCAUCCCAUCUUAAGUAUGUUUUCAAGCCCAAUUUAGCUCCUCCGUUUGGGGUGGAUUGGAGUAGGUUAGGAAGGGGAAUCUUCUGCAUUUUUUCCCUUCUCUUGGCCAGACAGAUAACAUGUACUGGACAUUAAAACUGCUGCCUGGGUGGUCACAUUUGCCUAUGUGCUGACAUCAUGGUGGAGAAAUGAAGCUGGUUUAUAAUAAGGACUGUGCUUUUUGAACUGUUCUUGUGACUUUCACCCCCUUUUAUUCUGUCUUCCCAUUUUUAAAAUCCAAGUUCUGUCCUUGAAAUUGCCAUUCUCCCCCCCCCCCCGAAUUUUUUAAGUUUUGCUUCUCAACAUUGUUUUUCCCUCUCUUUUGUUUUUAGGAUCCUCCUUUGGAAUAUGCUAAAAGAAACAACAGAAGCACUGUAUUCCGCAUAGUGCCAAAGUUUAAAAAGGAAAAGGUUCAGAGACAAAAGACUAGCCCUCAGCUUGGUAUGCUUUAUAAAAAUAAUAAUACUGUAAUAAUAAUGUGGCUAUGGGGGAGAUGUGGUUCAAAUCUUUCAUUACAUGCUCAGAUGAUGAAUCGUUAUCUGACUCAGCUUUGAGCUGAAAGGAACCUUGACCCAUGUCCUUGCAUAAACGACCUGUGGUCUGUUUUUGGAGGAUGUGAAAUAUCUCUCACUGGUUUGACUGUCCUGGGAUUAGCUAGCCCUUAAAAUCUAAUAUAGCCAUACCUUGGUGGUCAAACGCCCUGGAACGCGGACAUUUUGGCUCCUCAAUGCCGCAAACCCGGAAGCAACUGUUCCGGUUUGUGAACGUUCUUUUGGAACCCGAAUGUCCAAUGGGGCUUCCGCGGCUUUCGGUUGGUUGCAGGAGCUUCCUGCAGCCAAUCAGAAGCCGCAAUUUGGUUUUUAAUGUUUUGGAAGUCGAACAGACUUCUGAAACGGAUACCCUUCGACUUCCGAGGUACGACUGUAUUAGUUUUCAAACGGUGUCCCAGGAAAUCCUUGGGAUUCAUCCUCAUUUCAGCAAUGGCCAGCAAGCAUCCCUUGUCCUCUUGUCCUGUUCCUCCUCUGUACUGUACAGUUGCAGGCAAGUGUUUGGUAUGUUCUGGGGUGCGCGCUCAGUUUAUGCCAGAAAGCAGUGUAUUUCAGAAGCCUGGUCCAGUGUAGUUUUUGAGUUUAAACAAACUUUCCAACCCUCUUCUCCCAUUGUUACAGAACGUGUACAGGGUACCCCUUCACUAUUGAUUAUAGAGAUCUCAGACUAGGGUCCUUUAGCAGAGAACAUUUCUUUGAAAAAAAGAAGAAGAAGAAUAGCGAGCACAUAAUUCUUAAUAAAUGUAAGAGGCUCACAAAGUACUCAUAACCCACCUACUUUCAGCAGCCAGAAACACCAUAACCAGACACUGGAGAGACCUGUCAGGAGUAAACAUGGACCAAUGGUACCAAAUAGUGUGGGAAACAGCCCUACUAGAAAAAUUAACUAAUAAACUGAAACUGACACGGGGACAAACAGAAGAAGACGCCUUCACCCCUGUAUGGCUCCCCUUUAUCACAUACACAGCCCAACAGGACAAUGACAAUAAUCCACCAACAGCAUACAAAUCAAUAUGGCUAACCUGAUCCAAAACACCCACCCACCUCACUCACACACGAAAACAAAGAUCACCAUAGCCAAUCACAAGCAAACAAUCACACCCUAGGCCAACCCCAACCUCUCUCACCACCAAAGGAACACAAGUGAACAACACAAGCAACGCUGACACCAAACUCUACAUACAUUAAACAUAAUAGAAACACCGCCGACCCCACCCCAUCCAUCUUCCUCUCACCCCCCUUUCUUUUUCCUUUUUUCUUCUCCCCUAAUGCCUCAACAAAUGAAACGGAUUUGUAAAAAUGUUACAUGGGGGAAAAAAAUACGAGGCAUUACACUUACUUCUGUAAAACAAGAAAAUCCUUAAUAAAAUAUUUUAAAAAUAAAAAUAAAAUAAAUGUAAGAGGCUUCAUUGAAAUAAUUGGUUAGCUGUUGCUUACACUUCAGAGGCAUCGUGUGUCACAUCCAGCUUCUGAAACGAAAUAGCACUGCGUAAAACACAUGAAAAUUGAAACAAUGGCUUAUGUACUCAUUCUUCUUUAUUAAAUUCCUUUCUUAGUUUAAUGUGGGCAACUAACCUUGGAGAACAAUGUUGACAGAACUUUUAAAUGUGCUCUUUUGCCUGAUAUGGCUAAUAGAUAAUUUUCUGAAUUAAGGACUGUAGUUGUUUAUGUUUUAAUGAGUACUGAUUUUUUCCCUACUAACAUGGAAGCCAAUAAAUCAUCAUUUGUGUGCAGCAGAACAUGCACAGACCUUGUAGUACAUCUUCUAAUAUGGUUACAAGUUAAUUAGUUGGUGUUCAGGAAGCUUGGUAGCUUUGAUGCUGAAGCUGAAAGCAUGGCUGCAAUACAGAAUGCCCUGUCUUUUUUUUUUUUUAAUUUAACAUACAUUCACAGGUUUUGUUUAACUGCAUGGAAAAAAACGAAGCUGCCAAUUUUUUCAAGACUAUAUUUGACUUUUGCUAUCACUGCCGUGUUCUAGUCUGUUUUUCACCCUCUGUGGCCUAACCUUUGCUUGUGAUGCGAGUUGAGCAUGUAGAAAUUAAGGGGGUUUUGCUCUUAACUUUGGUAGUUCAAAAAUGGGGCACAGAUGAAGUUGCUGCUUGGCUGGAUCUGCUCAGUUUGGGAGAGUACAAAGAAAUCUUCAUCAGCCAUGACAUCCGAGGCUCUGAGCUUUUACAUCUGGAAAGGCGAGAUCUGAAGGUAUUUUCUAUGUGCUACUUUUCUGCUUAUGAUCAUUUUUCUUUGAUAGAAAUUAAUUACAAACUUUCCUCUGUCCCUAUUCCAGCUGCGUGCUUGUAGCUUGGCUUUUAGUGUGCAAACUUGCAAAACAACAAACCAACCAACCCCAAACUAACUAACUAACUAACUAACAUGCGGUCAGUUAGGCCAGACUCUCAUCUUCUUAUUAAUAGGAAUAUUGGGAAUUUGCUUCUUUUAAUGAUUUAUACAGAGUAAUGGUGGAACCGGGCUUUGAGAAAUCGCUAAAUGUAUUGGCUGUAUUGAUUUAUAUGAAAAUAACUACAUUAACAUUAAAAGGGCUUAUGUUGGAGAUAGUUAGUAAUCCAUCAGCUGGCCGUUAUCAAGAUACAUGUGAUACAAGAUUUUAAAAUACACCCAUCCCUCACUCUGGGUCAUAAUCCCUUUCUAUUUGAGGCAUUCUGAGGUAACCUCUAAGUAGGCGUUCUGCAUUUUGUAUCUGUCACUGCUGCUAGUCAGACCAGCUUUGUGGAUUAGAUAGACAGUUCUUUCUGCUCCAAACAGAAUUGUCUGCAGAAGCAGCUUGACAGGUGAGGUCGAAACACUGUGUGAGCUUCCUGGCCGGUAGGUUGCUGUGGCUUGCUGGAAGGGAGAGGGGCAAGGCUGUGGGGAGCAUACCACCUGGAGCGCUGGAUUGGCUCCACGGAUGUGUUUGCACCACGUCUGUCUCCCCACCCCACCCCACCCCGUCUCCCCCUUCUCCCUGUCCCUCCCACUGUGCAACAGUGUCCCACCUGCUAGCCACUUCUGUGUGUACAUUUCCAGGAGAUUUUCUCCACUCUUCCACCACCACCGCUCCUGUUCUACGUCUGUCUUUCAUUUUAGGCUAUCAUCGUUGAUGCUUGGGGCAACAAAGAAAUCUUAAUAGUGAGUAGAGAGGCCAGGAGUUGUCUGUGGAUGUAAUUUAGCUUAAUUCCUGACAUCUCCUGAACAGGAGGAAAAUUGUCUUAGGCAUAAUGUUUAGUUUCUGUUUUUAAUUAUCAGUUAACUCAAUUGUGUUCAUAGUUCUAGAUUCCAAUCCUGUCUGGCAUGUCUAACACUAGCUGUAUGAGGAACCGUAUUAUGGAAACUUGUGUCCUGAAACAGCUGGCUUCCUUCUGCUUGUUUUCUGGCAUUUAGCAGGUUUCUGUAGCACCACCUCAGUUUCCUGGGCAUCAGUGAAGCUGUUUUUCCUAGUUCCAGAUGUUUUUCUGGUAUACCUAUAGUGUGCUGCUGUGCAUUUUGCAUCUGCGUGUGUUAAAUUUUCAUUAAUCUUUUUCCUGGAGAAGGUGAAUGGAGGUGUAUCGCUUUCUCAAAUUAAUAGCGUCUUAGGGAAGGUGUAGACAAUUGCCUUAAUUGAUUGAGCGUUAAAUGCAACAGGUUCGGCAGAAGAAUUGUGCAGCUGCAAUUUGCAAGUUUGCAAUGAGCCCACAAUGCCUUAGUUUACACGCAUUUAUACAAACAAGGAAGGUGAUUCACGGGAAUCGCAAUGUAGUAUGAAUUGGCUCUGUUGAAAUUUGCAGUGAAAUAUUCAGACUUAUUUGAAAAUUUAUAAUCCUCUCUUUCAUAAAAUAUGACAAGGCAGCCUAUAACAUAUAAAAUGCAACAAAACCAGUCUAUUAAUAUCUAUAAAGCUAUAAAAUCUAUAAUCUAUAAUUAAAAGCAUCAGUAAAAUGUCAGUAAAUACUGGUUGUUUUAAAGAAAAAUCAUAUCGUGAAGACCUGCCUGAACUGUGCCAUUUUCAGAAGACAUCAGAAAGGAGGCAGGGACUGUUCCUGUUGAACCUCUAUAGGCAGGGAGUUCCACAGGAAAGAGAAGGGCUUGCACCCUAAAGGCUCAAUUCCUAGGGGAGGCCAUCCAAACCUCAGAGGCCUGGGAGAAAUGAAAAAAAUGAUAUAACUCUUGAUACUACUAAUAAUUGGUUAAUUUAAUCAUAUUUCUUUCCUAUUGGUUAUGAACAUAUCUAGAAUUACUUCUGAUUAUCGUGUCAUUUUCCAAUUUCACUAUUUUAGUGGAAAUGCCUAGUUUCUCUUAAGAAACUAAUACUCAUUUGUUAAGUACGAGAAAGGUAGUUUACAUGUGUAUUUUUAUAUAAUAAAUCCUGACAUUAGAGAGUAGCUGAGACAUUUCCCUCUGUUAGUAAGCUGUCCAGUUUUUAACUAGUUAUGAAAAGUACCCCCCCAUUAUAUUUUGGGUAAAGGUAAAGUUAAAGGGACCCCUGACCAUUAGGUCCAGUCGUGGCCGACUCUGGAGUUGCGGCGCUCAUCUCGCUUUAUUGGCUGAGGGAGCCGGCGUACAGCUUCCUGGUCAUGUGGCCAGCAUGGCUAAGCUGCUUCUGGCAAACCAGAGCAGUGCAUGGAAAUGCUGUUUACCUUCCCGCCGGAGCGGUACCUAUUUAUCUACUUGCACUUUGAUGUGCUUUCAAACUGCUAGGUUGGCAGGAGCAGGGACUGAGCAACGGGAGCUCACCCCGUCGCGGGGAUUCGAACCGCCGACCUUCUGAUCGGCAAGUCCUAGGCUCUGUGGUUUAACCCAUAGCGCCACCCGCUUCCAUAUUUUGGUUACCGUACUUCUAAAGUUAAUGGACUGCUUUGCAUGACAUGGUAAGCCAUGUGUCUGUGCGGGAUCCCAGAGAUGGGGUUGGCAGGAGGACAAAGAAAUCUUGAGAACAGGCCCCAAGGGGAGGGGACCCAUAGAACAGGGUCACCAGGACUGAGUCUUGGAAGAAGAAGAAGAAGAAGAAGAGUUUGGAUUUGAUACCCCGCUUUAUCACUACCCGAAGGAGUCUCAAAGCGGCUAACAUUCUCCUUUCCCUUCCUCCCCCACAACAAACACUCUGUGAGUUGAGUGGGGCUGAGAGACUUCAAAGAAGUGUGACUGGCCCAAGGUCACCCAGCAGCUGCAUGUGGAGGAGCGGGGAAGCGAACCCAGUUCCCCAGAUUACGUGACUACCGCUCUUAACCACUACACCAUAUGCUUCAGGCUGUUACAGGUCCUCUUUGUUCCAAAAUACAUGUUCAAGAAAAUGGCAUGGCACAGUCAUCCCUGAACUGUACCCCACUGCCAUUCAAGUCAGGGUGAACAUAAAGGAUAAUUCAGUAAUGGGAAGUAGCCUCAAUUGCAAGGGAGAAUUUUUGUGCAAGCCCUCUCUGUGAGAGACUCGCUUUUCCUGUGUUGGGUAGUAGGUUAAUGAGAAGAAGCAUUCAAAUACUGUAGAUAUGAUUGUUUCCUUUUUCCAUCCCACAAACCUAGUUCAAUUUGUUGCACUAUUUUUAUGGAAAGGAUCCCAUCUGCAAUUUCUGAAAAGGCCAUAAUUGUGUAUGGUCAAAACACACUAGGAGGGAUUGCCAAUUAGGAGGGAUUGCCAACAAUAAUUUCCUGGACACCUGCCCCCUUUCUACCCCUGUUUUGAUUUGAUUUGAUUUGAUUUGAUUUGAUUGCAAGAUGUGUAAAGCAGAAUGCAGAUGGGUUAAAUGCAUGCAAGUGGUGGCCAUACUGUAUAAAUUUCAUUGUUGCUGAUCAUUACAAAAUAUUUGAUUAGGGGGAUUAUUCGGAGCACUUCCUUAAAAAAGACUGGCCUUGGAAGUUGAGUUGAAGGAACUAAUUUCUGGAGUAAUCUUACUGCAGCUUCUGUGUUAAUCAGGCAAGAUUUUGGGUAGACAUUUUGUAACGACUUCUUCUCAGAAGGAAACUUUUCUCCAUAUCCUCUGCUUACCACCUGCAUCCCUUGUUAGGAUACUUGUUUAAUCCCAGCAGCUUCGUGACGAUCUCCACGUAAUGACAAAGUGACACUUAUCAUUCUGAAAUGUGGGCGUGCAGUGGUUUUCCAACUUGGGUGUUCACAGCGCAAUAAACACAUCAAAGUCUCUGUGCUUUUCCCACACGUAGAGGAAAACCUAUUGUUCUCUGAAGGGACCUUGUCAUUUCUGCCAGUCAAGAGAUUCAUUCUACCAGAUAUUAAAAGAGAGGGACCUAAACUGGGCUUGGGGGGGGGGUGGACAUACACAUAACAGAAGACAAAUCUGAGAUGUCUUGGGCAGAAAAAUCUGUUGUGGGUCAUCACAUUUAGGAUACAGUGGAGGUAGAAUGUAGGAAUCUGCCUUGUACUAUCAGACCAUUCAUCCAUCUAGCUCACUGUUGUCUAAAUGGACUGCCCCACCUGGAGGUGUGGGGGGUCUGAGCCUCUGUACAAAGCACGUUCUCUAAUGCUGAGAUGCAGCCCUUCCCCCAGAGGCUGACAUUUUCUGGAUAUAUCGAGAAACCUCCUGUUUAAAUGUCCCAUGAGUUUAUUAGAAUUUUUUUGCAUUAUUGCUGCAGGUAAGUAACGUUAUCUAAAUCUGUUAGGAAUAAAUUACAAAAAUUGUCUUUACAUCUUAAUACAGUGGUACCUCGGGUUACAUACGCUUCAGGUUACAUACUCCGCUAACCCAGAAAUAGUGCUUCAGGUUAAGAACUUUGCUUCAGGAUGAGAACAGAAAUUGUGCUCUGGCGGUGUGGCAGCAGCAGGAGGCCCCAUUAGCUAAAGUGGUGCUUCAGGUUAAGAACAGUUUCAGGUUAAGUACGGACCUCUGGAACGAAUUAAGUACUUAACCCAAGGUACCACUGUAUUUAGAAAUACACCUUGUUCAGGAAAUUACAUUAGUAGUAGUAGUAAUAGUAGUAGUAAUAGUAAUAGUAUAGUGGUACCUUGGUUUACAAACUUAAUCCAUUCUGGAAGUCCGUUCUUAAACCAAAGCGUUCUUAAACCAAGGCGUGCUUUCCCAUAGCAGCGGGGGACUCAAUUUACAAAUGGAACACACUCAACGUGUUCUGCUUCCAAGGCAAAGUUCACCAACCAAAACACCUACUUCUGGGUUUGCAGUGUUCUUAAUCCAAGUUGUUCAUAAACGAAGCUGUUCUUAAACCACUGUAUUCGUAAUAUUAGUAUCAUCACUAUUAUUUGCAUGGCUGCAGGAAUUGCUUUUAAGAACCAUGUGUCAUCGGUCAUGGGAACUGGUGCUUAUUACACGAUUAGCACAGUAGCAAUGGUUGGGGGGAUUUUUUUAUUAUGGGUUCCUUGCUCUCUCCCCGUGCUUUUGACUAGAGGUAGGAUCAUUCCUGCAAACCUGCCCCCUUUGCUGGCCAUCUGAACCGGUCCUCAUUGUUAAAGGUUAAAAGAUCAUUGGGUGCCUGUGGGCGAACUCUUGUGACUGACCUUUCCAUUCUCCUUAUCUUGUAGGACCUGGGGAUCACGAAGGUGGGUCAUAUGAAGCGAAUCCUUCAGGGAAUUAAAGAACUCGGCCGGACCUUGCCUUUGACUGAAGUAUAG